GCGCGCGCGAGCGAGCGAGGGAGGCGAGAAGGGGCGGGCAGGCCGGCGUUGAGGGAAGCUGUCGCCGCCGCCGCUCUUUUUCUCCUGCUCCUCCUCCUCUUUCGCUUCUGUUCCUCCGCCGCUGCCGCCGGGCAUGCGAGGCGAUGGCCGCGGGCGGCGCGUGGAGCGUUGAGGAGCGGACCUACCGCCGCUUCCUGGAGCUUUUCCUGGGCGAGUUCCGCGGACCCUUCGGCGCCGAGCCGUCGCCCCCGUCCGGCGGCGGGGCAGAAGGCGACGCGGCGCGGGAAGCUGAGGAAGCCGUCGAGGUCGAAGAAGAAGCCGUGAGGGGAGGCGAAGAAGAAGGUGGCGAAGGAGGAGGGGACGGCGAGCCGCCGCCGCCGCCUGAGGAAGAGGGAGGAGGCGAAGAAGAAGCCGACGACGAGGCGCUGGACGAAGGCGACGAUGCUGCUGCUGCCGCCGGCGACGACGAGGAGGAGGGAGCCGGCGGCGACGGAGACAGCCGCGUCGGGGAAGCGCAGCCCGAGGAGCUGCCCCCGGCUGUGGCCCCGGCGGCAGUGCCCGCUUCGCAGCCGCAGCCUCCCGCCCGGCCGGCCAGCCCGCCGCCGCCGCCGCUGCCCUCGCUGCCCCGGCCGCUCUCGGAGCACAUCACCGAGGAGGAGGUGGAGGGCGAGUGCCUGGACCUCUGCCUGCAGCAGCUCUACAAGUAGUGAGUAGGAAGGGAAGGGAGUGGGGGGGGGGGAGAGAGAGGUCAGCCCCCCAGCAGAACCAGCAUCCUGGGGGGAACGGUGGCUGCCGUGCAUAUCGCCCCCCUGCAACCUCCGAAAAGCAGAGCCGUGCUAGGAGAAAGAGACGUUUCCAUACCUAUUCACAACACCCCGAAAUGCAUAACCUUCAUAGGAGAAACUGCUGUUGCUGGACCUAUAACCUCCGCAACACCCCCCCCCCCAAAAGCAUAACAGAUUCCAGCAGAAAUAGAUGUAGAAAUAGCAGAAAUUCUAGCAUAAAUAGAUGUUUCUAUACCCAUUGAUACUCCUUGCCCCCUGAAAAGCAUAACCAUUCUAGGGGAAACUGUUGUUACUGUACCAAUAAACGCCAACCCUGAAAGAGAAGCAGAACCAUCCUAAGGGGAAAUUGUUGCUGUAGUUUUUACCAGCUGCCCAAGAAACAUAACCAUCCUAGAAGAAAUUGCUGUCGCUGUACAUAUUAUAUACCCCCACCCCCCCAAAAAGCAUAACUAUUCUUGGGGAAAUUGUUGUUAGCCCAUCUAUUACCACUCCCAAAAAAGUAACCACCCUAUAAUUAAUAUCAUAAUCAUUGGUGAUAAUUGCUAUUAAUAUUAACAAUUCCUAGGAUAGUGGGGUGUGUGCAUGUUGUAAUAAGUAUAGUAACAAUUUUACCUGUGAUGGUUAUGUACAAUUUUCUCCCCCCCCCCGCCCCCACCAAAAAAGAAAUCAGACACUGAGUUCAGAAUAAUGCAAUUUGAACAGAUGGGUUAAACAGAUAAAAGAAAUCCUAUAGUGUUUAUUGCCAGGCAAGGUGUCUUGGCAUAAUAAACUGUAACUAAAUGGAAUCAUUAAAGCCCCUGAACUUAUUAUCAUUAUCAUUAUUACCACUUCCAUAAUUGUUAGCAUUAUGAGUGUUAGUUAUUAUAGUUUUAGGUUGGGACCCAUUGCAAAAGAAAACCCUCCUAGGAAAAAAUAUUACUAUAUCCAUUACAAAAAACUAACAUGAAAAUAUAACCAUCCUUGGAGAAAUUGUUGUUACUAUUCUUAUUGUGUAUAUAAACUCCAUAUGAACAGACUCAAAUCCUGUGAUCAUCACCUGAGGCCCUUCUUCAUGCGCUUCCUCCAUGAGAGGUCCGACAGUGGAAAAGUCUCCCUCUGGAGGUGGUGGAAUCUCCUUCAUUGGAGGUUUUAAAGCAGAGGUUGGAUGACCAUCUGUCAUGGAUGCUUUAAUUGAGAUCCCUGCAUUGCAGAGGGUUGGUCUAGAUGACCCUCAGGUCCCUUCCAACUCUACAGUUCUAUAAUUCUAUGAAUAUGAGAAAGGGCCUUUUCUGUAGUGGCUCCCUGUUUGUGGUAUGCCUUCUCCAGGAAGUCUUGCCUGGCACCUUCAUUACAUAUCUUUGAACACUAGGUGAAAACGGUUUCCUUUAACUACACUUUUCACUGAUUAACAUUCUAUGUCCUUUUAAAUUUGUUUGUGAGAAGGGGGCUAAUGGUUUGUUUUUGUUUUAAUAAAAAUGAAUGAAUGAAUAAAUAAUGAUUACAAUCCUAUAAAAGAUAUCCUGGGGAAAAUAUUACCAUUAUUGAUAAUAAUUAUGAUAAUUUUUUCUAGGGUGGUUGUGUGCAUUUUGUAAAAGUUCCCAUGCUAAAACUAGCAUAAAUAAAAUAAUAAGUGUUGAUAGCUAUGGUGGUGGUGAUGUUUAUCAAAGCUGUCACCCCACUACUUUAUUACAGUUGUAUGGAAUGCAUUGCAAGCAAAGACAUGCAUAAUCAUAAGAGAAAGCAUUCCUAUUGUCAUGGUUACUGUUUGUCAUCCACACUUUCUUAUCAUUAUACUAUAUUAUAUAUUGCUUAUUAUUGCCGAGUACAAAAAAAACCCACAGGGCAAAUCAGUUGAUUUAUUUACUGAAUGUUGAUUUUGCAAGAUAGAAAUGAGAGCUUACAUAAUAAAAUAACAAUGGUAUUAUUAUUCCCCGUACCUCAUUUACUAUGAUUUUCAGAGUGUGUUUAUGUUUUAAGAACACAUAGCCACCAUAAGACAAUGAAAGAUCAAAUGUUAUCCAACACACAAUAAAAGGUCAACCCUGGAUUAAGUGACACAGGUCAGCCACAGACUAGGUGAGUGAAUCAUAAAAGGUUCCUACCCUCUAGUCCUAGAACUGUAUCUUCUUGGAAGACACAUUCUUCUUUCCCAGUUCAGCUGUGAAGUAGGUGGACUUACGAGGGAAACAGUACUUUUGAGCAUGUAUUAAGAACCCCAGGGGCACUUCCUUGGAAGGUGCACCAAGCCCCAUGCUCAGCUAUGGAAUAUUCAGGUUGAUGACAAGGAGGAGUGCUCUUGAGCAUGUGCAGAGAGCCCCAGGAUCUUCUCUUUGGAAGAGAUGCCACCCUCUUACCACCUCAGCUCUGGAUUGCAGAUUAGGGGAAGGGGUCCCUAAACCACUGACCAGAAGUAUAUUGGUUGCCCUCCUGCUCUCCAGAAUGUUCUUUCCUUUAUCCAUUGAUCCCUUUUCCAGCUAAUGCAGGGAAUAUGCAGAUAAGGAAAAAGAUGCCCCAGGAAUGCUGAAUCUUUCUUCCAACUCCAGGAUCUUGUUUUAUAAAAAGGAGAGUGUGUGUGCCCCCAAAUAUGUGCAGAAUGUGUCAUUUCCCUCAGCCUACUCUACUUUCUCCUCCUCCUCCCACGUCCCUUUCUGUCUCUGGGAUUAGAGAACAAGACUUUUGUGUCAAAGAGGGUGACUUUGAGAUCUGACAAAUGCUCAUUUUAGAAACUAGGGGCUGAAUUCUGGGGGUCCUGCUGAGCUAAUUUGAGCUAGAAACCAAUUGCAAUAUUUUGUUUCUGAGAGGUGCCAGAGCAGCCAUGGCAUAUGUCUGAUGAAAAAGAGGGUGAAUCCAUGUGUGCAGAGUGUCAUUUCUCUCCCCUCCAUUUCCCCCUCCUAGAACAGUCUUUCCCGACCUGGUGCCCCUGGUUGAGGAAGGCUGCUCUAGGGUUGGAGAACAAAACUUUUGCUUGAGUGUAUUUCGGGCUGGAACCAUUUCUCUUAGAAAUCAAGGGCUUAGGGUUCUUGCUGGGCUGAACCUUGAAAUCUUUUUUACUUCCCCUUCAUCCAUGUUCACUCCACUGGAAUUUUGCUUUUGAGGGGCAGCAUUGUCUCUACUUAGCUGUGGGAUUUAGGAGAUACUGCCUGUAAACAUGUGUAGAGUGUUGUUCCCAUCCUCUUAAUAUGCCUCUGAGAUUAAAGGACAAAGGUUCUAUGUCAGAGAUAAAAUUGCAGGCAGGUUUGGUCCUCAGCUUCUUAUUUUAGGAACUAUGGAAUGUAGCUCAGAGACCCUACAAGUUUAAUUUAAAUUGGGGCUCAGGCCCAUAAUUAUUUUGUCCCCAUCCCCUCACUUGAAGAUACCACCUCAGUUUGAGAAUAUGCAAAUGACUGUCCAAAAAAAAGAGUGCCACUGUGCAUGUGCUGAGUGAACAUAUCUUUCUCUAACCCACCACAUACAAGAUCAGUCAUUCUUCUUAUUGCACAUGGACAUUUGCAGUUCAAGCUUGCCUGGAAGUGUGUCGUGUGUGUAUGGGGGGGGAGGCUGUCCUUACUCUGUCCUUACUCUUCUACCUGCUUUAUUUCAGACUAUUCUGUUGCCUAUUUUUAUUUUGUUAAAUCACUAAUACUGUAAAUGGAUUCUUAGAGAAACAUAAACAAAAGUUAAUUAAUUGUGACUAAGGGUAUUCUGACUAAGUUCCAAGGUGCUUUGUUUUUUACUAUGUCACCUAUUCUUUGGCCAUGCAUUGGCAAUGAAAAGAGGUUCCUGGGUUUGGCUUGUGGGUUUUGAGCUGAUCACAGGUGAGCUUUGAGUUGAAGUGGGAAGGACAAUUGUUGGGAAACUCAAGGAGGCUUGUUUAAAAAUAUAAAGGGGGGAGUUGGCAUCAGAAACUGGGGAGGAAGGUUAUAUUUCAGGGAGCAAGGUAGGAGAGGGCAUGGUGUGCAUUGUAAAUGAAAGGCUGAUGGCAGCAAACAUUGAAGUGGAGGCUUCUAAGAGAAUUGAGAGAAUGAUUGGCUUGGGUCUCAAGCUGACUGUUAGCAGAAGGGCUACAGAAGGAUAGGCAAGGGAGUUAAGCAAAACGGGGUGACAUUAAGGGCCAAACAGUUGCGUGAUUGGGAUCUCUUAACUUCCUUCCUUUAACUUUUAAACAGGUCAGGGUGCUCCAAAUGCUGUGAGACAAAUAGGUUUAACCCCUUCCAGCAUGCCGUUUCCAAAUAUAAAUCUCCUUCAAACCUCUCUUAGAUUUGUGUGAGGUAUGAAGAAGCUAAAUAGUGGGACUGAUAGAAUGUGAAGGAACGCUUUGCUGCAGGAAGGUUUAUGAUCAGGUGGCUAGACUGCUGGAAAGGGUUAUGCAACAGAAGAUGUAGGGGGCCUUAUGUGGGUGGGUGGUUGAUUUGAUGAGUCAUCCGGAGGGUGAGAAAUUUGGGAAGGAAGAACUUGGAGUGGGAUUGGGUCCUACAGUGAGAGUGCCCUGGAUGUUUUCCUCACUUCUAGCUCUCCUGCUGCUUCCAUUCUUAAAGGAUGGGUAGAUAAGGGUAAAACAUAAAUUUUGGCUGUGUUGUGAAGGGAAGAUGCCUCACGCCUCUCGUAGAAUAGGAAUGAGUAUUUUAGCAGCUGAUUGUUAGUAGGUAACGGGAUAGGGGAUGUGGAGAAAGAAGCAAUAUAUUUGUCAGCUUGAAAGCAUCGCGAGCAGAAGUCUUCAGGAUGAGCUAUUCCAAGCCUUAGGGGUAUUUGAAUUGCUGGCUACAGUAGCUAGGAAUACUUCAUAUACUGGGCUGUACAAGAUUGUUUUCCGGGUAUGCUUUGUGCAAGAUUUAGAGCACAAAGCAGGAGGCAGAUGGGAUCUAUUCCCAGCAUGAAAAGCCUGUAGACUAAAACCUUAAGAUCAGUUACCCAUGCUUUGUGCUAUGCUUCUGCUUUAGCUUUGUAGGCUGGAAGUAAGAAUGGUUGUUAGUGGCCUUUUCUUCCAAAGAAACCUUUUAAGACUGAUAACUGCUGCAGGAGACAAAUGAACCUGUGAAAAUAUGCACAGCACGCAGGGGAGCUUUGUUACUGAGCUGAUAAUUGUAAUAAAAGGUGUUACUCUAUUGCCAAAGAAGGGAAAAGGAAAUUUUACAAUUACGCAGUCUGUUUGUAUUCCCUUGUGACCUCUGAAAUAAUAGGGCAGCAGAACUGGAACUUUAGGAUAAAAUGCUUGUAUUUUUGCACAUAUGCAUAUCUACCUCUACCCAAGCUGCUUUGUAGAAAAAGUAUUGUUUUUCCCCAGUAUGGUAGCAGUUUAGUCACAUGAGAUCACAUUGUCAAAAUUCCCUUUUUGUUUUAAAAGUUUCUUGUUACCUUAAUCCUAAAAAUCUUCAUUAUGUGCAACCACUGGCAAAACCUGGUGAAUGAAAUAACAAAUGCAAAAGGUUGUACACUGUGUCUCUCCAAUAUAUUCAAAUUUAUUUCAGAUAUUUCUUUAAGAUUUUAAAAUAAGGUGCUUCUUAACUUUUGCAAAAGGAAUACAGAACCUCUGCUCAGACAGCCUGCUUAUAAAACUGAAAGGUAGUUUUACUUCUAAACUAUGUUACCAGUAACAGUAUGUCAUAAUUUUAAUCCUCUGGAGAGGUGCUGCUCAUUUCCAUUAAUUUUUCAGUGCUUGCAAAUCCUGUUUCUGAAUUUCAUUUAUGCUAUCCACGUUUUAUAUAGUUAUAGUUCCAGAUGUGCUUUUAGUGCUAAUCAGGCCACGUCUGGAGUACUCUGUCCAGUUCUAGCUAUCACAUGGAGUGUGUCGAGGGCAAUUGGGCUGGUGAGGUGGUCUGGAAACAAAGUCCUUUGAGAAACACUAGAGGGAGCUGAGUAUGUUUAUCCUGAAGAAGAGACAAUUUAAGAAGAGACAUGGUAGUGGUCCUUAAAUAUCAGAAUGGUUGUCAUGGAGAAGAUGCUGAUCUGUUCUCUGUUGCUCCAGAGGGCAAUGCAAACUAUAACCAGUGGGUGAAGAUUUUGCCUAAACAUUAGAAGAAAACUUCCAGUGGUAGGAGCUGCCUGACAUUGGAACAGACUGCCUUAGGAGGAGGCUUACCACUUGUUCACUGGAGGUAUUUAGCAGGGCUGGGUGACUCUAUGUGAGGGAUGCUGGAGUUGUAUCCUCUACUUCAUAUCCUGCAUUGAGCAGGAGGUUGGACUAGGUAAUCUCCAAGGGCUUUUCCAACUUUAUGAUUCUAGAAGUGUCACACAGUAUGUAAAGCAGAAAUGGGGAAACUGUGGCCCUCCAGAUGAUGUUGGACUUCCACUGACCUCAGUCAGCAUGGGAAAUGGUUGGGGAUGAUGAGAGUUGCUGUCUAACUGUCUAACUGUCUAACAUCUGAAGGGCCCCAGAUUCCCCAUGCCUGACAUUGUUUUAUUAUUAAGCAAUGAAACAGUUAAUAUCAGUUAUAUGCAUUUGAGGUUAGACUCAUACAUGCAUUUUAAAUCAUUUAAUUAUAAUGUGAGAAUCUUUCCCUGCUUCUGUUAAUGAAUUUCCCCACCAUUUAGAAGGAACAUUUUCCUGAUUUAGAAUAUCCCAUAAAUUAAAUAUAAACAAACAAACAAUUAAAUAUAAACAAACAAACAAAGGGAUUGGGCAUUCAGGAUGUUGAAUGGGAAAUAAUUCAGACAACUAAGAGCAUGGAAGAAAAUUAAGUUCUUGUCUUUCUCUAUUACAUGUAUGUGAGCCAAGAAAGCCAAGGCAGGAGCAUAUGGUGGCUUCUUCUGUGCUCCCUUGCUCUUUGUGUGUUUUCCUCUCCUUCAUCUCACUGAAUGAAAGAGUUUGGUUCAGAAUUGAAGUGUCCUCCCUUUUCUCUUCUUGUUCCUGUUAGUAUAGACAUUUUUAAAAAGCAAUUUAAGUGAUGUUUGAAAUAGGUCUUAAUGUGUAAUAGAGAGAGAGAGAAAUUCUUAGCACUGGAAAGCAAAAUAAAUCACUUCACAUUGGUUGCUAAUAGAAUAUAUUUAGACUUUGUCAGUAAAGCUGUUUAUGAAUUAGAAUGUAUUAGAAUAACUAUCAUAUAUUUGAGAUUUAAAGUAGCUCCCUGUAUAAUAAAUUAUGGACCAUUUUUAACAGGGUGGGGAACUGCAUUGGCUCAUGUGCAACCUUAACACAGACUGCAUGGCAGUGAGGAGUGGGCAAGAGGCAGAGCAAAGAAUGUGACCAGCUCAGAAGUUUCAGUGUGUACCACCUCUCCAUCCUUCCAUCCAAGCAUGCAGGAGGCAUUAUCACAGUUCAAGGACGCAUUCUAGCCAGCCAAAAGCACUAGAUGAUAAUACAGAAAGGGCAUAGCCUGGGAGAGGGCUCCAUUUGACCCUUGGGCCUGAGGUUUGCUGCCCUUGACUUGACAAAAUAUAGUAUAGAAGAAAGUGCCACCAACAUCAACAAUGUGUUUUUCAUGGGCUGCCUAGACUUCUUUAAAAACAAACAAACAAACAAACGAAUGAAUGAAUGAAUAAUUUUCACUCUGCUCAUCCCUGAAACAUUCUGCACACUUUCUAGAUGUUACUGUCAACAAAAGCAACAGAACCUUAAGGACAACUUUUUGUUCAAGAAAUCUACAUAUCAUUGUGUCUUCUCCCAGAGAUCAAGGCAUUGAGAAAACAGAUGUGUGCUUUGAAGUAAGAGCUCAAAUAGAUGAUAUGUCAAGAUGUUCUGUCCUUAGAUUAUAAUUUCCUUGUGGGCUGAAUUUAUCUCCCAAAGUGCCCACAUGUUGUCUGACUUCCUGUCUAUAGUCCUAAAUAAGCACCUUUGUGAGAUGUGUCUUGAAAUAAAAUUAAUAGCUCUGCAUGUCAAUUACAUCUUGCCUGUCUGAACAGUAGAUCCGAUUCUUUUCCAGUCUUUUCCAACUUUUUGACUAAAAAAACCUGCUAAAUGUAUGAUAAGAGCAGUUGUUUUGCCUAUGCCUACUUAAUGAAACAAAUGUAGAAAUCCUUAGUAAGUGGUCAAAAGUAUUGUUGCUGUGCUCUCUUCACGUCAUUACAAAGCAAAAUGCAUGAACACAGUUUUUAAUAGGACACUUCAUAGGGAAGCAAACAGUGUUAUACAAUGAUAGAUAUAGAAGAGAGCUGCCCUUCAGUAUUUCAGUAAUUACUAUUGAAGCUGAACAAGUUAGCUAGAUUGCAUAGUUGCUCUGCUUAUAUUUGUACUUGAUGGAAAACAUAGCUGCAGGCAACUAAUGACUGAAUUGGUCAAUAUUUUCAGGCUCUGACUAUGUUCAUCAGUUUUGAAAGCUGCAUGCACUUAGCUUCAAUAGCUUAUAGAUCCUAGCCAACUCUGAUUAGUGAAAUUCUGAAUUAAAAGAAAUGCAGGCUGUAAUUCUGUACACACUUACCUGAGAGUAAAUCCCGUUGAACAGUGUGGCUUUCUUCUGGCUAGAUAUGUAUAGGAUUUAUUUAUUAUGGGUCCCCCCCCUUACAUUUAUAUUCUGCCUGUUCUUCAAUCAUGGAGUCCAGUAUGGUGUACAGUGGUACCUCGGGUUACAGACACUUCAGGUUACAGAUGCUUCAGGUUACAGACUCCACUAACCCAGAAAUAGUACCUUGGGUUAAGAACUUUGGUUCGGGAUGAGAACAGAAAUCGCACGGCGGCAGGAGGCCCCAAUAGCUAAAGUGGUACCUCAGGUUAAGAACAGUUUCAGGUUAAGAACGGACCUCCAGAACGAAUUAAGUUAUUAACCCGAGGUAGCACUGUACAUGUAAUUCCCAUUUGGCCACCCAUAAAGGCACUGAGCAUACCCAGACUUGCUGAGAUAUUCAGCAAGGUAGUGGCCUCUUGGGGUUUUUACUGCAUAUUAAAGUAUUACUUUGAUUUGUUGAGUUGGUUCCAAUGGCAUCCUGUUUCAUUUGGACUGUGUCUUUUGCUGAUGGGAGGGUUGUUCUAUACAUUGUACUAGUGAAUAAGUGAGAUUAAACCCAGAUGUGUUAUCUGGUGGAAUGCUUCAUUAUAUUGAAAGGAUAAGAUAAAUCAUGUCAACUAACUGUCUGCAAAAAUUAUAGUUGAAGAUGUUCCAGGGGCUAACAUGAAAAAUCUGUUUUAAAAUUUCGACAGACAUUUAUAUACGGUAGAUAGGUUGUUGAUGCAUAGGAGGUCCCCUCAAUCUGCUACAAAUAUAUGACCUCAGUUGGAGAAGAUUAGGCAGAGAAGUAGCUACAGGUUUAAAUGCAGCUGCCCAGUAGGAGCAUAAUCUGUGGGUUAACUAAGCAUGGAGUCUGAAGAGAUUGAGAACCCAACAUUAUACAAAUGCAGCCUUCUGCUUUCCUUUUGACAAAAUAUUGAACCUCCUCAAAUUGCUGCUUACAGAUCACUAACUGGUUAAACAGGAAGCUAAAAGAAUGGGUGGCUUUCAUAACAGAGAGUGUUACUGGAGGAGGAGAGUUGUAUAGCAGUGGAUUACAAAAUUUGCUUGGCAUAUAACAUCAUUACACCACUUCCUCACAAUAUAAAUUCUGAAUUUAAAUUGAUAUUUGCCAUAUAAGUGCUAAUAUUGCUACUUGUUCCUAUAGCUGAAGGGAUGUAGAAAAUGUAGUAUUAUUUGAAGGACUUGCAGUUGAAGCUGUUAUGUAGCCCAGCUAUUAAUAAUUUAAGAUUCAGAUUUUAUAUACUCUUAAUUAAUUAACCCUGCUUUUCCCUAUUCUGUCCCCUUUUCCAGCCACUUCCAGGUUGCCAUGAUGUGCGCGGUUGCACACAUAUCAAACUCGCCUAAAUCAGUCAUUACCUAUACCUCCAGAAACGUUAGAGGAAUGGAUAUUUGAAAAUUGUUUCUGGGAUUAAGGUCCCUCUCUUAGACUCAACGACUCCUUAAUGUUUUCAUUUACCUUUGUCUCUUCCCCUCUCAAGAGCAUUUUAUCUCCAUGAGACCCUGAUUUGCUUUGUUUUAGAGCUGUAACAUUUUUUCUGGCAUUUCUCUCUCUGCUUCCCUCCCCCAGAAAUGUUCUUAGCAGUUAACUAUUAUAGAAAUUUAUUUUUCUUCCCACUCAUUAGAUGCAUUUGGUAUUUAACCCAUAAUCUGCAUUUAACCUAUUUCUAAGGGUAUGUAAUGGAGGGACUUCCUAAAGUGGCACAAAUUUCUUACUGAGGUCCAGCGCCGUGGGCUUUCUGGCGGUUCCCUCACUGUAAGAAGCGAAGUUACAGGGAACCAGGCAGAGGGCCUUCUCGGUAGUGGCACCCACCCUGUGGAACACCCUCCCAUCAGAUGUCAAAGAAAUAAGCAACUAUCAGACUUUGAGAAGACAUCUGAAGGUAGCCCUGUUUAGGGAAGCUUUUAAUAUUGGAUGAAUCAUUGUAUUUUAAUAUUCUGCUGGAAGCCACCCAGAAUUAUUAUUAUUAUUAUUAUUAUUAUUAUUAUUGACAAGCUACACAUGUAUUCAGUGGGCUAGAGGUGCUGAAUGGUCCUCUAUGUAUUGUGGCUUAGAUGCUAGAGAUUAGUUUUUUUAAACAAAAUGUUUCUGGCCUUUUUUCUUUCCACAGUCCUUUGCCAUGGAUCUGCAAAGCAUAUUGUGACCCCAUAAUAGCUUUAGGACUCCUUUCAGUUGUGUAAAGGGUGGGGGCUUUAGUCCCUUCAUAAUUCUGCCAGAUGACACCACUUCAGCCACUGUUUCUCUCCCCAGGCCACAUACCUCACCAGCUCUACUUUGCACCUUCCUUGAGGGUUUUUGCCUUGGUGCAAUAUGUCCUUGAACUUUGAUAAUGCCUCUACUUGCCUGGAUGAAGGAUAGGGAUGUGUGUGUCUAAAAUGAGCUUAUGGUUCAAAGGUAAAUUUUACAUUCAUUGUUUGGCCUAGUUUUGCCUCUGGCCCCAACCACCACAGACGCAUGACCACCACAGACGCAUGAGUUGUUUGCUAGUUGAGUGGCUAGAUUCUCAAUUUAGGGAGACCAGUUAGGGUCAGUAGCUUUGCAUGCUACCUAGAGAUGUUGUUUCUGUAGAGAAAUUGAUGCACCCGAAGUUAAUUUUCUAAUCAAUGUGUUUUUUUCCAGUUUAUAGGCGACAUCCAUUAAUACUGUUUACUGGGAAAGGUUUUGUAUGCCUGUAGCACUCCCCAGGUAACUAAAUGAGUCUCUGAAUGCUUUCUGUAGGAGGACCUUAAACAGAUGGAUAAACCAGAAGGCCAAAAAGAAAAGGGUUUUUAAAAAAGAAAAAAAAUCUGGGUUACUGAAGCAUAUGAUUUAGAACUGUUCAUUCAGGUCCAAUAGAAGACUUAGAGGCCCUGGUAAAAGAAAAUGGUCCUGAGACUUGGAGGAAAGCAACAGCUUUGGCAGAUUAUCGUCUGGCACAGCUUGUGAGCAGAAUGUCCCAAAUGCUUUGCCAGCAAUAGAAGCAAACACAAAACCUUUCAGUGGUGUAAACAGGAGCACUGCUAGCUCAGAAAUGAGCUAUUGUCCAAGAGGUGGUAAAUUAGCCACUGCUUGAAUAAUGAGACUUUUUUUCUCUAAGGAAAGAAAAGGGGGUGCUGUUUUAAAAUUGGGAUGCAGAUCUGCAUGGCCCUCUGUUGAAGGAAAUGAAAGCAAUUGAAAAGAAAGAAAGGAGAUGGGACUGUAGUUGAAGAGGGGACAUCUAAAGAUGGUGGCAUUCUGGGCUUGUUUGAAAGCCAUGGGUGGGUUUAGGGAGGAAAGGAGAUUGGGAGAGACGUAAAAGCAUAUGGGAGAAAGUAGCGAGGUUGGGAGACAGGCAGCAAAUGAACUAGUUUGGAACAGGAGGCAAGUGAAAAAGGGAAGACCGUAGGGGUAGAGGCCAUAGGAAGGGGAAGCAGGAGGGUCCCUCUGUUUGUGUGACGUGUAGGGAAAGACGACUUCCUAAACUCAUGCCUCAGUAACACAUCAUAUAUCUCCUGUGUAUGAUAGGGUAAAAAAAAGUUAACAGUAAAAAGUUGAAGCAUGCCUGUAACUAAGCUAAAUUGGGAGUGAAAGUUUCACUGUUGAAAGGGAAACAACUUAAUGUUCAGAAAAGAGGAGCCAAAAACAACAGCAAGAGAUGACAUUUUAAACAACUCUAUAUAGUGAGACAUUUGUUCACAAAAUAGAUACUGGCAUGUAGAAAAUGUCAUUUUUACAGAAAUGGAGGAAAAUAAUGGAAAACCUAAAGGAGUGGGGAUUGCUUUAGAAUAUCAAUCCAUGAAUAAUGAUCCACCAGUAAAUGGAGAACCAAGUGCAUUGACAAUAAUGAAUGUAUGUAGCUAAAGGCUGAAAGUCUGAUAAAGAAGCUAGGACGAUAGGUUCUCAGAUGUUGAGGGCAAUGUAGUGAGAGCUACAAAAUUUUGUUAAGUGAAAGUUGUAGAAGUUUAAUGUAAGGUAAAGAUAGGAAAGAUAUAAGGAAAAGCAGUGGAAAAACACAGCUAAUAUUUUUAUUGUGUGCUAUUUUAUUGUAAUUUAAAAGAAAAUAGGUACAUUUUAUGACCAAACUACUAUUAAGAUUAAAGGAAAGCCUCAAUCUCAGAACUUGCAAACACAUAAGGUAUUGUGUGAAUCUUUUAUCGUUGAUUCAGAAAAGCUGGAAUUUGAUAGACUUUGGUGCAGACAGUUGUGAUAGUCUAACCAGCUACUCACCUUCAUCUGAAUGGUUUUCACUGGAAGAAUCAACCACAGGGCAGAAAUGGGAGUGAAGAUAAAACACAUUGACACUUUUACAAGAAUAGUAAUUACAUAAGUGGUAGAAAAGUAACAUAUUUUAUGAAUGGAACAUGUUCUUAGAAUGUUGGAGAAUGUUCCUGGAGAGACAAAGCAUCCAUUUCACAUGUCCUCAUCUUGCUCUUCAAACUAAGCACUUUGCAGUUUGGGUGUGGAAAAAGCUUUGAUGCUCUAGUAGUAACAGCAUCUUUUCUGUAGCAAAUUAGAUUAUCCAGACUGGGGCUAUUUCCUUUAACUUGAUACUGCAAUGCCAAAAGCACCAAUUAACACUGUGAGGAGAUGCUGGGAGUGAGAAAAUGAAACUGACAAGGAUCUUUACUGCCUGAAAUAGAUUAGCACAGAAAUGUUUUGGUUUGGCCAGACUGUUACAGCUAGAAUGUUAUUAACAAAUCUUAUUAGGUUAUGCCAAAAGCCUGUAAAGCUGAGGUUAAUGAAAACCAGCAUUAUUUAUUCUUUCAGUUUUCAUCCUUUGAAGACACAGAUUCUGUUGUCUUCUGUAGUAGACUUUGGGGCAAAAGCUCAACACUGUGGGUGUUCUAGUUUGGUACUCUCUCUCUCACACACACACACACAGAGAGAGAGAGAGAGAGAGAGAGAGAAAAUGAAUCCUGUUGAUGAUGGCUCUUCUAAGUACAGUGGUAGCUCGGAUUACAAACGCUUCAGGUUACAGACUCCGCUAACUCAGAAAUAGUACCUCGGUUUAAGAACUUUGCUUCAGGAUGAGAACAGAAAUUGCGCGGCAGCGCAGCAACAGCAGCAAGAGAAGAGGCCCCAUUAGCUAAAGUGGUGCUUCAGAUUAAGAACAGUUUCAGGUUAAGAACGGACCUUCUGAACAAAUUAAGUAUGUAACCAGAGGUACCACUGUAUUAUUGUUGACUAGUAUUUGCCUAUGUCUUCCACAGAUACAACCUAUUCAGUUUCUAGAGCUUCUGGGAAUGUAUUUUCAGUUUACCCAAUACUAUGUUAUGGCAUAUACUUUGCAAUGUAAGUGUUAUGCUGUUUGGGAAGUUCAGAUUCACUGGAAGUUCUGCCGUUCAUAAAGCUUUAUAGUAAGAAGCAGAUCUCAGAUUGCGGAACUCUAGAUGCUGUUCCCACUUCAGAGACAACUAUGCUUACAUUUAAGAGGUGAUGUUUGGGGUGUGUUUAUGUCUUUAGUAAACUUGUGCUGCUUGUAGUCUUUCACCUGAGAUUUUUCUGUAAAGCUAGGUCAAAAUAUAGCAAGCAGCUUCUGGGGCUAUAGUUAGUACAAAAUGGGGUGCAUACUGCCUUGAGGGCAGGGUACAGGUGUGAUAAAUGUCUCCCCCUGUUGACUCAGUCUACUCCAUGAAUGCUUCUCUUUGCUACUGUUCUGACUAGCUGGUAACUUAGGAACAUAGGAAGCUUCUUUGUACAAAGUUAGACCAUUGCUUCAUCUAGCUUAGUUUUGUCUACUCUUGACUGCCACCACUCUCAGGGUUCUCAGGAGUCUUUCCCAGCCCUACCUGGAAAUGCUGAGGAUUGAACCUUCAAAAUGAGUUUCAUAUGUUUUCUAAAAUCUGGAAUAUUCUGCAGAAGGUUAGUGAAGAAUUAAAAAGUAAUACAAAUAUUUAAAUAGAUUCAGAUGCUUAAGCCAUUUAAUUAUAUUUUUCUCCAGGAGUCUUGUAUUUCUGUUAGAAAGAUGAAAUGAAUAUCCCCGCUGGGUAGUGACUGAGAGAACACCAAGUGCUAUUUUUCCAUGAGAAGGACGUACAGAUUUGCAUUAAUUUGUGGAAUUCUUGUUGUGUUCAGAAUUGAGCAUAGAGAAGAAUAAUUGUUCUCUGACAGAAUGACGUUUGCCUUCUGAAUUGUUGCCAGAGACAGAUGGUGCUGUCUGAUGACACACAGACAAAAGUUCCACAGUGGGAAGAAUGAAAUUGUCUCUCAAAGCAACCUGUCUUAAGCAUCCUACCAAGGAGUAGGAUGUUUAAUAGCUGGCCUUGAUAGUCAAAUGUUGUUACUUAUAAGCACUGAGAUGAGGGCUUAUUGUUUUUGCUCCAUAGAAGCAAAAUAAGUGCAACCCUUUUGAGCCUGCUGCUUUAUGAAAAUGGCUUUAUAAGAGAGGAGCCAACAUGUGUAUUACCACCUGUCCCCUCAGUCUAUGAUCUAAUGCUGUACCCUAGCACAAGAAGUAACCUGGCACCGUCUUGAAGGUUAAGAAAAAUUAUUUUGUUGCUCUUUUAACAGUAUAUUUGAAGCUUUCCCAACUAGUUGCCAAAACCAAAUUUAUGGGGCAGUAGGUGUAUUGCCUUUUAAACUGUGUGUGUGUGGGGUGUUAUUGUUUGUUUUGUUAUUAUGUAUUUUUGUGUAUUUCUACAGUAAAUCAUACUGUGAUCGUUGAAUGAAGGGCGGUAUAUGAUUUAAUAAAUAUUAAUAAUAAUUUGAACAAAGUUGAGGCAUCAUCUUGAAUUUGUGUAAGUUAAGAUGGCAACCGUGGUCAGAACCAUGUUCAGUUUAUGGAAUACUAGUUCGUCAUUAAUUUUACCAAAUUUGGAACAAUCAGAAAAGAUUAGUAUGAUAUCUGUGAUAUAUUUUGGUGAUCACAUGGAAUUAAGUCCAAAUAAUCUUGAUCCAAACCUUAUUACCAACUAUGCUUGACUGCUACACAUUCUUCAUACUAUGUGUAAUUUUAUAAAAUUACCAGUCCCUUUUGGACAACUUCUUUAAAAAAUUGAAAAUGCCCCAAAUGCAUUAGUCUUUCCUCACAGGGAAGUUUUUCCAGCCCCCUUGAUCAAUAUAGUUGCCCUCUUCUGUAACUUUGCAAGUUCUUUAAUAGUUCUAAACCAGAACUUAUUUUUUAAAUUGUCAAAAAUUGUAUAUUUUAGGAGAAACUUUAGGAAGGAUUCAUUCUCUCAGUAGGGGCAACUUCAGGUUUUUGGGGGGGUUUUGUCAUUAUGUCAGCUUGAAAAGGGGAGAUGGUUGUUGUCCAUGUUCUUCACAUGUUGAUGCAACUGAGUAGAGUCUUGUGUGUGAAGCAGCCCUAGAUUUCUAGCCUUAUUGGUUGUAGAGUGAAAAGUUGGCUCUUCUGUCAACCACACUGAGGGUCAUUGAUGUUAGCUUUUAUUGUCGCUGAUGGACCGAGUUGGAAUGUCUGACCAGCAAGGCUCCGCCUACUAGGGGUCCAGUGAUUGGGUGAUUUGAACUAGGAGAUUUUGUGGACAUUUGUGCCCUGUGAUAUGACCAGCUGGGGUGAACGUUAACAUUCACCUGCCCCUGCACGAUCUGGCUGCCCGGGAAUGGUGGCAGGACUGUGAGGGGCUGUAACCACCACCCACCCAGAAUGGGGUUAAGCUCUGAAUCAGCCCCUUUGCCAACUGUUGUUGGCAUCUGCCUGCCACAGGGAAAUGGCUCAUCCUGAUUUACAGCACAGUUUGUUAGCAAGGGGAUAGCUCUUAUCUAGACGUAAUUAAAAGUCUUUAUUUUAAUUUGCCAUUAACGAGUUGAUUGAUUCAUUGCAUUGGGUAAUCGAUGAAGACUUUUACUCCUACUUUAUAAUUUUUCCCAUGACUGAUGAGAUGUAAAGAUUAUUAUAGUUUGAGCAUUACUUUUCCUUAUUCAGACUUUUAAUUACAUGUUCUAACACCAGCUUUUAUUUAAUUGCAUGUUACAACUCAAGAAGUAUACUUUCUUGCAGGCAGGCUUUUUUAAUAUAUAAAAAGGCAGCUUUUCUCAAAAGUGGAAGGUAAAAUAGUCUAAUGAAUGUGGUAUGGUAGUUAUAUGGUUCCCAGCCUCAGAACAAACCAAGUUCUAAACCAGGGUUUAAAGUUAGUUUAGGAUCCUGGCUUGUUCUGAAGCUGGUAGCCAUAGUUUUCUGAAAUCUAUGAAGCAAGAAACUGAGGUUAACUGAACAGUUAGUUAUAGUCAGUUUAUUUAUAUGCCACACUUUCUACAGUUUAACAAUUAACAGUUCAUUUAAACUAUAUAUUUAAAAAUGAGGAUAAAACUUAACUGACAGGCUUACUAAUUGCAUUCAGACUAUCAGAAAGGGAAGAGGGGUGUGCUAAGUCUAAUUUUUAUUUACUAUAUUACAAUUGUUUUGUAUUAGCUUGUAUCAUAUAUUGGUUAUGCUCAGAGUAGAUCCUUUGAAAUUAACGGACAUAGCUAACAGGUCCAUUAAUUUCAGUCUGAAUAGAACUGAGUUGGGCACAACCUAUUAUUAUUAUUAUUAUUAUUAUUAUUACUACUACUACUACUACUACUGCUACCACUGCAACAUUUUCAUAUACUACUGUUUGGCCCAAAGGCCCCCAAAGAUGAUAAAACAAAAUACAAUAACAUGUCAUAAAUGAGCACAAGAGCAAAAAUGACAUUGUUGGAAGGCUACAUAAAAGCCUUUGCAAGCUAGAGAAUUAAAGUGUGCUCUUGCCAGAAAGGGAAGAGCAAAGGGAGUACAUGCUUAGGCAAAAGUCUUCUUCUGAACUAAUCGGAACCUGGGUUCAAGUACUCACUCAGCCAUAAUGUUCCCUGGGUGACCUUGGGGGAGACCCUCUUAGCCUAACUUACAGGAUUGUUGUAAUGGGUAGGAGGGAGAGAACUGUUUGUGUGUUCUUCUGAGGUAUCUACAGGAAGAGUAGGCUAAAAAUGUAAUAAAAUAAACAAUCAUUUUGGCAGAAAGCCAUUAGACUGAUUUUUUUUUUUAAGUAACUAGAAUUAUUAUGUUGGGUCUUUAUGUGUUUUAGUGGCAAGUUGCAACAUCUCUCUCUAGCCUUUAGACAAAUGUUUCUGAAAUUUAUCAUAUUGGGCUCCAUGUCAUGAAAGAACUAGUUGGGCCCACUGCAUGACUCCUACAACUGGUAGAUAGCCACAGUUGCUGGGAACACUUGCAAGUGUCAGUUGUACUGUGUGGGUGAAAAUUUGCAUCCCAUGGUGCCCCUUUUCCAUUUCUAUUGAACUGAUUGAAAAGGGAGAAAAUGGCACUCUUCAUGACUCUUGAAGAAUGCUUAGCAACUUUCUGUACCUCCCAAGGAAGGCUUACUGAAUGCACUCAGAACCUUGAAUCUAGAGCAGGAAGUGAGGGCUGAUACACAAAGGGUAAGAAUUGGCUGGUGGGUGAAAGGAGUCUUUUCCCUUCUAUGUUCCUAAACAAUAGCUGAGGAACACAAGUUCCGGCCCUAAAGGGACACACGACCAAUCACUGCUUUUUCCAAAUGUAUCCCAAGGCAGCAUUCAUACAGUGGUGCCUCGCAAGACGAAAUUAAUUCGUUCCGCGAGUUUUUUCGUCUAGUGAAUUUUAGUCUUGCGAAGCACGAAAUCCCAUAGGAAUGCAUUGAAAUUCAAUUAAUGCGUUCCUAUGGUCAAAAAAAGUCCAAACAAAGCCAAAUUUGGUACAACAAGAGUUUAUUAAGUGCUCUUUAAAGUCACACAUACUGUUAAGAGCAUUUCAAAAACUGAAGGAACAAUAAAUUAAGUUUCUAAACAUGACAGAAAAGCAUUUAAAAAUCAACAAAGUGUACAGUACAUUUUCUAAGACUCUGGGGGACAACUCGAAGAAGGUUCCUCUUCCACUCUUUGCUUCUUGCUGAAGAACCCCCUCCUCAACUGUUCCCCCAGCCACCCACCACACAGAAAUUCAAAUCCAGAAUUUUUUAAAAAAACAGCAGAGUGGCCCAAUGGUCACAGAAAAUCAUAAAAAUGCAGAAAAAACACACACAAGCUUCCAGAUUCUUGCAAACCCCUCCCCAACACCAAGUCCUUGAAUUCCAAACACCCCAACCCAAAAUCCAAAAACCCCAAAAAACGUUUUAAAAGUUUAAAAGAAGUUUUGGAAAAGCUUCAAAAAUAACCAAAGUCUUCAAAAACCUCAAAAAAGGCUACCACACCGCGUUCUAUGAGUUGCUCCUCGAAGUCAAGUUGCAACUGUAUUAACGGUGUUAAGAAAAAGGAAACAAACUUGCAAGACGUUUUCGUUUUCGUCUUGCGAAGCAAGCCCAUAGGGAAAUUCGUCUUGCGAAGCAGCUCAAAAAACGCAAAACCCUUUCGUCUAGCGAGUUUUUCGUCUUGCGAGGCAUUCGUCUUGCGGGGCACCACUGUACUUGUUUAUUGCUAGGAUAAAUAAUUUAAAAGGUGGGGGGCAUGGGCGUAGCCCAUGUUGGAGGGGGCAGAACCAAUGUGAUUGGUCAGUUGGGUAAGUAUUUCUAUUGUUUUACUUGAUGGGGGGCAGCUGCGCCCCUGCCCCCUCCUUGGCUAUGCCCAUGUGAGGAGGCAUGUCUCAUGAACCUCUUUCAUGUGUUGAUUUCCAGGAGGAGAGAUUUUUGGAGAUUACAUGUGGCACUAGGUAUGAUCUUGGGUAGUUUCUCACAACUGGGAGUCACACAUACAGUGUGGUGCCUAUGAUCACAGUGAGAGAGGCUGUCAUUUGCUGCAGUUAAACUCAUCUGCUCAGAGAUCCUGGAAAAGGGGUGAUUAAUGCAGUAUUAUAUUGGUCCAGGCUGAAGCUUCAAGGAAUAGGAUACUCCUUCCUAUUUUCAGAGCAAGGAAACACAUUGAUAAAAGACAGGUUUGUGGCCUCUGCUCUUGUUGAGAGUAUAUAGUAAGGUUUGCCACACAAAUAGCAGUUGCACUGCACAAUAAUUCAUGUUACACACUGAUUACCAAAGAUUAUGUAUCAUGUAUCUUUCUCUGGUAUGGUGGCCAAAUUUAAUUAAACUAUCGGUGCAUGCUGCUUGGAAUUCUUGAUAAAAUGCUUGUUCUCUUGGUCUCUAUGUUGUUGGAGUCUGCUAUGCAUUGCCCGGGGCUGAGAGCCCAAGAUAUGUUGUUUUCGGCAUACUUCUGCUUUCCUAUUAUGGGAUUGAUAUUUAUAUAUGAUCUGGCAGUUCUUAAUCAGUGAGGUUAUCUUCAAUACUACAUUGAGCAGGUGUAAGAAGUACAUAUGAACUAAAAUUACUAAAAUGUCUAUCUGGUUUUAUUUUGCAUGGAUGAAAUGCUUUAGCGCUUUUAUUUUUUUAGGCUUUCAUUCCUGAUUGAUUCAGAAUCACACCAUCUUCUUCCUGCAUUGUCAUUUGCAGGAAUAAAUAACACUAAUAUGUGUUUUUUGUUUUGAUGUGUUCAGUGUUGAUGUUUUUAUUUAUUGUGUUUAUUGUAAUUGGUUUUAGUAUUUCUAAUGUGUUAGUCGCUUUCGAUUGUUAUUAUGAGUAAAGCAACUAGUUAUUGUUAAUAAUAAUAGAACUGUUCACCACUGAUACUACUCUCUUUCUGAAAAAUACUUCUUUGGAUUCAAAUUGAUUGGAGUGAUUGAUACAGCUGUGCAGAAAACUUCCCCAGACUUGAAUUGUAAGGAAAAAAUAAAUCAGUUAUGAAUGUGACAGAAGGCAUACAAGUAACACGAGUUCAUUCUUUUUCAUGCUCUGUGCUGAGUAAGUUGCUGUCUCAGAUGGCAUAAGACAAUAGUCCAGGAGUGUGGGACCUUUUUGGCCUAUCUUCCCACCCACUCAGGUGGGCAGGACACCUCACCUGUCAAUCAGUGUUAGAAACUCAAAUAUAAAAGCUAAUUGCCAAAGGGCUCCUUAAACCAGGGUUACAGUCGCCAAAAUAGAAUGCCUAGUUGCCAUUUUGGUUCAGGUGGCUUGAAAGUCAUAUUCUUCAGUACAACUUUUGGUUCCUAAAAUUCAUUCUAAAUAUGCAGCUAAAAUAUAACGGAUAAAAUUCUACAGGAUGUGUUCCUAGUGUUUGAAAACAGUCAAGAUCCAAAGAUCCCCAGCAUUCACCUUCAGAUGGUGGAGAUGUCAGAUGCCAUAUUGGAACCUGCGCAUCUUCAUUUGGUCACAAGUGGCCGAUAGCCAGGUGCAAAAUUUGCUUGGCACCUGGCAAAUUUUGAACGCUGCUGUCAAUCAUCUGAUGUCAUAAUAACACCACAUGAUUGACACCUGGCAAAGUGUCUUAUACAAUGGUUCCCAAGUGCCUGACAACCAGCUGGCAUCUUUACCUUCCCCACAAAUGAUGUCACAUGAUGACAGGUGAGCCAAAACAGCUUUGUGGGCCAAAUGCGGAGGUCUGGUAGGCCAGAGGUGCCCUCAGCCUGCAGUAAUAACUUGUCAUGGUUGCUUACAGUGUAAUCCUAUGAAUGUAUACUCAGAAUGAAGCCUCAUUUAGUUCAACAGGACUUAUUUUAGGUUGUGUGUAGGAUUGCAGCCUCACUGAAACAGUGGGUGAUUAUGAGUGAAAUGUAAUGCAUGAAUAUAUUCCAGUCGCUGUUCUGUUUACUCACUUUCCAAGUAGUCCCAGUUCCAUUUAACUCUUGGGUCACUGUUGUUCCCAAAUGGGAAGAAACCCUUGUCAAUGUCUUAUUUGUAAAUCUUUGUUUUGCUUAUUUAUUAGUUAAAUUCAUAUCUUGCCCAUCCUCUGCUAAUUUUCAAUGGCAGAAUCUGUUUAACACUCAGUUGGUCCAUUUGUUCUUUAUUCAUAAUAUGCAGCAUUGUUGUGAUUAGUUUGCUGCACAGUGGGAUUUUGUUCUAUUAUGAUGCCUAUUGCUAUAUAUGGAUUGGCCCAAAAUGCAGUUUCAUUUUGCCUUUAUUAGAGUGCCUAACAGGAUCUGUACAAUAUUUCUGUUUGGAAGACCUGUGGCACUAAUAUUUUUGAGAGAUGACAGGUUAGGACAAUGUCGUCAUUAUACAAACAAAGGAGAUUGCUUUCUGAUCAAUGAAAGACUUCCUUUGCCAUUGUAUUUCAGCUUAGAAAUUGCUUUAAUGUUUCUUUCUGGUUUUAUGAACUGCUGUAACAGCUUCUAAAAACUAAAGGCUGUGUUUUUACUGGUGUUUAAGUUGGUCAUGUGAACAUAUUGUUGUCCUUAACCUUAGGGCUUUUCUGCAUCUUUCAGAGUGGUGUGGGGAGUCACAAUUCUUUAUACCUCAUGGGAAAAAGAACUGUAUGACAUGGAAGAGGUUAAUGAUUAUUCUGCUCUCUACUGCUAUUUGGCUUAUCUGGUGCACCAGUAGCUUCAAGUAAUGAUACCAUGUCAUUCCAAUGCUCCCUAUGUUAGAUGAAUGCACUAAGCCUUUUUAUAGGGCAGCUGGAAUCCUCUCUGUCAGGGGUAGUCAACCUGGUCCCUACUGCCCACUAGUGGGAGUUUCAGGAUUCCAGGUGGGCAGUAGGGGGUUCUACGGCACACGUUACUGCAGCACUGGUGGGCAGUAAGGAAAUUUUACCAUCAAGAAAGAUGCAUUAGUGGGUGGUAGGUAUAAAAAGGCUGACUACCCCUGCUCUAUUCUUUUCCCCUUUUAUAAUCUCUCUGGGCAAAUUGUGCAAUGGUAUAUUUGAAACUUGCAGUCAUUUUCUUGUCUGGAACUAGGGAAAUGGACAGGAAAGUGAAGUGCAAAGGAGAUUAAAAGGGACAUGACGGGUUGCCACAGGCAGCAGUCAUAUCUGAUUCAAAGAUUUUCAUCCAUCGACAGCUUUUAGUGCAGCAAGCUGGAUGAAGGUGUAGAAUAUUUAUCAUAGUGUAAACUGUAUCCAUUUCAAAUAUUGUACCCACAUUGGUUCAUAGGUCUUUAAAAAUCCAAAGUAGGGUAUACAUCUUUAAAUAUCAAAACAAUACUUUAAACAACCACAGUUUCCUCAAGGUAAAAUAUCAUGGUGGCUCCAUUAAAAUGAAAAGUGGAAGCUUCCAAUCUUCAAAUAUGCAGAAGAGGAGGGGAGAGCACAAGCUCAGGGCUCAUCACAGCUUAUUUACAUAGUGGGAAGCUAUGGAUUUUUGCAGCAUCUAAACUAUCUGCAGCUCAAAUCUUUGCAUCUUAAUUAGUUUAAAUUGAAUUAGUUUAACUAAUGAAUCCAUCCAAAUUUCUCAAUUAAAAUGUUGCCUCUAAGACAGUGAGAUUUUUUAAAACAACAACUUUUUGUUUCUGUGCUUUUAUAUGCCAUAGCUUUAUUUCUGUAAUACCCCUUGGUUGAAGCAGCUGCUAAAUAAAUAUAAACUAAAUCUACAAGCAGGACUGCUUAGGUUCACUACAUGUUUCAAAGCACUGGAAGCAAAAAAUGGGACUACAGUGGUACCUUGGGUUAAGUACUUAAUUCAUUCCGGAGGUCCGUUCUUAACCUGAAACUGUUCUUAACCUGAAGCACCACUUUAGCUAAUGGAGCCUCCUGCUGCUGCUGCGCCGCUGGAGCACGAUUUCUGUUCUCAUCCUGAAGCAAAGUUCUUAACCCGAGGUAAUAUUUCUGGGUUAGCGGAGUCUGUAACCUGAAGCAUAUGUAACCUUGAAGUGCAUGUAACCCGAGGUACCACUGUAUUUUGAUUCCCAGCAUGGAUUAUCUACCUAAGUCUGGUGCUUAUGUUCCCUGCUGAAUCAACAUGUAUUUUGUGGGGGUUGAGAUGGAGCAGUGUUUGAAACUCCCAUUGUUCUAGGCACAUUUUGCGACAGGGAAUUUCAUUAGUGUGAGCAGUUUCUGAGCUCUGGGUGCCAUACUGCACCUAAGAUUUCAGAUUAAAACUGCAGAGUGGAAGGAAAGGAGGACGUUUUUCUGCUUCCCCACUUCCAGCUGCUCUCUGAAGACUGGAGAAGAGACCCUCUUAAGAAUAUUAGGGGGUGGGCAGGGGAAGGACUAGACCUUGUGAAAAAUGAACAUAAUAUUUUAGCUGCAGUUUAUUCAUUUUCAGCUUUGUAUUCUUGUUAUCAAAAAAGCGCACCUACACAUUCCGUUGUUGCUCCCAUAACCCAGGUUUAAGGUGGUGCCAUUUAGCUCGUAGCUUUCAUAUCUCAAUUUCUAACACUGGGGUGGAGAGAGUGUGAAUGCUUCCUCCUUGAAGUCUGCCUCACAUUUUUAGGCCCAUUACUUCAGGUUGCCGGUGUUACAGCUGUUAAAGGUGGUCUGCCCACCCUCCUUUGGGAAAUGCAUAGUUUCAUAAAAGGUGUGCUGCUAAGUAUGUUUGCAAUACAAAUUGCUGCAGAAGAAAUAUAGGAGUUACCCAAAAGAAUGAGCUUCAUAUAACCUUGUCAUAUCCAAUAAUUGUACUGGAGUAUGUAAUGAUUAUUUCCAUUUCUUCUUCAACUCCUUUUUAAAAGGAAGCACACCUGUGUCUUAGGCAAAAUGAAGCGUACUCCCUUGACCACAGAAAUGAUACCUUUUCUCGUCACAUACUAGACACAAUUAUUUCUUCUGCUUCUCCAUGGGAUAGUCAGGGGAGGAUGCUUUUGUUUUCCCCAAGGGGUAUGCUAAAAGAAGAUGGCAUUGUUCCCUUUUUCUUUUUUCUUGACAAAGAAGAUUCUGAAGGCUGUAAGUAGAGAAAAGAGCUAAGGCAGCACUUUCUUUCACUUCAUACAGUUUUUGUCCUAAAAAAAUGUAAAAUAGAAUAGAUUUAAAUUUCCUCCAUUGUCUUGGGAUUUUAUAGGAAUAAAUAUUUCAUAAAUGUUUUCAUCAUAAGCAGGGCUUUUGUCAGCCAGAACUCACUGGAACCUCUCAGGUGGGCGCCAUUGCCAUUAUAAGAGAACGGGGAGGGGUUCAUGGUGAGUUCUGGCACCUCUUUUUCUAGAAAAAUAUCACUGAUCAUAAGACAUUAUCAAUCAGUGUCUUCUUCGUAGAAGCACACCAUCAGUGACAAGAAGCAUCUAAUAUCUUACUGACUACAUUCAUUCAAUAGGAAUUUUCAUGAUAUACUGAAGCUGUGUGCUACAAUUUGUGUGUUUCAGGCAGCUCAUAAACAUUUCCAUAGAACACAACUCUGCUAUUUUUUUGGUAGUAGUUCAUAUAAGGUUUAUUUUAAUUGAAAUAGUAUAUUUACAGUGUAUUUCUGUACGUAGCAUAGAAAGAAAAUAUUUGACAGAGGUUAUGAAAAAAAAUGUAAGUGUAAUUAGAUAAUUUGUUUAUAGGUUCUAGUGUCUUAAAUCUAAAAGUUUUUUAAAAAGUCUCUAAUCAUUAGUAUUUGGCCAUCUGUAAGAAUAGGGUAUAUACUGUAAAUAUCACAAUGCUGUGGACAGUGCUGGUGGGCAUGGCGGCAUGUUAACCAGACAGAUAAAAAUGUAUUGUCCCUUUCGACCUCACUGCUAUCUGCCUUACAUUUUUUUUUGGUAAAAGAUUAUAACAUUUUGGCUCUCCAAAGCAGAGUGUAUGUUCACAUUAGCAUUCUGCGACCCAGAGAUAGCAGGUGAUAUUGCGCUGAGUAAUGAUGCCUGGAUCAUGACAUAACAAAGAUCCUUGUUGAAUAUUAGCCAAGAGAUUACUGUGGUUACCCUUGUAUGCAAUGCCUAGAGACAACGACCAUGUUAAUCUCUUGAUAGGCACAAAUCUGCAUCUAAGCAGUGGCGCAAGAUAUGUGGGACUGUUCUGUGAUACUGGUGUUACAGUACUUCAGUUUUUGGUUUUUUUUCAAAGGUGUGGCCAUGAUAAUCCAUGAAAAGUCUCCACUUUCAGUUGUUGUUACUGCAAUAAUUGACCCAGGAGCUCACCCCUUUGCGGGGAUUCGAACCGCCGACCUUCUGAUCAGCAAGCCCUAGGAGUAAAUAAAUUACAAAUACCAUAAAUGAAUAAAUAGCAUCACUUUUUUACACCACAAAUUAAUAGGCCCGGCUUUCUUUUUGGUUUCCUAGUUCACUGUGACAGCCCAGAAAAUAAGCACUAAUCUCAUUUCUCUUCUACUUGUAGCACCACCAGUCUGUUGGUUUUUAUGUGUGCUAAAAUAAAAGCAGAACAUUUUAACAAAAUUCAUAACAUUCAAUUCUACACACAUUCUAAUUGGUAUAAUUGCUCUCUGGUAACUCAAAAUCAGUACUGAGUGUACACUGCUCAAGAAAAAUAAUAAUUACCAUAGCAACAAUAUGUGCUACCUCCUAAAACAUGGUUCAUCCUCUUAGAGGCACAGAAACACAACAUGCAAACUCUUUACACAGAUUUGGGGAGGAAAUAAUCUCUCCGUUUUUCUUUCAAAUAAUUGUUAGAGGCAGGCUGGAGAUGUAAAGUAAAUAUCAAUCAAUGCUUGUUCCUACAUACUGUAUUUCCUCUCUAGCUAUUAUAGUCUUUUUUCCUUCUUACAGGUGGAAAUCAUCCUGAGGAAUGUUAUUUUGAUAGGAAAAACAGUACUCCACUGGUUCUGAUGAAAUUUACAGCCUUUCAGCUGCUUUUUAUUAAAGAAAAGAACUCAGUGUUACAAACCGUUAGAAGACUGUUGCGUAUAUCUGCCAUGUAGUGUGUGUUUGUCACUUCCUUAGUGCAAUAGUUGACCUCUUGCUUUAAUGUGAAGGGUAACAUUCAUAUCCAGAUGUGCAUAAUCACUACAGGUGUGUGUAUAUUUGUGUGCUGAAAAAUCUCAGGUUAGGGAAGGGGAUUAUAUCUGCAAACUAUCAAGUAAUUAUAGUGAUUAUUAAUUAUAAUCCACUAUAAUUACAAAUACUACUUCAGACACCAGUCCUGAAAUGCUAGAGAGAAGUUAAAGAAAACUGUACAAAAGAAUCCUUUUCUACUUCCAACUGUGCUUCAAACUACUGUCUUUAUUUCUGUAAUCCUCUCAGUAUUUGGAUCAAUUGCAAAAGGUUCUGACAAUGAGGAGAAUAGGAAAUUGUCAUAUUCAAGGUCAGACUCCUUGUCCAUUUAGUCCAGUUUUCCCCUAGAGUCUCAGGUAGAGGUAUUUCCCAUCGCCUACUACCUGGUCCCUCUUUAAUUGGAGGUGCUGGUAUUACACCCCACUUUAUGAUGAAAGAACUGUUUUUCUCAAUUUCUAUCCUGCCCAUCAUUGACGCAAUUCAGGCUAUAUGUAUGAAAGCAUGGGCAGGUUAAUUUAGGGAGAGGGGCUCUUUCAGGUAAUUGGAUCCCAAGUUGUUCAGAGCUUAGUAAUUAAGCCUUAAAACCUUGAAUAGGACUUAGCAGUAUACAAACAACCAGUGUAUGCUUUUCAGAACGAGCAUUUUAUUAGCUUAACUAGAUAGAUGGGACGUGGGUUGUGCUGUGGUCUAGGGCUUGCUGAUCGGAAAGUCAGCGGUUUAAAUCCCCGCGAUGGGGUGAGCUCCUGUUGCUCGGUCCCAGCACUUGCCAACCUAGCAGUUUGAAAGCACAUCAAAGUGCAAGUAGAUAAAUAGGUACCUCUCUGGCGGGAAGGUAAACAGCGUUUUCGUGCACUGCUCUAGUUUCGCCAGAAGUGGCCACAUGACCUGGAAAAACUGUCUGUGAACAAACGUCAGCCACGUCAGUAAAGCGAAAUGAGCGCUGCAACCCCAGAGUUGUUUGCGACUGGACUUAACUGUCAGGGGUCCUUUACUUUACCUUUUUAGAUAGACCAAUCAAUACUCUUGCACCAGCUACAGCAUCUGAAUAGUUUCCAAGAGCAGCAACUGCAGAGGGCAUUACAGUAAUCUAAUCUGGAAGUUAGCUGAGCAUGGAACACUGCCCAGGCUACCUCUGUCCAGGAAUGGUCAUACCUGAUAGUAGGCUCACUAACCUGCAGGGCUGAUCUAGAAGGAUACCAUGGUCAAUGGUGUGCAAAUGACUGAGAGAACCAGGUGGAUUCACAGAGUUGCAUUUCCCAUGUCUCUUCCCAAUACAGUGGUACCUCGGGUUACAGACGCUUCAGGUUACAGACUCCACUAACCCAGAAAUAGUACCUUGGGUUAAGAACUUUGCUUGAGGAUGAGAGCAGAAAUUACACGGCAGCAGGAGGCCCCAUUGUGGUACCUCAAUGGGUGGUACCUCAGGUUAAGAACAGUUUCAGGUUAAGAAUGGACCUCCAGGAUGAAUUAGGUUCUUAACCCGAGGUAUCACUGUACAGAUCAUCAGCUGGGGCAACCAACUGAAAUUUAAUACAUGAUAUAGAAAUAAUAUAGAAAUUUAAUUAACAACAGCAACAUAUGUUUCAGCCUCAAACUAGGCCUGAAGCCAGAUUUGAACAGGUCUGGAUAAUUUUGUGAUUUUUAAAAUUGUUUUCUUCCCUUUACCUAGACAUAACAAAUUAUUUUGACACAGUAAAUUUAUUUCACAAGUUUAAAAGCUAUUUUUGAAUGUUUGGGGCUUUUCCUUCUUCCAGUAUAAACUAUUUAACAAUACUUUAAACUGUGGUUAAAGUAUUAUUGCAAUAAACACUACAGUCUGUUGCAACAACAUCUUUUUUGUACAUUAAUAGAAAGAUACUGGGAUCUGAAGGAUUUUUUUCACAUUAGAUACUUUUCAGUUUGGUGUAGUAUUUCAUUUUACAUGAACAUUCAUGCAUACACAAUCUGAAAAAAUACCCUAGGUGACUUCUCAAAAUAUUUGCAGCUUGCAUUUUUGCUCCUAUUUAACUCCAGCAUUUCUGUAGGUGGAAGUUGCUUAUUUUCAACUAUUGGGUUGAGUAACUGCAAUUAAAACAUUUCAAAGGGAGGUAUGGUGUUCUUUUCUGAAGCACACACAUUAGUAUUGGUAGAGGCAAAAGCAUCCUUUCACUCGCUCUUUCAACUGCUUCUUUGUUCAUUUUUUUUCUUUUUUGCUGCUUUUGCUGUCUCCAUAACAACCAGAAAUAACACUGUAAACCCUCCUUUAGUAAAUUUCCCCCUUGUGAAGUAGGUUCAUUGGACUUGCUUGUCUUUCCUCUUUGUUUUAAUAUUGAAAAGAUUUCAAACUGGAGCAGUUAAUGUGAAGCCAAAUGCCCUUCCUGCUGCCUAUCAAAUGGGUUAGUGUAUUUGGCUGGGCUGCAGUACUGAGCAAGGCCUGGAGGGGACCAACUUCAAAUGAUAGUCAUCCUGCAGGCCCAGGUUCCAAGGGGCAAGGUCUGCAGAACCUGGGAAAACUCCCAGAGGAGAACCGUGUUAAUUCAGCAGUGUCGAGAGCCUUAACUUAAUGGCUGGGAUGAAGCAGGUGGAUUGGCAAAAUAUGUAGGCAAAAAAUCCAGUGUUAUCUGCCUCUGCUAAGAUUAGGAAUACAGUAUGUUUAAAUACUUCAUAGGUGGUACUUGACCUCACAAAGAUGUAAUAGAAUAAACGAGCAGGUCUCAUUUCAGUGUUGGAGACAUUUUGGCUUCAUUGGGACCAUGCUUCACAUGAGGUAGAUAUAUGACUUAAACCUUUCUGGAAGAGCAUUUUUUAUCAAAUCAGAUCAGUAGUUCAAGAAACACAGUAUCCCACGGCUUGCUUUAUUAGCUUAUCUUGCACUGAGAACAGAAGGAUCUCAAACACAAGGAAUUGAUUACUUUUGUUUUUUGAGUUGCAGCAAGACGACUCAUAUCUCACAAAUGGAAAAAUCUAUGCCACUUACAAAUUUAUAACUGGAGACAAAAAUACAUUAUUAGGUUGUUUUUGUUAUAUUGAUUAUGUAUUUUGUGGUUUUAUAUUCUGAUUAGCCAUGUUCAAAUAUAUAAAAGGAUGUCACAUAGAGGAGGGAGAAAGGUUGUUUUCUGCUGCUCCAGAGAAGCGGACACGGAGCAAUGGAUCCAAACUACAAGAAAGAAGAUUCCACCUAAACAUUAGGAAGAACUUCCUGACAGUAAGAGCUGUUUGACAUUGGAAUUUGCUGCCAAGGAGUGUGGUGGAGUCUCCUUCUUUGGAGGUCUUUAAGCAGAGGCUUGACAACCAUAUGUCAGGAGUGCUCUGAUGGUGUUUCCUGCUUGGCAGGGGGUUGGACUCGAUGGCCCUUGUGGUCUCUUCCAAUUCUAUGAUUCUAUGAUUUUUUCUGUGAACCGCCCUGAGACCUGCGGGUAUAGGGUGGUAAAUAAAUUCAUAUACUACUACAGUCAUACCUCGAGUUGAAUGUGCUUCGGGUUGAGCAUUUUCGAGUUGUGCUCCGCAGCAACCUGGAAGUAACGGAGCGCGUUAUUUCCAGGUUUCGCCGCAGACGCUCAAAAUGACGUCACACGCAUGCACGGAAGCGUCAAAACGCGGCAUGCGCAGACACACCGUCACUUGUUAUGUUUGUUUCAGGAUGCGAACGGGGCUCCGGAACGGAUCCUGUUCGCAUCCCAAGGUACCAUUGUACUACUACUACUACUACUACUACUACUACAGACAGUUGAAUCAAUGGAGAAACUUUUUUAAAAAAUAGCUAUGUGACAGUUGGAAUAACUUGUAGUUUUGUAGAGUACAUUUUUUAAAAAAUCAAACAGCCAAUAAAUACUUUUUGAAAUAAGAAUUAAUUUUAGAACCAAAAUCAGAGGUUGGGGGAACCACUAGUAAAUAUUAAUGAAUAGCAUGAACUCUGCUUCUGUGCAACAUGCAGCACUUACUCCUUACAUCAAUAAAUCAAGGAGUUUCAGCAGCCUGCCCCCCCCAAAAAGUAGUCUUUAAUAGGCAUUUUUUUUAGUGAAUAUUAUUACAGUUCAAAGCAUUGUGCAAUCAAUGAGAAAGAAACUAUUACAAGUCAAAAUAUAAUUGAGAGUCUUCUCUCUUCUCCCUCCUUUUGUGUUCCUCAGACUGAAGUGUCUUGUGCUAAAGCCAUGGCAAUUUACCUGCCUCUGUGUCACAUAAGUAAUUAUUGAUCAGCAGACAUAAAGUAAGCCAUUCUUGUUCUGUUUUUAAAAGUAGUGUGGGUGGAAGAUGCAUUUAUUGUAAUUAUGUGUAUUUACAGCCAGUGUCAGUACCUGGGAAAAAAGAAGUAGAAACUUGCUUGCAAAAUGUAUCCUCCCCCACAAUUCUUGUACAUAAAUUAAAAAGGAGCAUUAUUUCAGACUGUCCUAGCAAUCAUACCACUAUUGUUUCUUUGUCCCGGGAGCCCCUCAGUGCAGCCUGAAUGUGUUUUGUACCGAACCAACACUAAUAUAAUUAAGUCUGCCUAACAUCUCCUGCAUUCAUUCUUAAAAAUGUUUCAAACCACAGACUUUCAGCUUUGACAAAGUGCCCAACUUCUCUCUCUCCCCUACAUUUGCUUAUCAUCCAGUCUGAAGAACCUGAAACUUGUUCAUUAUCCUGUGACUUGUUGGUCCUAAUAUAUUCUGGCUUUUGGACCAACAUAGCUACCUUUCCUCUUGCCCAACACCCCCUUGUGAAUAAUUUGUGCUGUGUUGAUGAAUCCUGUAGGAUCGUCUUAUUCCAUGUUCGAUUGAGUUCUAAUUAAUCCACAUUUACCUUUUGCCAGAGCUUUUUUUCUAGAAAAAGAGGUGCCAGAACUUGUUGAGCUUUUUUUUAGAGGAGCUCACCCCUCUGCCACAUCAAUAUCCAUGUCACACACAGCCUCUGUCGCUCAACACAGCACAGAACACUGUGCCGCGACACUACAGAGGUGCCGGAAUGCACCAAAGAGGUGCCGGAACUCAGUUCCAGUGAGUUCUGGCUGGAGAAAAAACGCUGCCUUUUGCCCCAUUCUUUCCAGGCAUGGCUCACGUAUUAAGGCUCAGUUUUUUAGUUCCCUCCACUUUUGCUCUGCAGCUUUCCCCACAACAACCUGCUCUUUAAAGCUCAUUUGGAGCAAAUGUCAAUCUGCUCUUCAGAUCUGAAUUAAUCCAAAGUAUAUACACAUUAGUAAUAAUCAGGAAUUAUGUUAGUUGCAUUCUAACAAUAUGUGGAGGACAGAAGGUUGGCUAUUACACACACACACACACACACACACACACACACACACGGGUGGGGGACCUUUUUCUGUUGAGGACUACAUCCCUUCAAGGGUAAUCUAUUGGGGACAAGGUACCAACAGUGGGCAGGGCACUGCUUUCUGUUUCUUCUGGUUCCUUACCUUUCUUUCUCACCUUCCCCCUGUCCUUGCCACCUGCAUAAAAUUAGACUUAACUCCAAGGUGCUCCCUUUUCUCCCUCCUGUGUCAUCUCUGAACUGCAAUUGUUUUCAUUCUAUUUACAAAAUCACCCAAUGUACAACACUUGCUGGCAAAAUCUCCAGAAGGGCCUCCUCUGCAGAUCUUGUGGCUCUGGGAAUUUGAUAAAGUAUUUGGAUCCCAAGUUGUUCAGAGCUUCAUAUGUCAACAGCAACACCUUGAAUUGAACUUGGUAGCAUAACGAUCAGUGCAACUGUUGUAAAACCAGUGUUCCAUGAUUAUGCUAAGCUGCACUGCUUGGCACUUUCAACCUUGCCUAAAAGAGAUUAUCUGUUUUACUAAAAUUGUCUUACCAAAAUUAUCUCAGUUUAUUGGCCUUCAUCUAGCCCAUUACACCCUUGAGGCACAAACUUCUUUAGCACCUGUAUAGCCUCACCUAAUUCUGAUGACAAGAAGAAACAGAGCUGGCUGUCAUCCACAUAUUGAUGAUACCAUUAUCCACAUCCCCAACCAUAUACCGGUUGAUAUUACUUAGCGAAGGGGACAAUAUUGAAUCUUGUGGUUCAGUAUUGAACCUCUCUGACACAUGUGCUGGAAGUCAUGCAGAAGCCCCUCCGUUGGUUAGAGCAUGGUGCUGAUAAUGCCAAGGUUGCAUGUUUGGUCGCCAUAUGGGGCAGUGCGUAUUCCUGCAUUUCAGGGGUUGGACUAGAUGAUCCUUAGGGUCCCUUACAUCUCUACAAUUCUAUGAUUUUAUUCAUAGAAACAACCCUGCAGGUAGGAGAAGAACCACUGUGAUGCUUUGUGUCCAUUUUCCAACCUACCAAACUGAUCCUGGAGGGUACUGUGGCCAAUGGUAUUAAAAGCUGCUGAGAGGCCCAAGAAUAUGCAACAGUAUUGCCUUCUCUGUCCCUCUCCUGAUAUAUGCCAUCUAUCAGGUAAAGGUAAAGGUACCCCUGACCUUUGGGUCCAGUCGCAGACGACUCUGGGGUUGUGUGCUCAUCUCGCUCUAUAGGCUGAGGGAGCCAGCGUUUGUCCGCAGACAGCUUCCAGGUCAUGUGGCCAGCAUGGCUAAGCUGCUUCUUGCAAACCAGAGCAGCGCACAGAAACACCGUUUACCUUUCCACCAGAGGGGUACCUAUUUAUCUACUUGCACUUGACAUGCUUUUGAACUGCUAGGUUGGCAGGAGCUGGGACCGAGCAACGGGAGCUCACCCCAUCGCGGGGAUUCGAAUCGCCAACCUUCCAAUCGGCAAGCCCUAGGCUCUGUGGUUUAGAACACAGUGCCACCCACAUCCCAUCAGGGUGACCUACUUCAGUGUUAAAACCAGACUGAAAUGGGUCUAAUCACAAUUCUCCAAGCAUGUUACAAGUUGAACUACCACCACCCCCUCCAAUAUCCUGCACAAGAGGGGGGAAAUUCAUAAUUGGAUGGUAGUUGCCACAAACCUGUGGGUCCAGGGAGGGUCUGUUGAGCAGAGUCUGCCCCAUCAUUUUCUUUAAGGACGCUACAACUACCCCCUUCCAUAUAGAGUCAUUAGCCAAUCACUGGACCCACCCAGUCAAUCCCAUCUGCCUAGCUUUUAUAAGCCCUGAUGGUAAAGGACAAAGAGCACACAUAGUUGGGCAAAUCUGUUCAAGUGUCUUGUUUGAACCCCCAGGCCACAAAAAUCUGAAAGUGAUCCCAAACAACAUUACUAGCUAAUGCUCUGGAAACCUCUAGAGUUGUAUUAACAGUGGCAUCCAGUUCAGUAUGAAUGCAAGCAAUUUUACCCUCAAAGUGCCUUGCUAAUUUGUCACAGCAGGUCUCUAAGAGUUUGAUAUUUCCACCUUCAGACCAGAAUUCAGCAGCCCACCCAUCAUUUGGAAAAGCUACUGAACAAAUACCUGAAGAUGCAAUGGUAGCAAAGUACACUAUGCUGACAUCACCACCACAUAGUUGCCAUGAUUUUGAGCUCAAGUCCUGCUUGUCUAGUCAUCUGGAGCUCUAGUAAACCAGGAUGUCACUUGGACUUCACACUUAGGAGUGAUUGUGCUUUUGCAGUGAGACCAUUUUGCAGUGAGACCAGAACAUUAAUAGGAAAUGUUUUAAAUAUAAACCAAGUUGCUAAGAGAUAUGAAGUUAGCUCUACCUGUGAAGCUUAUUUAUAUUAUGGUCACCAACUUAACUUUGUGUAUUGAAUUGAAACAGAAGUUUACAUUUUAAAAUCUAGGUGACCUUUUGUAUUAUUAAAUCUUCCUGGUUUACAACCUGGUACCUUGGUUUACAACCAUAAUCCGUUCCGGAGAUCCAUUUGUAAACCAAAACAGGUUGUAACUCAAGGCGCACUUUUGCCAAUGGGGCCUCCAAAAUAUAUAUAUAUAUAUUGUUUGUAAUUUUUAAAAAAAGGGUUGUAAUCCAAAAAAAGGUUGCAAACCGGGACAUGGACUUCUGGGUUUGACGUGUUUGUAAUCCAAAAUGUAUGCAAACCAAGGUACCACUGUACCUAGCUGCCUUCAUCAGUUACCUGAUUCCACUGUAAAGAACUAGGAGCUACAGGGUUUCCAACUACUAGGACGAGUAAAAGCCCUGCCCUGUACUGUCACUGCUUACCUGGUCCUAGAGGCUAAAUAGCACACUUCUUGGUUAGGCUGCUGUUCUCUUCAUGACUUUUGCAGAACCUUUACAUAGCAGCAAUAUUUUUUAAGGAUGAUGUGGAGGGUUUACAAAAAGACUCUUAGGGAACAAUAAUUGGUCACCACUGCUUUAAUUUGUAUUUAAAUCUUAUUCUUUUUGUCUUGAUUUUAUCCUCUUGUCAAUCACUUUAGAGAUCUGUGGCCAGGAAGAAAUGUGGUAUAUAAAUAUUUUAAACAAAAUUUUGGUGCUCUAGAUAUAUAAAGCAAGGGUGCAAGAUACUCAUCUUGCAGGUUGCAGUCCUACAUUUUGGUACAGGACAUAGAUGUGAUUUAUCUUACUCCAGCAUAAGCCACUGACAUUUCUGUUGUAAUACUGAGAGAAGAAAAAUAAACCACAUUUUGUUGUCUUAAGAGUGAAAUUCAGGCACAUAAAUCCAGCUGUUGCAUUUAAAAAUAGCUGGAGCUGUCCUUGGCAAUAAAAGGCUUUUUGCAUGUUGUUAUAGCAACUGAAAAAACCCAGAACUUAAAGAUAAGGAGUAUUGUGUGCCUUUCAUUUAAAGGGGCACAAGCUCUUUACAUAGCUAGGUCUGGGUGUUGAUUAUUGUGAUCAUGGGGAAAAUCUGUAUCAGAUUUCUAUCUUGUUUUGGUUUAUUUCAUUGAUCACUUUUCUGCAGAGUAUUGGGUUUGUAAGUUUGCAGCUCUUAAAGCUACUACAGUUUGCUAAACAGAGUGGUUUUAUAGAGCUAGCCUAUGGGUUCAUUUCCACAGUUCACCUACUGUCUGCCUGUGAUGCACUGUGUUUUUGACUAAAGUUGACCAAUUGGCAGGCUGGUAGAUGGAUGGCCUUGCCUUACGGAAGUUGGAAUGGAAACCAUCUCUUGACCCAUCCAGCUGUGUGAUUCUAGGCUGAUUCACACAUGUAAAAAUAGCAAGGGAGUCAUUACCAUCUACUGGCUGGUCCAUGAUGGGAUUUGUAGUCUAAAAACAACUAGAGACCCAAGUUUGGGAAACCCUGAUCUAGAAGAAAGUAGUUCACACCCCCAGUAGCAAUGCUACAUGAGAACAGCUGUCCCUUCUUUCACUAGAUUGAUUUCUUAUCAUCAAUGAAUAAUAUGAGGAAAAUAAAUAAAUUCUAAAAAUAGCACUACAAUUUAAGUAGUCUAAAAUGCCAUCCUGGUCCCUGCUUUCGGGUAAUUAUCCUUGUGUUGCCCAAUGUGGAAGUGCAUGCAUUUAAAAGUAGGAAAGAUUCAUUUAAAACUACUGUUUUAAUCAGACAAGUUAGCAAGAAAAACUUGUUUUAUAAAAGGUAACUCAAAACAUUUAUAAAUAGAACAUAUAUUUUCUGUGUCUCAGAAUAUGAUGUUAGAACAUUUAUAUAGGGUGAGUCUUUUAAAAGAGGCCCCGUGGAACAUGUGUACUCUGUAUCCACGUGGCCUCUUUUAAAGGACUCACCCUGUAGAUGGGGUGCAGACCUUCUGAUAAUUUCCCAUUUUGCAAUACAGUGGUACCUCGGGUUAAGAACUUAAUGCGUUCUGGAAGUCUGUUCUUAACCUGAAACUGUUCUUAACCUGAAGCACCACUUUAGCUAAUGGGGCCUCCUGCUGCUGCUGCGCCGCUGGAGCACAAUUUCUGUUCUCUUCCUGAAGCAAAGUUCUUAACCCGAGGUACUAUUUCUGGGUUAGUGGAGUCUGUAACCUGAAGCGUCUGUAACCUGAAGCGUAUGUAACCUGAGGUACCACUGUAGUGUGGCUGCUAGCAAUUCCACUAUUGUCAAGUAGGAGCCUUGCUACUGAAUUGAGUAGGUGAGGUACAGACUGCCCAUAGUUAGUAUAGAAUGUUGUUGUUUAGUCGUUUAGUCGUGUCCGACUCUUCGUGACCCCAUGGACCAGAGCACGCCAGGCACUCCUGUCUUCCACUGCCUCCCGCAGUUUGGUCAAACUCAAGCUGGUAGCUUCGAGAACACUAUCCAACCAUCUCGUCCUCUGUCGUCCCCUUCUCCUUGUGCCCUCAAUCUUUUCCGACAUCAGGGUCUUUUCCAGGGAGUCUUCUCUUCUCAUGAGGUGGCCAAAGUAUUAGAAUAGUUGUCUUCAACUUUUUCAGACCUGGAGUACACCUGCAUCCUGGGACCUACUUCUUAAUUUUUUACUGUAGUUUUUAACAGUGAUAUUGCUACUGGAGCAAAGCACCUUAUGUCAGGCUGCAACUUGGUAAGAGUCCUGACCAACUAGUUGAAGGCCAGUGGCACAGGGCGCCUGUGACCCUCUUGAUGUGGCUCCAGCCACAGUGGUCCAUGAUCAAGGACUAUGGGAUUUGUAGGCAGGGCCACAGGUUCCUCAUCCCUCAUAUAGAAUAUAUCUACAGAAAUUAGGAUCUGAAAAAUAACACAAUUGCUUGCCAUGUGCUCUUCUGCCAUCUUGUUGUCACACAGUGCCUGCUGUUCAAACAUUUCUACUUGGUAUGCAUUGGCAGUAGAAACCUGAAAUGACGAGAUGUCUGGCCUCUAAAGUACCGUGCAAUUCUACUUGCAUUGUGAUUCGUACACUUUCACCAGGCUAAACAUCUAGCACAGAUGGAGUCGUUGCAGACAUGUACAGCUCAAUAACCAAAUAAGAAAAUGAGGGAGCUCAGAACAUUGGGAGCAGAAGCAGGGGGAGAAAUACAAAUGGAGGAUGGUUUUUGUGCAACACAUUUUGCAAGUGUUCUACACAUUUCCUGUUGCAUAAAAUUACAAUAGGGAGGUGAAUCAUUUUGUAUGAAGGAGGUAUAUUACAAAUGAGUGAGUGAAUGUUUGGUGAAAAGUCUGAGUGAAUAUGUAUAUUGAAGGUGCCAGGCACCAAAAUAUCUGUGGUGAGCUCUGCCCGUGGGAAGAGUAAAAGCCUGUAGGUAGCAAAUUGCAGAGGAUUUUUUGAAGGAAGUUUGAAUUGCUUGAAAGCAAUUUCACUAGAGAGCAUAGUGAGAAAUAAUAUAUUUUCAGAGCCAUUUAGGGCUUGAAUUAGAACACAAAUGGAUGAGGAUAGCUAUAGAUUUAUGCCACUUUUCUACAGUAUUGCACUGGUGUACAGAAUUUGCUCCUGAAACCUUUAGCUCUCAAUUGAUUUCUUGAGAAAUAGUGGUAGAGAAUCAUCUGUAAAAAGCAUUGAAAUAAUUGUCUUCUUUUUGAGAAAAGCCUUGAGCCACAAACUAGAAAAUGCCCUCAUUUUUUCAUGAUAGACUUUUGGGACCAAUUUCCCUGAUGUAGGCAGACCUUUAAAGGAUCUUAUGCAGGUGGUCUUUGAAUUGAAUAAAAAGCUUGCCUUCUCUGUGGUCUCUUCACUGCUAGUAGUAAUUAGAAAUGAAAAGGAAAGUUAAUUAUUAUGCCUUUCAACCAAAGCUUUUGUUUUAUUUUCUCUUUACAGCAAAUGUGGUGAAUUGCAAAGUCUCUCUGCAUAGAAUCUAUUUUAAUUAUACUAAAGGUUCAUAGUUUUUAUUAUACAGGCAUCUAAACCAUAAAGUAGAGCAGUCAAGUUAUUUAAAAAUAUUUGUUUGAUUAUAUGCACAGGAUAUCUGGCACUCUGAUUUAAGACUAUUGGAAGCAAUAUUGCUCUGGAUGCUGCCAUUGCCUGAAAUGAGGUGGGGGUUUUUUGUCGUGAAAUAAGUCGUCUCUUCUUUUUGGUAAGGGUGCCUGAUCUUAGGGAACUGUCUCUCUUUCAUGAGGUCAGAAUAGGGGUAUAAGAAGGGCAUUACUUAGGCAGACCCAGCAGAAUGAUAUGCUGAGGUAAAUUUUGGGUGCAUUAGACAAAGUUUGAGUAUGAUCAGACCAGGAAAAGUAGGAACGAUGCCCAGUAUUAUCAGCCCUAUUUGCAUUUUAAAAAACUUAUCGUUUGACUAUCUUUGUGAUCAUACAUAGAAAGCUACCUUAUACAGAGUCAGACCAUUGGUCUAUCUAGCCCAGUAUUCUUGACAUUGACCAGCAAUGGCUCUCUUGGGCUUCAGUGGCAGGUGGUGGUGGUGGGAACCUGGGACUGUUUUGUUUGCAAAGCAUGUAUUCCACCACUGAGCUCUGGCUCUUUUUCCUGGGGCCCAUGAGGAAGGCCAGGCUUGAUGGCGAGAUAAGAGCCUAGAAUCAUAUGCAGGGAAGGGGUGGAAUUGUCUCCCUGCUUAUUUAACUUAUAUGCAGAAUUCAUCAUGCGAAAGGCUGGGCUGGAUGAAUCCCAAGCUGGAAUUAAGAUCGCCGGAAGAAAUAUCAACAACCUCAGAUAUGCAAAUGACACAACCUUGAUGGCAGAAAGUGAGGAGGAAUUAAAGAACCUUUUAAUGAGGGUGAAAGAGGAGAGCGCAAAAUAUGGUCUGAAGCUCAACAUCAAAAAAACGAAGCUCAUGGCCACUGGUCCCAUCACCUCCUGGCAAAUAGAAGGGGAAGAAAUGGAGGUAGUGAGAGAUUUUACUUUCUUGGGCUCCAUGAUUACUGCAGAUGGUGACAGCAGUCAUGAAAUUAAAAGACGCCUGCUCCUUGGGAGAAAGGCGAUGGCAAACUUAGACAGUAUCUUAAAAAGCAGAGACAUCACCUUGCCAACAAAGGUCCGUAUAGUUAAAGCCAUGGUUUUCCCAGUAGUGAUGUAUGGAAGUGAGAGCUGGACCAUAAAGAAGGCUGAUCGCCGAAGAAUUGAUGCUUUUGAAUUAUGGUGCUGGAGGAGACUCUUGAGAGUCCCAUGGACUGCAAGAAGAUCAAACGUAUCCAUUCUUCAGGAAAUCAGCCCUGAGUGCUCACUGGAAGGACAGAUCCUGAAGCUGAGGCUCCAAUACUUUGGCCACCUCAUGAGAAGAGAAGACUCCCUGGAAAGAUUGAGGGCACAAGGAGAAGGGGCACAAGGAGAAGGGGACGACAGAGGACGAGAUGGUUGGACGGUGUUCUUGAAGCUACAAACAUGAGUCUGACCAAACUGCGGGAGGCAGUGGAAGACAGGAGUGCCUGGCGUGCUCUGGUCCAUGGGGUCACAAAGAGUCGGACACAACUAAACGACUAAACAACAACAGCAGAGGUCUUUGGAAAAACACCACCACCCUUUGAAUUAGAUCUGGGAGAUCAGAUGAUAAUGUCCAAGCCAGGAGGAUGUUAAGAACGGAACACAAAUUUAACGUAACCCACUUGCAAGGAGUUGCACUGGCAAUUCCUUUCUUGGUAGUGUCACAUUGUGAUCUAGUGGUGUGGCAAGUAUUGUGAUUCAUGUUUGAUUAUGUUUUUGCUAAUCUUUGAAGAUUAGUAGAUUAGAUCGUGAAAUAAGUAAAGUUCUUUGGAAUCUCUUCAGUAGGUUUACUCAUUAUUUAUUUUAUUCAUUGUAUAUUCUGCCUUCGACCAACUAGCAGAAUAUAAAUGUAGCUAUUAACUACAUUCAACUUUAUCUGAGAAGAAGCACUGCUGUACAUAGUUUACGUCUGAGUAAACAUGGGUAAGAUUGCACUGAACUAUAUGGUGUUGCCACUACUUCUCAUUUUUAUGACUCGUAUAAGUCUUCCAGCGAAAAGUUAAUGUUCUGCUGUAGCAAUUGAAGUCUUCUAGAUGAAAAUUAAUUAUGGAAGCACAUCACCACAUAAUCAGAAAUCAUUAAAUACUCAUUGUUAGCUGGGCAUUGCCAUGAUGCAGUAUAUCAAGAAAGAUUUAGCAGAGCAUUUAAAUAAAUUGCUAUUAUAAAUUGCUUUCAUUUCAUGCAGAUUUAUGAAAUAGAUUGGUGUUGGAUGUCCCUAUGACUUAUACUGAGUUGACUUUCCUCAGUUGAUCAGAAGAAAAAUAUACUUGGUCAUCGAUUUGAAGGGAAUUUUUAAAGAAAGUUGUUGUUGGGAACCGUCUAUUUCAGGAGACAGUGGAGUACAUCUCCAGGGGUGAAAUCAAACCACUGGAGAAUCACAGCACCUGCUGUGGCUGCAGAAACCGGUAACUCUUAACUGCUGCCUCCUUCAUGUUUUUGCUGCAUUAGCAGCACUGAAUUGACCUUUAUGGGACACAAGCCUUGGCAGUGUGCAUGGAGGUCCUGGAUGACAAACCCUCCUCAAGGCCUCACUGAUGUGAUCCAAAGGAAAGGAAAGCAAUACAUUUGGCACCAGCUUGACUGCAGGAGUUGCCGGAAGGAGACAUACAAGAUCCUAUCCAACUAUCUUAGGGACUCCUCUCUGGAUUUGUGUAGGAUUUACUACUUAGUCUUUUCUAAGGCAAUGGGUUCAGAUUUUUCCUUGGAGUUUACUCCCGAAGUCUUUCUCACAAAUGAGUAUAGCUGCAAGGCAACAGAGGCUUAGGAUCAGAGUUUUCCUUCUCCUAGACUCCUUCUUCCCAGAUUAACCCAUCCACUCCUCAUUUCCCUCUACAGCACAUGCUGCAACCUCCUUCUUGAUUGUUAGGCCCACUUGUCUGCUCAGUGUUCUGAAACCUGUCUUUGCAUGCAGGGGAAAUCCUUAACUCACUGAGGGUUUGAGACCCAACUGCUACUCUCACCUGGUUUAGCCAGGCAGUUGAAGCCAUUUCCUGGGGCGUGGCUGCUGUUUCAUGCUGAUAGCCUCUAGGAGCCACAGUUGAGAGCUGAGUGCAGGGUAGGGUCCAAUGGUGGACAUACUGCUCCUCCCCUAACAUCCCAUAUACAGUGGUGCCUCGCAAGACGAAAUUAAUUCGUUCCAUGAGUUUUGUCGUCUUGCGAUUUUUUUCGUCUUGCGAAGCACGGUGUCGGGAAAGUUUUGGAAAAGCUUCAAAAAUCACCAAAGUCUUUAAAAACCUCAAAAAAGGCUACCACACCGUGUUCUAUGAGUUGCUCCUCGAAGUCAAGUCGCAACUGUAUUAACGGUGUUAAGAAAAAGGAAACAAACUUGCAAGACGUUUCCGUCUUGCGAAGCAAGCCCAUAGGGAAAAUCGUCUUGCGAAGCAGCUCAAAAAACAAAAAACCCUUUCAUCUAGCGAGUUUUUUGUCUUGCGAGGCAUUCAUCUUGCGAGGUACCACUGUAUACAUACAAAAGUAAACCUUGAGAAAUGCCUUAAAUUAGCCAGCAAAAAUGACUUGUCUUGAAGAAAACACUGUUUGCAACAUAAAGAUUCUUUUAUGUUGGAAAUUUUAUGAUUUCAGCUAAAAGCAUGGGGUGCCUAUAUUGAUGGAGUAUAUGCUAAUGGGAAGGACUAUAAUAGAUUUUCCUAAUCUCUGUAGGAUUCUAAUUGCUUGUGCCUCAGUGAGUCUUUUUUUUCACAAGAGGAUUAUAAUAACAAGAAAUAUGUUUAUUCCUUUAUUGCCAUAAAAGCAGGAAGUUUCUUUUCUUAAUAAAAAGAAACUCCAUUUAUUUUACUAUAGCAAAUAAAAUGCCUGUUAAACUAUGCAGAACUAAUAAAGUUGAGCUAAUGAAGUAUUGCCAGUAUUUAAUGAUCUUAUUUUCCCUUAGUUCAUUUCCAUUCUUAUUCUCUGUCACCACCAUCCCAAUUUUGUGUUCAGUUCCCUGAUCCUUAACCUGCAUUAAACUGUCCCACAAAUAGACAUAGAAUCAUAGAAUCAUAGAGUUGGAAGAGACCACAAGGGCCAUCGAGUCCAACCCCCUGCCAAGCAGGAAACACCAUCAGAGCACUCCUGACAUAUGGUUGUCAAGCCUCUGCUUAAAGACCUCCAAAGAAGGAGACUCCACCACACUCCUUGGCAGCAAAUUCCAAUGUCAAACAGCUCUUACUGUCAGGAAGUUCUUCCUAAUGUUUAGGUGGAAUCUUCUUUCUUGUAGUUUGGAUCCAUUGCUCCGUGUCCGCUUCUCUGGAGCAGCAGAAAACAACCUUUCUCCCUCCUCUAUGUGACAUCCUUUUAUAUAUUUGAACAUGGCUAUCAUAUCACCCCUUAACCUCCUCUUCUCCAGGCUAAACAUGCCCAGCUCUCUUAGCCGUUCCUCAUAAGACAUAUACUGUACAUAAAUCUAUUAUGGUUGGGUGGGUAUUUCCCAUAUGUACCUCUUUCUCUUAAUAAACUUGUAGCCUGGGGAGCGUCUCUGGGGCUUAUUGGGCCUGCCAGACAUUGCUAAUUCUCAUCUUUGUAAGACAGCUCUUUUGUGCUUGUUGGUAAAACUCCUACUGCAAAAAGUAAUCUCUCCAACUGGGUUCCCAAGAAAGCAUCUUGCAACAUCACCAACACCACAGUCUGUGGGUAAUAAUGACUUUAGCAGCCCCACAGAAUAAACACAAUAUAUAUAUGCACAAUAGGGUGGAGGAUAGGGCUGGGCGAUAUCUGGUUUUCAAUAUCACAAUAUAUCGCCAGCUAAACAUUGCAAUGCCUCAAUAUAUCACAAAGAAGGCUGGAGUUUAUAAUAAUCUAGGGAAGUACUGGGGGGGAUCUAAAUUUGAUGCGUAUAUUUAAAUGAAAAUUUACUCAGUGAUAGCAUGCUUAACUAAACCAUUAAAGAUUUCUGGAGAAUAUAUAACUAUUCUGUUAAGGGCUUUAUAUACCCAUAGUAACACAUUGAACUUGGCCCUGUAGCAAAUUGGGAACUGGUGUAGAUCAGUGUUAGAAAGUCAGGUAAGCAAUCUAGGUGCCAUAUGGUGCCUGAAAAUUAGGUUACAGAUGGCCAUCCAACCUCUGCUUAAAAACCUCCAAAGAAGGAGAGUGUACCACCUACCAAGGGAGUCUUUUUCACUGUCAAACAGCUCUUACUGUCAGAAAUUUCUUCCUGUUGUUUAGUCAGAAUCUCCUUUCUUGUCACUUGAAGCCAUUCAUUCUGGUUCUGCCCCCUCCAGAGCAGGAGAAAACAUGCUGCCUCCAUCUUCCACGUGACACCCCUUCAGAUAUUUGAAGGUAGCUACCCUAUCUCCUCUCAGUCUUCUGUUUUCCAGGCUAAACAUACCCAGCUCCCUCAACUAUUCCUCAUAAGGCUGGGUUUCCAGACCCUUGAUCAUCUUGGUUGCCCUCCUCUGCGCAUGUUCCAGCUUGUUAAUAUCCUUCUUAAAUUGUGGUGCCUAGAUUUGGAUACAGGACUCCAGGUGUUGUCUGACCAAGGCAGAAUAGAGUGGGACUAUGACUGCCCUUGAGCUGGACACUAUACUUCAGUUGAUUCAGCCUAGAAUAGUAUUCGCUUUUUUUGCUGCUGCAUCACACUGUUGACUCAUCUUAAGACUCUGCAUGUAUGUAGCUCUGCUUACUACUACUCUAUAGUUUAGCGUAGGUAUGUUUCUUAUAUAUUUUGUGCUUUAAAAAGAACACAUUUAAAAAUAUGUGUUCUUAAUAUUGAGCCACACCAAUAAGAGAUGUCAAAUUAUGUGUUACUUACUAAAUCCUUACAGUGUUUAUCCUCCAACAAACUCAAAAUAAUGUACACGGACUCCACCCCACUGCCUCUCAUAUUAUUUUAUUUAUUUAUUAUGUAAUAUAUUUAUAUCCUGCCAAGUCGGGAUUCAAAGUGGCUUACAACAUUUAAAAACAUGUCAUAGAAUAAAAAAUAAUAAAAACAAACGUUAAAAACAAUACUUAAAAUACAUCAAAUAUAUCUCAAACUAGAAAUUAAAAUUUGAACUGACAGCAGCCCAGUCAUCAGCAUCGUCUGCAGUUAGUUUCCAAACGCAUAAAGCCUUUACUGCAAAAGUAAAUUGUUGCUUCCUUGCCUGAACAGAUGCAGGAGCCAAGCCACAAUGAUCUUAUCACAAAGAAACUUUGUUUACUGAUCAGAAUCUCUAUCCCAUAGUGCUGCUGAGGAACAAAGAUUCCAACAAGCAAACAAAGUUUCUUUUUCUGCCGAUAAGAUCCACAGGGCUUUAAGGCAGACACCAUGUCUCUUGCUAGUAGAGACCCUGAUAUCAUGCUUAGCCUGAUAUCGUGCUGGGUCUCUAUCCUGCCUAGCAAGAGGCACAUGCCUUUAAGCCAUGUGGAUCUUAUGGGGGGUGGGACUGUUUGCUCAUCGGAAUCUCCUUCCCUCAGCAGGGAAGCUGGGACUCUAGUUAAACCUCCAUAAAAAAGCAAGAGCAAAGCCAAGUAGAUCUUAUUGUUUGCUGAUCGGAAUAAGGGAAGCUUAUUGUUAUGCUGGGUCUGUCUCUAGCCAGAGGCACGGGGCUUGCGCCUUGCACAUUGUGCAAGCAGAAAGCAUCUUUUACUGCAAAGUAAAGCCCUUUACUCUGCAACACCUGCUGAGAGGGACCAGGACCUUAUGCCCUGGCAAGAUCAGCAGGCAAGAAACAGCCAUUUACUUUGCAGUAAAGUGCUGCUUCCUGCCUGCUGGGUCUGCAAGGCCAGCUUGGCAGUGCAUUCUUGAUAGGUUAAAGGGUGAAAAAAAAUUGAAACUUUUAUCAAGGUCUAGAGUUCAUACUAUAGUAGGAGACAAAAUAUCAAUAUAUCACCCACCCCUAGUGGAGGAUAGCUGAUUUCUAAGGAGGAUAGCAUAGUAUGUAUCCUUUUUGUCUGUGAACUGCCCCUCCCUCACAAGAUGAAUUCUCAACACUGAUACUUUUUCAUAUAGGACCUAUAUAUGUACUGCAGACAUGUGUCUUUUCUGGCAGGUGUAUGAGUAACAGAGUGCCUUUAUCACUACCUGUAUCCUGCCUUUCUGGCUGUCAAGCAUCCUGAAAACUGCUAGCAACUGUACAGGCAAAGCUUGUGUGGUCUGCAGUAUUUUCUGAUGUUUGGGGUCAUGGGAGAUGCCUUGUUUAAAACUUACGUGGGCAAGAAGGCAAACGUGGAUGGUUGUUCAUUGUCUCAAGGAGGGACCAUAACAGAAGCCCACUAAACAAAAUGACAGCAACAAACAUAAGGCAGAAAAUAAUAUAACAAAAGAUUCUAUUCUUUUAUCUCAUCCCAUUUCUGAGUUAUGGAGGUUUGAAAUUUCAAAAAAAAAUUACAAUUUUGGCCUAGCCAGACUCCGUAGAAAACUUAAAAGCAUAAACUUAGAAUUUUAGAUUAAAACUUAGUUUUGAUCAUUCAACAAGUGUACAAAAUAUUAAGAAAUUUGGAUGACAUGAGGUAAAAAAAAAUUGGAUCGCUUGAUAUGGAAUGACUCAUGUACUUAAAUUUUUUUGGAUAUUUCCCCAUGCUGUAAUAUUUUUCCUCCUUAAUGUAGUAUAUUAUUGAUAGUUUACAAUUUCUCAGAAAAGUGAGGAAUGCUUAUUCUUUAUCAGAGCAUGCUAUGGAUUUCUCCCCUUUCCUUUUCUAUUAACUCUGUAAACUGCAUCAAACCUAAUGUUAUUUCUCGCACUUCCUUUUGCUAGAUGAAAAUCUAAGGCUAUUGAUUCUCCCACCUUCCUGAUGUAUACUGCUGUUCAGGUUGUAGAUCUUAAUUUCUGGCAUGGCUCCUACAAGCCAUUUUGUAACCAACCACCGAGUCCCUGCAUUGCUCAUUCUGUGAACAACCCUGAGUUUGAGUCAAUGGCUGUCUGUUAAAACUCAGCCACUUUAAGAUUUAUGACAUUUCAGCAGUUUCAUCCUUUUAAAAAAGCAUGAAAAAAUGAGUAACAAAUGAUGCAGUUUUUGAAAACAUUUAGAGGAUCCACCUUGCUGGAAUAGAAGUCUGAAAGAACCAUGUAAUGUGCUUGUUGGAGUCUGCUAAAUUAAGCUUACGUAUUUUCAUGAUACAAUGAGUUGCCAGUGACUCAUUACUACUUGGCUGCAAGAUGCUGAUGAAGAAUAGGAAAGUUCUGAUCUCCUCCUUGAUAAAGCAGUGCUUAAUAGAAUAAAAUUAAUAUCUAGACUUCCCUGUCAUCACUGCCUUUUGGACAAGAGAAUAAUCAGCAUGGCACAAAUUUUAGCAGGGGAGUAAGAUGGCAGUGGAAGCUGAGCUGCCAUUAAUCAAGCAGGCAUAAUAGCCACCAUCCUUUCUAAAGCUUCCAAGAUACUGUCACUGUCACUGUCACUGUCACCUGUUCUUUCAACUGACCCCCUCCCCCAGCAUAAUAAAACAUUGGCAUACUCUGAAAUGUUUUGCCUUACACACAUAAAUAUGUGUGUGUAUAUAUAUAUAUAUAUAUAGGCAGGGAUGAGCGGGUUAUGAUUAAAGAGAAGCAAGUUUUAUAAUUCUCUUUGGCACUAAUAAAAUAUAACACUGAAAUGAGUCAUUUUUAGAGAAAUCUGGCAUGGCCUGAUUAUGUAACUCAAAACCUGAUAAGAAAGAACAGACUGAGCAUCAGAAAACACAAAAACAGCUUUGCUUAAAAGGAUGACAUCUUGUUGUCCUAUUACUUGUUUUAUCGCAGAACCCUUCUGAUGUUAGCAACUUGUUUUAAUUUCCCCCAACCUCCAAGGAAUUUGCUGCUGCCGCCUCUGCAUUUCCUCUUGUUUGACCUUGCUGCAGUUUAUUAAUUUAACUUGGAUUGCUUAUUCUGAAAGCUUGUGUUCAAAUAACUACUGAAUCUGCGUACUAUCAUUAUAGAUGAUGCAGUGGUCCCAGUUAUGCCAUUCAGAAAUAACUCCAUUUGACAUCAGCAGGGUUACUUGAUUGGGAGGUGGGGGAGAACUCUAGCGUAAAUGAGGACAGGAGUGGAAAUUAUGCAAGAUGUUUAAUUCUAAACACUUUCUGCUCCUCCGAGUGUCUCAAGUCAUCAUCAGCAUUUCUGUUUCCGAUUUUAGAUAGUCUUUUGUGCUUUCUGAGUUCUACCUUUCUGGGUUUCCCAUCAGUUCUGCUUUCCACUCUCUACUACAGUCUGUUUCUUAGUCUAGCUGGCUUUCAAUAUACUUGGCCCAAUGCCCAUAUGAUUGGAACAACUGCUUUUCUAUCCCACCUGGGGCUCUAAACUACAGUGGUGCCCCACAAGACGAAUGCCUCGCAAGACGAAAAACUCGCUAGAAGAAAGGGUUUUGCAGUUUUUGAGCUGCUUCGCAAGACGAAUUUCCCUAUGGGCUUGCUUUGCAAGACGAAAACGUCUUGCAAGUUUGUUUCCUUUUUCUUAACACCGUUAAUACAGUUGCGACUUGACUUCGAGGAGCAACUCAUAGAACGCGGUGUGGUAGCCUUUUUUGAGGUUUUUGGUGAUUUUUGAAGCUUUUCCAAAACUUUUCCGACACCGUGCUUCGCAAGAUGAAAAAUUCGCUAGACAAAAAAACUCGCGGAACGAAUUAAUUUCGUCUUGCGAGGCACCACUGUAUUCUUAGUUUAUAACAGCACCUGACAUUUACUGAUGGUGUCAGACAGAGGGAAAAUGUAGAAUCCUGAGUUAACAGUGCUAUAUGAAUACUAGAGAUUAGUGGAGAAGAUGGGAAGAGUACAAUGAAAAAAAAUUAAAUCUAAAUCUCACAGCCUAACCAAUCUUCACAUUGUGGUAUGAUAAGGAGGGAAAACAUGGAGGAGGAGCAUAUAUAUAGGUAAACUAUGAGAUCAGACUUGCAGCAGUGCAGUCUUACUGAAAUACUAUUUUUCUGUGACAGCAAGAUCCCGAAUCUUCCUGUUCCAACAGGCUUUUGGGAAUUGACUGCUUUUAAUGAAAGGGCUGGUGCCAUGCUGUUUUUAUUGUAAUUAUGUAUAUGUAAUUUAAACAGAUUUUAUAUGUGUAUAUAGUUUUAAUUCUAUUAAUGUCAGUUUGUUUUUUAAUUAUUGCUUUUUCUACAUUUAUCUACAAACCCUUGAGUCCCAUCAAGGAAAAAGGCGGGAUAUCAAUAUCAAUCACAAAAAAGCUACUGCUGCUACUGUUGACAAUAGAAAGCUUUUAAUAGCAGGUUUUUCCCUCUUUGCCAUAGACAGAUCUGCAAAAUCCAAUGGCUGCUAGGAUUCCCUCCCAAUAUUCAGUUGCCACAGUGUUACAGUAUUUUGGAUCUUGAUUGACUGAAAUGGAAAUAACUUUUAAUCAAAAGUGGAAAAUAUUAGACAUACUUACCUAUGUUAAUAUGUAAUACGAAGCAAUGGUUUGCUUUAACUGUGGUUUGCUCAACAAAUGAGUCACCUCACAGAUGAACAAACAAGUCAUGGUUUGUUUUCAGCUACUGAUGGAAUAUAUUCAGAAAUUGAUGGAAUAUAUUUGCCUGAGAGAUGACAGUCAGCACAUAAUCAUCUGGUAGUACUUUGUUCCUUUUGUGAAAUUAAGAUAUAUAAUCUGGAUAUUAAAAUGCAUAAACAUUUAUCAGUUGAUUGUAUCCAAAUAUUUACUUAGAGUAGGCCCACUGCAAUUAAUGAAUCCAAGUUAGUUAUAUCCAUUAUUAUCUACUUUGAGGGGGACUAAGUAUUGGAUACAACCCAAUGAUUAAAAAAAAAAAUAGCGUACACUUUAUUUUGGCUAUGUGAACAUAAGUAUGAGUUUUGCCCAGAAAACCAUUUUGAUAUAUGUUCUUGUGGUUGGUUGAUUCAACAUCAGUUUCUUUCAUGAAUUUAUUGUCUGAAGGAAUGACAGUUAAGUUCUGAAAAUAUAUCAUUUUGUGCAUGAGAGCUAUGAAAGUCCCAUAUCACUGUGCUUGGAGGAUCUUCUUCAACUGGAGGAUGUACAUAUCAUAGCUCUAUUGGAUGGCAAAUGUCACAUCUUACUGCAUCAAUGAUAUCCAAUUUUGGAAAAGUAGUAAAAUGUAUGCAUAAUGUUUAUCUAUUCUGAGUCAAAGUGAAGUGCUUGCAUACCACCACACUGAAAUAGUGACUGAAGUCUCCUGUUUUACAAAUUCUGACGAGGCAUUUUAUAAACCCAUUGCACCUCAUCCAGUCCUUGUAUGAUGAAUUCUUACUUCUCAUUUUUUCCAUCUCUAAUAGUACUAAUUCUAAUACAAUGAGUCUUUCUCAGGAUUGUGCCAUCAAAAGAGAUUGUUUUGAAAUAAUUUCAUUUUUAUUGAGGUAAUGGAUAUUUUAAAGAGUAACCUUCUAUUUGUUCCUCAAAUUAAAUGAGAUAUCUUUUUUAUGUGCCUUGUUUCUAAGCGUGCCUCAUAUGAAGCUAGAAAAUGUUGUUUCCAUUGCCAAUUAAUUUUGCUAUUUCACUUUUUACCAUUAACAAAGCCUGAAGUUAAUAUGAUGCCUUGAAUUUCGUCUCUUCCCUACUUGCUUUCAUUAACAUUUGAUUGCUGAAAUGAACAGCAAAUAAGAACAACAUUUUGUUUGAUUGACAUGAGUGUGAACUCGUCUAAAACAGGACACACAUAGGUUCCUGAAGACAAUUGAAGGUGUUAAGAUAUCUACAAAAGAGAUACCUUGUAACUUUUGAGUUAUCCAUGGCAAGCUGAUGGUCAUGGCUGAUUUGCACAUUCUAGUUUCGUGUGGUUGAUGUGAUUUGCAUAUCAUAUCCAUUAACAUGGCAGAUGCCAAAAUACAAUUUGUUGGCACUUCCGGGUUAGCGCCAUCGCCGAAUGGCGGACUCCCUCCGAGCUCCGGAGGGAGUCUGCUCGGCAGGGGCUGGGUCCUACCGCGCCGGCGACGCGGGGACCCUUAAAAACCACGGGCACGGAGUCCGUGGACAUGGGUGACUCGGCUUGCACCAUUAGCGCCCUCCCGACUCGUGAAGGAGCCUUUUUAAAGGCUUCGGAUCGGAGUGCCGGGGAGUGGCGUGGUGCUUGAGUCCACUGCUUUCCCUGCCGAGCGCAGCCGCAUGCCAUUCGACGGAGAGCGCUGACUUCUUCUAUUGAAAAUUUGGACUAUUAACAACAACCCGUGAGUAAAUUGGGAAACCGGGUUCAAAAUUUUGGAUUUGGCACGAGCGGGGGCGAUUUCAAAGGAAGUCAAUCCCCCUAUUGUAAGCAUUCCAAAACAAGGACUGGGUAACCAAGGUCCAAAGGGAAGUAUGUUUCUGAUAAAAAUCAUUAAUUUCACGAUGGGAAAUUAUAAGAAAUGUGCUGGAGGAGAAGAGUGGAGGGUGAGAAGAAAAAUGCAACCCCCUGGGAACCGGGCGAUUCGUGGAGCCUGGUGAAGAGAGACGGAGACUUUGACAGCUGUCAAAGUGGCUGUCAAAGCUGGAGAAUAUAAAGAGGACUUUGUUAUGAGGACCUUGCUGGUUAAUUUUGUUACAAUUUGCUAUAAUAUGGAUACAAACUGUUGGAAAAUAAGCAACAAUUUGACUUUUGGAUUAGAGGAUACAAAGUUAUUACAAUCCCCCUAGAGGGGUUUCGGGAUACUACAAGAACGGUCGUAAGUGGAAAAAUACCCUGGGAUUCGCACAGGAUUUGUUAUCUUCUGGGAAAGCUGCAAAACUGAAAGAGUAUUUUGUCUACAGAGGAAGACAAUGGAAUUUUUAUUGAAGAAAGAAAGGGACUGGACGUAAGUUUUUGUUCCUGAAUAACAAACCUCUGCAGAGACACUAGAUUUCUGAAUUAGAAAGUUUUAGCAGCUGAACAGGACAAGAAACCUGAGAAAGUGAGGAAUAAGAAGAAUAAAGGACUGAUUACGACACGGAAAGAACAACGGGAGGAGUGGUAAAGAUCAAGGAAAUUAAAGGCCUUUGUUAGAUUGGACAUUUGAAGUCAAAUAUUAUUUAAAUUAAUAAACUAAAAGAAACCGGCAAGAUGGAACUGGGGAGAAAUCUGGUCAUGAAAUGAGACUUCCAAGCUGAUAAUGUAUAGACUGAUGGACAUGGGGAAUUCAAACCGGGGAAGGGGGAGAUUUGAAAUCCAAAGGCUGUGUAACCAUUUUUGAAUUUUUCUAUAUCUCUUAUUUUCUAUUUCUUGACAUAACUUACGCAUGUUAUUUUACUUUGAUCGGACGUGUUUAAAAAAAAGGGAAUUUGUGGAAGGAACUGGGGUGGAUCUUGGGGAAAAUCUUUUUCUUUUUCUGUUAAUGAUGUGGGACGGUGGUAAGAUUUGUACAAUUCAAUCUGGAUAGUGGGUUAAACAAAUUAAGCUUUAAAUUGGGAGUGAGAGCUUGUAGAACCAAAUUAAGGAAAGGGGAAUACAAUUGGGGGAGGGGGAGUCCCAGAAAGUAGGGAAUGAAAGUAAGAUUUUUAAAUAUUUUCUUUCUUUUGUCUUUUUCUUUGUAUUUUUAUAUUUCUGGAAACUUUAAUAAAUAUGAUUUAAAAAAAAAAAAAACAAAAUACAAUUUGUUGGCAUGUCACACAUAUUUUACGUCAUUUCUGUUAUUUCUGUUGUAAUCCACUUACUGGGUUUUACAGAGGUCAAAGUAAUUACUGGUACUGCAUUUUGCAUCUAAAGCAUUCUUGGUUAUAGCAUGUUAGGAGUUCUAGAUAGUAUAAUUAUUGUUUUCCUUUUUUAUAAUUACUAUUUUCAUAUUAUAUUCCUUCUGCUUAUACAUGUUACUUGUUUUAAGUUCGAGAAGAAUGAUUUUGGGAUCCAUUCUGACAGUUGAAUAUAAUUAUGACAUCACUGUAUUUGAAAUAGCCUUGAGUGUAAUCAUCAAUAGGGAUGACUCAGCUUUUGUUAUAGUCUCAACUCACAGAGCUUUAGACAGAUUCUGGUGAUCUGACGUUUGCCAUAUGCUUUGAAUAUGUUUACUGCUUGAUCCAACCUUAACUACCAGAUAUUACUAGGUUUUGCUUACCAUUCAUUAAAAUAAAGCUAGAAAAAUACAUACAUUACAGCAAAAUUCUGCAAGCUGGAUAAUUUGCCAUACUUUUGCUUGCAAACAGAGAUUUGUGGUACAGCUUUGUGGGGGACUUGAAGAGGUGUAGAGGACACUGUAGGCUAGAAGAGAGACUGGCAUGCUGUGGGCUUAGUUAGGGAAUGUCCAAUUAGCUGCUGAAGCCACAUCUUAAUAUGAGCCAAUAGUUGAUCAUCUGUGAAAUUCGCAAAAAUAGGAUACUAUAUCUGAAAAUGCAAGCCAUAAUUUUAACUUUAGCACUUGCUGACUUCAUUCAGAAGUCUACCAUGAGCCCUAACUAUUUGCAUAAAGUUUCACCAACUUAGUCCAAUUAAUGUAACUGAUGAGAUAAAGUUUGCCUGCCAAAACUCGUGUCCAGAUAAACAGUUUCAAUUCAAGUAUCACAAAGCCAAUAUCCAAACCUUGUUUUGGUGCUUUGGAGUAUCACAAUAGACUCCUUGCCCGCCCUUCCUUGGCUUGAGAGAUACUUAGUUUGUUAAGACAUUCAAGUUGAAUAUAACAUUAACCAUAGUUUGCUUCCAAACCAGAAAAUAAAACUAUGGUAACCAUGGUUUGCCCAGUUCAUUUGGGCAAAGUCUGGGUAUCUUGAACCACAGAAUGAAGCAGCCCACAGGGGCCCUCAAAACUGCCAAACUAUGCUGUCUGAAUUGUGCUUUUACUUUAAGAUAUCACAAUGCUUUUUUGCCAUUUCAGCUCUCCUUGCAAGCCGCUCACAAGUACUAAGUAGCAUUAAGAUCCAGAGUAGCCCCACUAUUAGUUGCAUAACUUGGGUGCCACUAAGGGCAGUAGAGUAAAAGCCAAAUUAAACAAAGAAUCCUAGAACUUUUAAGAGCUGGGAUCGACCUUGGAGGUCAUUUGACCCAAGUCUUCCCCACCUGGUUCCCUUCAGAUUAUUUGGGCUUUAACUUUAAUUGGCCUCAGACAACACAGCCAACGUUCAGGGAUGAUGGGAGUGAGCUGAAGGGCACCAGGCUGAGCAAGGGUGAUCUCAUCCAACCACUGCUCAGUGUGCAAGAUGCAGCUACAGCAUCCCUGGCUGGUGACGGUGGCCUCCCAUGAAGGGGAGCCCAACAGCUGUCAUAGCAGGCUAUCCCAUUGAUGAACAUGCCUUGCCUUCAGGAUGUGGGAGAUCCAUACUUUGGUCACCUAUGUGUUGUUUUACUUUCUUUUUAACAUUUUAUUAAUGAUUUUCAGGUUUAUACAUUUCAAUGAUUUUACAGUCAUUUUAUUUUUAUUUUUUAAAUCAUAUUUAUUAAAGUUUCCAAAAAUAUAAAAGUACAAAGAAAAAAGACAAAAGAAAGAAGAUAUUUAAAAACCUUACUUUCAUUCCCUACUUUCUGGAACUCCCCCUCCCCCAAUUGUAUUCCCUUUCCUUAAUUUGGUUCUACAAGCUCUCACUCCCAAAUUUAAAGCUUAAUUUGUUUAACCCACUAUCCAAAUUGAAUUGUACAAAUCUUACCACCGUCCCACAUCAUUAACAGAAAAAGAAAAAGAUUUUCCCCAAGAUCCACCCCAGUUCCUUCCACAAAUUCCCUUUUUUUAAACACGUCCGAUCAAAGUAAAAUAACAUGCGUAAGUUAUGUAAAGAAAUAGAAAAUAAGAGAUAUAGAAAAGUUCAAAAAUGGUUACACAGCCUUUGGAUUUCAAAUCUCCCCCCCCCCCUUCCCCGGUUUGAAUUCCCCAUGUCCAUCAGUCUAUACAUUAUCAGCUUGGAAGUCUCAUUUCAUGACCAGAUUUCUCCCGAUUCCAUCUUGCCGGUUUUCUUUUAGUUUAUUAAUUUAAAUAAUAUUUGACUUCAAAUGUCCAAUCUAACAAAGGCCUUUAAUUUCCUUGAUCUUUACCACUCCUCCCGUUGUUCUUUCCGUGUCGUAAUCAGUCCUUUAUUCUUCUUAUUCCUCACUUUCUCAGGUUUCUUGUCCUGUUCAGCUGCUAAAACUUUCUAAUUCAGAAAUCUAGUGUCUCUGCAGAGGUUUGUUAUUCAGGAACAAAAACUUACGUCCAGUCCCUUUCUUUCUUCAAUAAAAAUUCCAUUGUCUUCCUCUGUAGACAAAAUACUCUUUCAGUUUUGCAGCUUUCCCAGAAGAUAACAAAUCCUGUGCGAAUCCCAGGGUAUUUUUCCACUUACGACCGUUCUUGUAGUAUCCUGAAACCCCUCUAGGGGGAUUGUAAUAACUUUGUAUCCUCUAAUCCAAAAGUCAAAUUGUUGCUUAUUUUCCAACAGUUUAUAUCCAUAUUAUAGCAAAUUGUAGCAAAAUUUACCAGCAAGGUCCUCAUAAAGUCCUCUUUAUAUUCUCCAGCUUUGACAGCCACUUUGACAGCUGUCAAAGUCUCCGUCUCUCUUCACCAGGCUCCACGAAUCGCCCCGGUUCCCAGGGGGGGGGUUGCAUUUUUCUUCUCACCCUCCACUCUUCUCCUCCAGCACAUUUCUUAUAAUUUCCCAUCGUGAAAUUAAUGAUUUUUAUCAGAGACAUACUUCCCUUUGGACCUUGGUUGCCCAGUCCUUGUUUUGGAAUGCUUACAAUAGGGGGGGGGGAUUGACUUCCUUUUUAAAUCGCCCCCGCUCGUGCCAAAUCCAAAAUUUUGAACCCGGUUUCCCAAUUACUCACGGGUUGUUGUUAAUAGUCCAAAUUUUCAAUAGAAGAAGUCAGCGCUGUCCGUCGUAUGGCUUGCGGCUGCCCUUGGCAUGGACAGCAGUGGACUCAAAGCAACAGGCCACUGACCGGCUCCGGAUCCUACGACUUUAAAAAGGCUCCUUCACGAGUCGGGAGGGCGCUAAUGGUGCAAGCCGAGUCACCCAUGUCCACGGACUCCGUGCCCGUGGUUUUUAAGGGUCCCCGCGUCGCCGGCGCGGUAGGACCCAGCCCCUGCCGAGCAGACUCCCUCCGGAGCUCGGAGGGAGUCCGCCAUUCGGCGAUGGCGCUAACCCGGAAGUCCGAUUUUACAGUCAUUUUAACAUGACUUCCUUUCGCCUCUUUCUGCGGUUCCUUGAAUUUAUUUUUAUUAUCUUCUGCAUAUCCAAAUUAACUAAAUUUGUUCUUUUAUUCAUCUAUUUUAAAUAUAUACCCUUAUGAAACUGCAGGUUAUUAAAAUCACGCCAAUGUUCUUACCUGUUUACAAUUUGUCUGGAAAUAUUCAAUAAACCAUUUCUGUUCUUUUAUAAAAAGUUUGUUAUCUUGAUUUCUUAUUUUUCUGGUAAGUUUCGCCAUUUCUGCAUAUUUCAUAAGUUUUUGAAUCCAUUCUUCCUUUGCUGGGAUUUCUACUUCUUUCCAUUUUGGGGCAGUUUUACUUUAAGCAGUCCCUAUGCAACAGCUUUGAAAAUCUUGUUCUGGUGGAGGGUGUUUAACACUUUCUUUUUUUUCUUUGUCUUUUCUAAAUUGCCCCCGCAUCUGUACCUUUCUUCUUUUCCCUACAUAUAGACCCAAGAGCAGCUUUGUGGGAGAUGUUUAGAUCUAGGAAAGGGUUAAAUACCCUCUUUUAGUGUGCCACUUACCUGAUAAUCAAAACAGCUGCAUGCGAUUGCUAAUAGGUAAAAAAAAAACACCUCUAAAAGAUGUUAAUCAUCAUGAGAUAACUGUUACGUGGUUUUGUAGUUGGUUGACUGACAGAACCCAAAGAGUGCUCACUAAUGGUUCCUCAUCAUCCUGGGAAAAAAGUCACAAGUAGGGUUCUGCAGAGUUCUGUCCUGGGCCCGUUUUUGUUCAAUGUCUUUAUAAACAACUUGGAUGAAUGAUUUGAGGGGAUGUUCCUCAAAUUUGCAGAUGACACCAAAACAGCAAGGGUAGCUAAUGCUGCAGAAGACAGAAUCGGGGUUCAAGAUGACCUUAACAGAUUGGAAAACUGAGCUCAAACUAACAAAAUGAAUUUCAGUAGGGACAGAUGUAAGGUUCUACACUUAGGCAGGAAGAACCAGCUGCACAAAUAUAAACUGGAGGACAUCUGGCUUGCCAGAAGUAAAUGUGAAAGAAUCUAGGGGUCUUAACAGAUCACAAGCUUAACACUGUGUGAUGCAGCAACAACAAAAAAGUCAUGCUAUUCUAGACUACAUCAACAGAAGUAUAGUGUCCUGAUCAGCGGAAGCAAUAAUACCGCUCUAUUCUGUCUUGGUCAGAGCAUAUCUGGAGUACUGUCUCCAGUUCUGGGCAUCGCAAUUUAAGAAGGAUAUUGACAAACUGGAAUGUGUGCAGAGGAGGGCAAGCAAGAUGAUCAAGGGUCUGGAAACCAAGCCUUGUGAGGAAUGGUUGAGGGAGCUGGAUAUUUUUAACCUGGAAAAGAGGAGGCUGAGAGGAGGUAUGAUAGGCAUCUUCAAAUAUCUGAAGGACUGUCACAUGGAAGAUAGAGCAAGCUUGUUUCCUCCUGCUGCAGAAGGUAGGACCCUAACCAAUGGAUUCACCUUUUCAAGAAAGGAGACUCUGACUAAACAUCAAGAAGAACUUUCUGGCAGUAAGAGCUGUUCAACAAUGGAAUGGACUCCCUUUGAAGGUGGUGGGCUCUCCUUCCUUGGAGGUUUUUAAGCAGAGGUUGGACAGCCAUCUGUCAUGGAUGCUUGAGUUGAGACUCCUGCAUUUCAAGGGGUUGGACUAGAUGACCUUCAGGAUCGUUUCCAACUGUGAUUCUGUGAGCUCCCAUGUAAUGUCAACUUUGGCCCCUUUGAAACCAAUAUCUGAUCCACCAGGCAGAACCAGGAAGGACUCCUCAUUCAAAUUAGCAAAUGCUGUGCAGGAGAACUUCCUGGUGGUCUGUGCCCCAUGUUACUUAACGGGAAGAGGUAAUUUUCCAUCUUAUGUAACAAGGGCCAGGCCUGUGUGUGCAGGCUGCCCUAUUAGGAAGCAUUGCAGUGGUUUUAUAACAUAUUUCCAAGCUACUAGUUGAUAUUUCUGCAGCUUUAAGUGCAAAAGAAAUCCACAUUGUGUAACACUCCUCUGCCAGACUUGUUUGAAAUCCUCUGCUCAUUGAGAAUCAAUUCGUAUAACCUCUGUGCGCAAAAUAUCUAUAUAUAGAGGCAGUGCUGCAGGCAAGCUAAAUGGUUCUGUAGGUCUGGAAGGCAGAGGCGGUGCACUCAGAAACAAAGCCUCAUAUUUCAUCUUUGUUUUGUGCUUUGUCAUUCGGUGGCUGACGUCUUCUUUAAUAGCUGAGCCUGCUGUCUGGAUACCAUCGGAAUGCAGAUUGUGACUAACUCAAAUGACAGCAAGGGGUGCUGUGCAUAUAAUUGCAGAGGCAAUGUUUUUAUUUGUGUAGCAGCUAGCCAGGACAUUGUUGCUUAGCAUUUCAUUAACACUUUUGCAUAGGAAUCCCAGGCACCCCCAAACCCUAAAACCUUUCCAUGAAAUAUUCUGGACUUUAAAAAACUGUUAUUUGCAUACAUGGAUAGCAGACUAAUGCAGUGAAAAUGGAUGCCAGUGAAAAUGCACUGCCUGGUUUGGCAUGGGAAAUCUGUUAACUUAUCCUAUCUACUGUCAUCUUAAUUAUCCAGAAAUCUUGAACUUAAAACAUUUGCAUUGGCAUAAAGUGAUCGUAAUAUCAGAUAAGCUUCCCUACAACACUAAAUGUUGAUGUUCCCUUUUAUUUGUUAGCGCGUCAAGCCUGAUGUGCUUCAUGCACAGUGACUUUUCUGUGUAGAGUUCAUCUUCAUGUGUGUAAUCUCCAGUCUCUUCUCUGUGUGUCACACACACACACACACACAUCCACUUCGUUGUUGUCCUGCUCUGCAAACAACAGUUUCCAGAUGAGAAGCAGGAAGUUAGGGUAGCAGGUCAGUGUAGUCUUUGCUAUCUUGAUGAAUCAGAGAGCAAGUCUGACCCAGAAGUUUUUACUUGGUGAUCAGGCCGCUUCCUCUGCCAGUUUGUUUACCCUGCACUUUCCUUCUCUUUGCCAGAUUUUGAUGAUGCCACAUUUUAUAAGCUUGUAAUCCUAGACAAGUCCUCACUACUCAGCCAUCUAUGCAAUCAUGUAUGAAAACCAAAUGAACAUAUUUUCCCACAACUACACAACUGGAACUAGCAUCUUGGUUGUACUUGUUCACAUGCAAAUACUACAGAGAAAUGUGCAACUUUUAUACAUGAUGUUGUGUGGUACUUCCCAUAUGGAGAUCAUUCAGUUGGGGGGGGCGUUGUAAGACAUGUCAUGACCCUUAAGAUCUACCCACUGAUUAAUUUAAGACCCACCCCUUUCAAGGUGCUCAAGGGAGGCUUAUGUGAGGUUUCUGGAUCUUUGUCCAAAUACUAGCCAAGCACAAACCUGCUUAGUUUCACAGAUGGAAGUUGGUAAAGUACCUUGAGACCACUGUUCUGUACCAUUUAGCUGCUUAUAGCAAUUUUCUCCUGGAAGUUAUUUGAGGCUGUAUCAACAGAAGUAUAGUGUUCAGAUCAAGGCAAAUAAUAGCACAGUGGUACCUCUGGUUAUGGACGGGAUCCGUUCCAGAGGUCUGACUGGAUCUCAAGGUUUUCGCAACCGGAGAGACCGCUUCUGCGCAUGUACAAGCAGCAGAAGAGCGCUUCUGCUCAUGGGCAAAACCCCAGAAAUAUACUUCCAGGUUUGCUGCUUACGUAUCCCAAAGUUUACGUAACCAGAGAGAUACAUAAGUGGAGGUACAACUGUACUGCUCUAUUCUGCCUUGGUCAGACCACCCCUGGAAUACUGUGUCCAGUCGUGGGUGCAACAGUUUAAAAGGAUAUUGACAAACUGGUACUUGUGCAGAGGUGGGCGACCAAGAUAACCAAGAAGCCAUAUGAGGAAUGAUUGACGGGGGUUGGGUAUGUUUAACCUGGAUAAGAAGAGACGGAGAGGAAGAUGUCACAUGGAAGAUGGAGCAAGCUUGUUUUCUUCUGCUCUGGAGGGUAGGACACAAACCAAUGGAUUCAUGUUAAAAGAAAGGGGAUUCUGACUAAGCAUCAGUAAUAACUUUCUGACAGCAAGAGGUGUUUGACAGUAGAACAAACUCCCUUGGGAGGUUGUGGACUGUCCUUCCUGGGAGGCUUUUAAGCAGAGGUUGGAUGGCCAUCUCAUGGAUGCUUGAGUUGAAACUUCUGCAUUUCAGGGGAUUGGACUAGAUGACCCUCAGGAUCACUUCAACUCUACAAUUCUGUAAUUCUGAAUGGGGGCUUUGCCUUUAAUAAGGAUUUCCCUGAUACUUUUUCACUCUACAGUUUCACUCAUUUGAUGGUUGAUUGAAACAAAAGAGUGGGGAGGAGAUGAGGAACGUUGAAUUAUUAUGUUAGAAUACUGGGGAAACAGAACAUAUUUAAGGCAUUUGCUUAGGUUGUUUCUUUUAACAAAUUUUGCUUAUGAUUUUAACACACAAUUUUUUGUUAUCUUAUAAACUGUGUAUGAGAUUAACUCUGUGUCUUUUGGAGAAAUAUUUGAAGUUAGAUUUGGAACUGUGCUGCUUAUAUCACCAACCCUAUAAGAAACAAAUCUAAAGGGCGUCUGAAAUCCUCCCAAAGCCCUCUUCAUGUGUUCUUUCAAACACCCCCUUCUUCUGUGCUAUAAAUAAUUCAGAUUCUUUAGUUUAACUACAACUUGCAACCGUUAUUUAUUAAAAUUGAGUGGAAUAACUGUGUGGCUCAGUAGAACAGAAUAUAUUUGGGAUUCAGAUGUGAAAGUGAGCAUCUGAAACAUUUUGGUCAUACUUUAGAUGGUUUUUGAAAGUUUUCUGCCAAGCUUUAUGUCAAUUUGGCAGUGAUGGCAUGGCACUGGGAGACUAGCAUAUAGAUCAUCUGGAGUGAGUCCAAAUCCAGUCCCACUGUUUCUCUGAGGAGCAUUAAAAAAUGUAUUUGCUCACGUGCACACAUACUGGUGAAUUAUAAAUUAUUCCACAUACUGGUUUUGGCAUUGUAUUUGGAUAAUUAGAAUAAGAGGUUCUAUGCUGGUUGCUUUAUAGAUUAUGUAUAUAAUAGGUCUCCCUGAAACCUUGGGUGCUUUAAGAUAAAAGUUGCCCUGGCCUACUUAUGUCACAUGGUGGGUUUUUUGCCUAUGUUUGAUUCAGGUACAUUGCGGAUUGAAUUUGGCAAUGCACCCCCAAUCUCCACUGGGUACAUGGACAGUCCAAUGACCUGAAAAUGCACUAGAGGUAAUCUGGUGGAGCUCAAUGUUUGGGGAAAUUCUGGUUCAAGCUGCCAAAUUAGCAGAAAGCACGAUAUAUUGAUCAGGACCUUCUAAUCAAUAUAUGCUGCUGCUGCUCGCGUGAGUGUUGGGAGGACCGCUCCCUCUCCUGCCAACUCCAUCCGGCCUAGGGGGCGGGGCCUGCACCCACCGCCACAGCAUAAGAGGCCUGAGAGAGGCCUCCGGGACACGGCUGCUGCUGCUGCUGCUGCUCGCGUGAGUGUUGGGAGGACCGCUCCCUUUUCUGCCAACUCCAUCUGGCCUAGGGGGCGGGGCCUGCACUACCACUACAGUUUCGAGGCCUGAGCAGCUACCAGCAGCAAUGGACAAAAUGGUUUUAAAUGUUUUAAUUGCUUUUAAUUUGCAGCACCUUAAAUGGUGGUUGUUGUUUUUUAUAAUAUUAUAUUAUUUCAUUAUUUUAUUUUUGCUUGGGGUGGGAUAAGCAUUUAGUCAGCGCUAUUGUUUCUUGCUUUGUUUUGUUUUGUUCGGUUUUGUUUUAUUAUUAUUAUUAUUAUUCUGUUAAAUUAUUAUAUAGUUUGUAUUUUGCUUUUUAAGGGGAAGGGUCAUGGCUGCCUGGGAGUGGGCCUCAGCCAAUAGAUUGGGUGGGGCAGGUUCCACAGGGGGGGAUGUAUUGGGACACCCGAUCUCAGUGAUCACGGGCAGGAGGAGGAGUUAUGCUAAGACCAGACCAUGUCAUUACCGAGGAGGCAGGUUUAGUCGUUGUUUGAGGACUAUCCCUGCCUCCAGGUCUGGUCCUGACCGGAAGGAUACAGUAAUCAGCAAGGAAACCCACAUGACCUGAAAGUGUUGCUGUGCAAUGCCAGGUCAAUGAUGAAUAAAACCACUGCCAUCCACGACCUGAUUGUGGAUGGAGGAUUUGACCUGGCAUGUGUGACAGAGACCUGGUUGGAUGAAGCAGAUGGGCCUGUCCUUGCCGCUGCUUGCCCACCAGGUUUCUCUUACGCACAGCAACCCAGGUCAUGUGGGCGGGGAGGGGGGGUUGCAGUGAUUUUUAGGAAGUCAUUAGUCUGCACCAGGCGUCCUAUUGGGAAGACCCAGUUUUCUGAGUGCAUGUUCUGGAAGUUGGGCAAUAGGGGCAGUACAGGAUUCCUACUGGUGUACCGACCUCCCCGCUGCACCAAGGAUUCCCUGCCCGAGCUGCUUCAGGUCGUGGCGGAUAUGCUCCUGGAGACACCUAGCUUGGUUGUCCUGGGGGAUUUUAACAUCCAUGCCGACACGACCUUACAAGGGGCCGCUCGGGACUUCGUGGAAAGCAUGGCCUCCAUGGGGCUGUCCCUGAAUAAGUUUGGCCCAACUCAUAGCCGUGGACAUGCCUUAGACUUGGUGUUCACCUCUAUGGAUGUUGGUGAUCUGACACUAACUAAAAGCGAAACAAAAGAAGUGCCAUUGUCAGAUCACUUCCUGGUGCAACUGGACUUCUCCACAACCCUUCCCCUCUGCAGGGAGGUGGGACCGAUUCGGAUGGUCUGCCCCCGCCACUUAAUGGAUCCAAUUGGCUUCCAGAGAGUGGUAGGGGAUGCUUUAUCCCAAGUUGAUGGCCUUUCAGCUGAUUCCCUGGUGGCCCGCUGGAAUGCGGAGUUAACCAGGGCUAUUGACUGUCUGGCUCCGAAGCGCCCUCUACGAUUGCAUGGAGCCCGGACAGCCCCGUGGUUUCCCCCGGAGCUGAGGGUGAUGAAACAAUCGUUGAGACGGCUAGAGCGCCGGUGGCAGAAAACUCAUUCUGAAUCAGACCGGACACGGGUUAGAGCUCAACGUCGAGCCUACCAAGUGGCAAUGGCGACGGCGAAGAGGGCCUUCUUCGCCGCCUCCAUUGCAUCUGCAGAAAACAGCAGCAGGAGACUUUUUCAGGUGGUUCGCAAUCUAUCGGAACCACCUGUACCACCGGGGCCUGGUAGGGACCCCAAGAUCUCCUGCAAUGCUUUUGCAAAGUUUUUUGCAGAUAAAAUCGCUCAGAUUCAGAAGGAGGUAGACUCCACCGUGGGAGCAGGGCCAGGGCGUGAGAGUGCUAGAGUUCUGUCUGGUCCUGUUACAUGGGAUCAAUUCCAAUCUGUUACCUCCGAGGAUGUGGACAGGCUGCUUGGACAAGUGAAACCGACCACCUGUCUCCUUGAUCCUUGCCCAUCCUGGCUGAUAAAAGCGAGCCGGGAAGGGCUGGGCAAUGGGCUCUGCGGAGUGGUGAAUGCUUCCCUCUGUGAGGGAGCCUUCCCAGACCUGCUGAAAGAGGCGGUCAUUAAACCGCUUCUUAAAAAAACAUCUUUAGACCCGGCCAAUUUGGCCAACUAUCGCCCAGUCUCAAAUCUGCCAUUCUUGGGCAAGGUGAUUGAGCGGGUGGUUGCUGAACAACUCCAAGCACGCCUGGAGGAAACGGACCAUUUGGAUCCCUUCCAAUCGGGAUUCAGGCCUCACCAUGGGACUGAAACUGCCUUGGUCGCGCUGGUUGAUGAUCUCCGGCGGGCUAGGGACAAAGGUGAGAGCUGUUUCCUAGUUCUGCUGGAUCUCUCAGCGGCCUUUGACACCAUUGACCAUAACAUCCUUCUGGACCGUCUACAGGGGCUGGGAGCUGGGGGCACUGUCAUACAGUGGUUCCGCUCCUUCCUCCUCGGCCGUGUCCAGAAACUGGUGGUGGGGGAUGAGUGUUCAGACCCCUGGGCUCUCACUUGUGGGAUGCCUCAGGGUUCUGUCCUCUCCCCCAUGCUUUUUAAUAUCUAUAUGAAGCCGCUGGGAGGGAUCAUCAGGGGGUUUGGACUGGGUGUUCAUCAGUAUGCAGAUGACACCCAGCUCUACCUCUCCUUUAAAUCAGAACCAGUGAAGGCGGUGAAGGUCCUGUGUGAGUGCCUGGAGGCGGUUGGAGGAUGGAUGGCAGCUAACAGAUUGAGGUUGAAUCCUGACAAGACAGAAGUACUGUUUUUGGGGGACAGGGAGCGGGUUGGUGUGGGGGAUUCCCUGGUCUUGAAUGGGGUAACUGUGCCCCUGAAAGACCAGAUGCGCAGCCUGGGAGUCAUUUUGGACUCACAGCUGUCCAUGGAGGCGCAGGUUAACUCUGUGUCCAGGGCAGCUGUCUACCAGCUCCACCUGGUACGCAGGCUAAGACCCUACCUGCCCGCGAACUGUCUUGCCAGAGUGGUGCAUGCUCUAGUUAUCUCACGCUUGGACUACUGCAACGCGCUCUACGUGGGGCUACCUUUGAAGGUGACCCGGAAACUGCAAUUAAUCCAGAAUGUGGCAGCUAGACUGGUGACUGGGAGUGGCCGCCGGGACCACAUAACACCGGUUCUGAGAGAUCUGCAUUGGCUCCCAGUACGUUUCCAGCACAAUUCAAAGUGUUGGUGCUGACCUUUAAAACCCUAAACGGCCUCGGUCCUGUAUACCUGAAGGAGGGUCUCCACCCCCAUCGUUCAGCCCGGACACUGAGAUCCAUCGCCGAGGGCCUUCUGGCGGUUCUCUCAUUGUGAGAAGUGAGGCUACAGGGAACCAGACAGAGGGCCUUCUCGGUAGUGGCGCCCGCCCUGUGGAACGCCCUCCCAUCAGAUGUCAAAGAGAUAAAUAAUUACCUGACAUUCAGAAGACAUCUUAAGGCAGCCCUGUUCAGGGAAGUUUUUAAUAUGUAACGCUGUACUGUUUUUAACACUGAUUGGGAGCUGCCCAGAGUGGCUGGGGAAACUCAGCCAGAUGGGCGGGGUAUAAAUAAUAAAUUAUUAUUAUUAUUAUUAUUAUUAUUAUUAUUAUUGUCAUGGAAGGGAGCCUGCAGUAAUGCCUUAAUCCUGUCAGUUUAGGGUCAUGCUUCAGAAGUCUCUCAGGAUCUUGCAAAGACACAACCCUAUUCAGUAUAAUGGUCUGUAAGGGGAUAUAUCUUCCACAGGUUAAGCUCACUAUUUGUUGGCAGGAAACGCCACACAUUGUAUUCCUUGAUAAGCUAUAGGGUUGGCCAUAAAGUGCAGGGCCUUACCUGUCUGAGAAUGUUGUGGUUUGGGCCUUGCCUAGGCAGCUGCUUUGGAAAGAAUUGGAGCUGAUGGAGUAGAUUGUGUAGGUCCAGCAUCAAAAUUGAGGCACUUGAGCAACCAAGUGUCUGUGCUAAUCUCAAGUACUGGAUCAAACUCAAUAUUUAUUUUAUGUUUGUUUGAAGGAGAAAAGAUCUUGGUAAGAUGACAGUGUAGAUAUUCUUUAAAACAAUGCAUAAAACACCUUUAGGUCCCAUGUGUUGUUCAUCAUAACAUCUCAUACUUUCACAAAUCACAGGCACAUUUUUUCUGGAAAGUAUUAAUUGCACUAUUAAGCUAACACUCUCACCAUCUCCUCUACAAAAUUGGCCUUAUAAUUUGUACAAACACAAUAUAUGUAAGGGAGAGAGAAUUUAACACAUUAUCUUUAAGAGGAAUGUUUCCACUCAGUUACUUUGAUUAGUCUACUUUACAUAGUUAAAAAUAUCAAUAGCACAAGAGGGGGAGAAAUCAUUUCACCAGGUGAGUGGCCCCGCCAAAAUAAGUGAAAUUACCCGGGGGGGGGGGGGGCACGUAAAUGGUUUUCAGUGCUAGAACUACCUACCUUACCAUGAAUGAAAAUAGAAAACAAUGAUAGUAAAGAAGAGUGACAGCAUGGUUAUCCUAAUACAAAUAUCUAAAAACAGGUAAUCGAAGGGGUGAAGGACAGCACAAAAGUUCCAGAUCUCAUGAGAUGGCAGUGCAAGUUGUGUUUGUAGCGGGUGUUUGUUUGUAUACAAUAUAAAUUUCCAUCAGUGGUAGGAAAAGUAACAGAUAGAGAUGUGCCCCUCAGUAUUCAAAGAUGGGAUAUGUUUUUUCUCCAGAAUAGCUACAUUUCAAAUAUUCCUGUACCAAAGUGUAAGAUCCAAGACCUGUAAUGUUUUCCAUUUUUGUACAGUGGAAAAGUGGAGCUACUAGUGAGCAAUUCCCUUUCAUGUCCUUUGACACUUUGACUCAUGCAGUGUUGCAUUCCAUGGGACUGAAUUUGUACCUUGUAAAGAAGCCAUUCAUUUUAUUUAAUGAAUUCCUGGUGGGGAGAUGAUAAAAUUUGUCUUUGGGGCUAGAGCAGGUUAAAGUCCAAUGAAUAAACAUAGAAGCUACAGUUCUUCCUCAGAAAUCAUGGGUGCUCCUUAAUCUUUGAAUACAAUAAAUUGCACUCUUCUGCUUCAGCAUGUUUUAGAUUAUUUAUGUAAGUGUCACCAGCAGAUGCUCGAUUGAAUGAACUAGAUCUCUGCUGAAAAAUUGCCAUCUGAUAACCAGACAAAGGAGGAAGGGAAGGUAGCAAAGACAAUAAGACAAAUGAGAUUAUUAUCAACUACAGUAAUAUAUACAGUUUUUAAAGAUAAAUUCACAAGGCCUCCCAACUCUCUUAGUCAAAAAGAGAAUAUUUUCUCCACAAUGGGAACAAUACAAAAGAGUAGUUUAACCUCCACUGAAGUGAUUCUGUGAACAAUACAGAAUUGCAGUGGUGUAGUGCUGUUAUUUUCCAUCCUCUGCUAAGAAGUGCAUGCUGUUAGUGGGUACCAGCUCUGGAAGGAGAGUGCCCCUUACAAUAGGGCUAGUAGGCAGAUGUCUAGUAUUUAUGGUAUGUAUGUAUGUAUGUAUGUAUGUAUGUAUUUACUUACUUACCUACCAAGCAACCAACCAACCGACCACAUUUAUAACCUGCCAUUCAUCCCAGGACAGGGUACAUACAGUGGUACCUCGGGUUACAUACGCUUCAGGUUACACACUCCGCUAACCCAGAAAUAGUGCUUCAGGUUAAGAACUUGGCUUCAGGAUGAGAACAGAAAUCGUGCUCCGGCAGCACGGCAGCAGCCAGGAGGCCCCAUUAGCUAAAGUGGUGCUUCAGGUUAAGAACAGUUUCAGGUUAAGAACAGACCUCUGGAACGAAUUAAGUACUUAACCUGAGAUACCAUUGUAUAACAAUAAAAUAGGAAAUUAACAAUAGCUUCAACUAAAAUUUGUUAAACAUUACACAGACAUAAAAAGUAGCAGGUGAACAAAUAAAAUGGACAAUAUUAAUUCAGCAUUAAGCAUUGUGGUGGUCAAGCUAAUCCACUGCUAAAUAAGGACCCGAGGGUCCUCUCCACACCCAAGCUCUUAUUCUGCCCCCCACUUCAGUAGGAGGGUCAUCAGCAUACAAAAUUGGGAGAAAAACCCCUUCCUGGCUUCUUUUGAAAGGAAUUCACUGAUUGGAGAAACUAGUGUGGGAUGAGUGUUGGUCAGUGUUCAAACUAUUAGCCACUGUUGAACACAGAUGAGAUAGUAAGCCACAUUUCUUUUUGUUGGUUGCUUUCUUGUUGUUUGGGAUAGUUGCUUCUUUAUCUGAGAACCCUCCACACUGACAGGAGAAAGAAAGCAGUGUUUCUAAAUAAAGCCACCACACAAUGUAAAUAAAGCUUGGUGCUGGCUUUUAUUCAAAUAUAAAAUUGAAUUAGUCUCUCUCUCUUAUAUAAUAGAGUUGAGAAUGAGGGGAUGUUUCCUUUUGUUUACUAAUGGAGCUAUUAGAAAGAUAUUGAAUCAUGCUGGCUUUCAGAUUGACUGAGAACCAAGCAGAGAGGAAUCAAUAAUACCCUCUUAAAACUUCCUGGAGUGCUUUUUAAUACCCCACCCUCAUCGAGUGGAAUCUGUAAUGUGAAGAUGAGGGAUCUGAAAUGGAAAUAGUAUCUUAAAUUGGAAUAGUGCUUUUCUGAUAGGCAAGCAUUCAACAGUUUCCUGCACAGUCUCAUUUGCUGUCAUAGUGGCACAAUACUUGCUAAUGCCACUUACAUUUGUGCCUUUGAACUGGCAGCCCAGCCUUUGACAGUGGUACCUUAUACAGUGGUACCUCGGGUUAAGUACUUAAUUUGUUCCAGAGGUCCGUACUUAACCUGAAACUGUUCUUAACCUGAAGCACCACUUUAGCUAAUGGGGCCUCCCGCUGCUGCUGCGCCGCCGGAGCACGAUUUCUGUUCUCAUCCUGAAGCAAAGUUCUUAACCUGAAGCACUAUUUCUGUGUUAGCGGAGUCUGUAACCUGAAGCGUAUGUAACCCGAGGUACCACAGUAGUGUCCUGAUCGAGGAAAGUAAUAGUAUCGCCUUUGUUAGACCACACCAGGAAUACUGCGUCCAGUUCUAGACGCCAAAAUUUAAGAAGGAUAUUGACAAGCUGGAAUGUGUGCAGAAGAAUGCAACCAAGAUGAUCAAGGGUUGGGAAACCAAGCCUUAUGAGGAACAGUUGAGGGAGCUGAGUACAUUUAGGCUGGAAAAGAGGAGACUGAGAGGAGAUAUGAUAGUCAUCUUAAAAUAUCUGAAGGGUUGUCACAUGGAAGAUGGAGCAAGCUUGUUUUUUCCUGCUUCAGAGUGUAGGACUCGAACCAAUGGCUUAAAGUUACAAGAAAAGAGAUUCUGACUAAACAUCAGGAAGAACAUUUUGACAGUAAGAGCUGUUCAACUGUUGAAUGGACUCAGGAGGUGGUGCAUUGUCCUUCCUGGGAGGUUUUUAAACAGAGGUUGGAUAGCCAUCUGCCAUGGAUGCUUUAGCUGAGAUUCCUGCAUUGCAGGGGCUUGGACUAGAUGAACCUCAGGAUCCCUUCCAACUCCACAAUUCUAUGAUUAUGAAAAACCCAGGUUUGGAGCUGACUGCAAGCCACAAACCUCAACAAUUUAUUGCUAUAAAACUUGGGUGGUGAGGAGCAGGGUGUAAGUUGCUUGGAGUAAGCUGUCCCACGGGGAGGAGAGUUUAACAUUAGAUAUUCUAAGUAUGCAGAAGCCUCUGCUUCAGUUUUGAGUGGCCCCAUCUUGCUUCCAAACUGAUAGGCACAGGACCACCCAAGUUUGAAUUUGGAGGGAUUAAAGAUUAAUUCUCCACCUAUCUUCCUUUUCAGGCUGUUGAUGUGCUGCAAAUGACUUACAGGAACCCUGCACUAGCUGACUAGUUGUGGGAGAUAUGCAGUCAAAUCUAACAAUGCAUAUUCUUGCUAGUUAGCAUGUGGAAAGGUUAAGGCCUUAGAGUUGUAUUGCUGAUAGGUGGACUCAGAGCAUAGUAAUGUAAUUAGUAGAGAAGGCUCUAUGUCCUGGGUAGGCAAACUAAGGCCCAGGGGCCGGAUCUGGCCCAGUCACCUUCUAAAUCCGGCCUGCAGACGGUCCAGGAAUCAGUGUGUUUUUACAUGAGUAGAAUGUGUCCUUUUACUUAAAAUGCAUCUCUGGGUUAUUUGUGGGGCAGAGGAAUUCGUUCAUUUUAUUUUAUUUUUCAAAAUAUAGUCCGGCCCCCCACAAGGUCUGAGGGACAGUGGACCAACCCCCUGCUGAAAAAGUUUGCUGACCCCUGCUCUAUGUGAUGUCAUUUCCCCUCCUCUGCUGGGAGAAGAAGCAAAAGAAGUAUUUCCUGUUCCUUCUCCCCCUCUCUCUCUUCAACCAUGCUUUAAACAUAAGUACUUUACCCGCAUUUAUUUUUUAAUGUGGUUGCUGCUAAGGAUGAAUGCAUGACUAUGUGUAAAAUAUAUGUUUUAUACUUACUUUUCAGUUUGUAGCCUGUUUCUUUGAUAAACAGGGUAAUGAAAGGACAGCUCAGCCUAACAGCUGAUUCUUAUUCUUUCAAUUAAACUGCAUAACUCUAUUUAGCCCUGUGCUUUUAAACUUAAGUGGUAAGCUCAUCUUUUUGUCUGUUAACCUACUCACGUGGGUCUGUAGGGGGAUAAAAUAUAGUUAAUUAUAUUCCCUUACCUACUAAAUAAAACCCGUCACUAGUAAACUUUUUUUGUGGUCUGCAAAUAUUCAUGGGCUAUUUGCCCUGCUCCCACCAAGGUUGCUUUGACAUCACUGUUCCACAACUCCCACAGCAGUUCCUCUUUGUGUGACUUCUUCAGGGGUAGCUUAAUAGCCCAUGCAGAUGCACUAAGCUGCACCUUUUUGUUUUACAAAGAACAAACGACUGCGACUCGAACUUCCUGCAAUCUGGAGUGUAUACUCAGCUGCCAUCCAUUUCAUGUAGUUUGAGCUCCCACAAUUAAAAAGUACCAGGUGUUCGCUUCUUGGGUUUAACGCUGUUCCUCUCUAACAACAUCUGGCGUAAUUUCAACAUUGCUAAGAUUUCUUCCAAGGGUAUUGUAGUGACAGAUGUCUGGCGAUGCUUGUGGCAGGUAUGGAACUGAAGGGUCUAGAAAUUGAAUUGAGCAAAGGGAGUUACAGAAUGAGGACAUGGUACAUGAUUCAUGUUACAGAACGAUCUCGUUUCAGAAGGGUCAGAAAGGGGAUAAGCACCAACAAAGUAACCCAUAUUAGGCAGCCCAUAAUUAUGUACAUUAUUCCUCAACAGAUGCAGUGUCUUUCUGUCGUAUAACUUAGGAGCUAAUUAUUGAUCCCAGAAGGACUAUGAGUGAGGGGUACCACCUCCUAAAUCUCCAGCAGUCACUAAUAAGGCCAGCAGUUUUUGAAACGCCAUGUUUGAAUGAUGUCUAGCUCUAGCUAGCCAAACUUAUGAUUACAUUUUGAUGUGUUAAUUUUUUUGAUACAUGGUCAGGCAAAGGAAUCAAUGACAUAAGCUUUUAUUACAGUAUUAAUGUAUCUUAUGUGGACAGCAAACAAAAAGCACCACAAUUCUGUUUUGUUUCUGGUUUUUUAAAGGCAUUUGAACUUUUUCAGAUUACAGGAUAAUUUACUCCACAAUUCAUUUUUGUUUUAUAAUUUUUCGGUCAUCUUCUUCCUGCUUGGUAAGAUGAAGCCUUCUUGCAGGCCCGCGUUACUUCUGAAUUCUUAAAUGAGAUAUUUCCUUGAUGUUUUCUAGGCAUUACAUUAAAUGUUGUUUAUUGGGGGGGGGAGUAUAAGGCAAGACACGAUGUGGCCUUCUUCCACCCUAAACUCCAUAUACCUCUUUUAUGCCUAACAAACAAAAUGGAUGUUUAGAUCACACAGCAAGUGAAAUAAUAUGUCUACUGGACCAGCUAAUGUCCAAAAUAGAAGUUGGAUGUUGCUGGAGCACUCCUCCUCCCAUCAUCUCUGGGUGUGGAGGUCAAGUUAAAUGAUGGGGGGAAGAAUACUUUUGGUGUAGCUCACUGGAUUUUUAUAUUAGAUUUUGUAUUUCUGGUGAUGAUUUCCCUUGAAAAAUAGUGUUAUGCUUAGAAGCUGGAACAUGUUGGGAUCCUUCUAUGUCUUUUAGACAUUGUGACUGUCCAACCCUGUUUUGGCUGGGCUGUGCUAUAUAGGGACUAUAAAACUUUUAAGUUUUUUUAAUUGUUUUACCUAUAAUUUUGUUUUAUUUGUUUUGUAAACCACUUUGAGGGUUUUGGGUUUUUUUUUUACAGUAAAGCAGUGUAAAUAUUUUAUGAAAAAAUAAUUUAUGCUGCAAACCACCUGUAAUCUUCAGAUGAAGGACAGUUUAUAAAGUCAAUAAAUAAAUAAAUCAAGCAAGCAAGCAAGCAAGCAUGCAGUUGUGAAGCAAUUGGGGUGUGGAGUCACGGUAGUAUGAGAAUCUUCAUCUCAUGUUAUAGCAUUCUUUGUAGGUGAGGGAGAAUGUUUCGCAAACUUAUUUUAAGGCUUUUCUUCAUUUUCAUCAAGUAGGGAGCCUGUGAUUGCCAGGAAUUUUAUAACCUCAUUUAUGCCAUCUCGCAAAAUGGAAAAAGAAAAAGAAAUGAAAAUCUGAUAGCAGUUUGUGAAGGACACACGCUGUUCCUAUAAAAGAGCACUCUUAUUCGCUACAUUUAACUGUAGAGUCAUUGGACUAUCUUCCCAGAUCACAGCCUCUAUGAAUUUUCUAUCAAACGAAGGGAAGAGUCUGAUGGCACAAAACAAACACAUUUCUGUCCACAGUCUGAUGCACACAAUUGGCUGUUUCAUUGCAGUUACUGAAAACAAUACAGUGGUACCUCGGGUUAAGAACUUAAUUCGUUCUGGAGGUCCGUUCUUAACCUGAAAUUGUUCUUAACCUGAGGUACCACUUUAGCUAAUGGGACCUCCCGCCACCACCAUGCUGCUGUUGCGCGAUUUCUGUUCUCAUCCUGAAGCAAAGUUCUUAACCCGAGGUACUAUUUUUGGGUUAGUGGAGUCUGUAACCUGAAGCGUCUGUAUCCUGAAGCGUCUGUAACCCGAGGUACCACUGUAUUAUCUAAGAGAGGGUGAUUGGCUGGGAAUUGCACUGUCACAAAAAGCAGCUCCACCCAUCCCUGGAGUGGACUAUCAUCUCUCUUUAAAUGAAGUUUUAAGAACUAAGUGUGACAAAUAAGCAUUUAAAUGAAUGAAAUUAAGUUAUGCUUGAAAAAAUACUUUUAAAUAGGUAGAAAGCCACCUAAAGUUUGUGGGGGAGCAUGAUGGGAUUUUCAGAUGUGUGUUUGAAUCUCUGAUAAGUAUGUCAGAUGCAUUGUAAAGCUGUGGGGAAGUCAUGGAAGAAGAAACAGUAGCAAGUCAUGUGAAUGCAACUACUGUUUUCUCUUCUUUGUAACGGGGUUGUUUUUUUCAUUUUCACAUUUAAGCUGCUUAACAUAGUUGCAUUAAGAUAUAUUAGAGCAUAUAUGCAAUAAUUACAUAAAAUUAAAAACAAAUAAAACAAUACACACAGAUAACGAUUUAUGAAAAUAUGAACAAAGUUGUGUCAAAGUGUACUAAAUUUAUUACAGUUAUAUCAGAUAUGAAAUGAUUUAUAGUAAUGUGUAUUGCUUAGAUUGGUGAUCAAAAGUAAAAGGUAUUUUGUAUCAAAAACAAUUUGAAUUUAUAGGUAUUUACAUGGGACUUGGGUGGCGCUGUGGUCUAAACCACAGAGCGUAGGGCUUGCCGAUCAGAAGGUUGGCGGUUCGAAUCCCCGCAACAGGGUAGGCUCCCAUUGCUCGGUCCCUGCUCCUGCCAACCUAGCAGUUCGAAAGCAUGUCACAGUGCAAGUAUAUAAAUAGGUACCGCUCCGGCGGGAAGGUAAACAGCAUUUCCAUGCACUGCUCUGGUUUGUCAGAAGCGGCUUAGUCAUGCUGGAUACAUGACCUGGAAGCUGUCUGUGGACAAACGCCAGCUCCCUCAGCCAAUAAAGCGAAAUGAGCGCCCCAACCCCAGAGUCAGCCACGACUGGACCUAAUGGUCAGGGGUCCCUUUACCUUUUUAUAGAAAGGGGGAGAAGGAAAAAUAUGUACUUCACGCACACCAGACUGUGCUAUAAACUAUGGGUACAUUUCUACCAUAUGCCUUGUGACUUUAUUGAUUACACAAAUAACACCAGACUGCAUAAAAACUGUCAUGUUUCUAUUGGCCUCUUGCUACUUUUAGGUUUUGUGUCAUUUUUCCCAAUAAUGGUGUUUGCCUAAUUGCAUUAGCCACCUGUUUUCUAAUGUCAGGGCAUUUUGUAGAAUGGAAGUUCCAGUCCUAACCACUGAGGUUUACUGAUGAACAUGUGUGUUAAAAAUCUCAGGACAUUUUACACUCAACACUAGACAUUGAUUGAUUGAUUGAUUGAUUGAUUGACUGAUUGAUUGAAUUUACACUGGUGCAUAUGUGCAUACAGUUUUUUAGAAAUCCUAUUUUACUAAAUUUCUAGAUCAUCCAUCAGGGCAGUUUACAAUAUUCAGAUAAAAUAAAUAAACCAAUGAGUACAACCAAACAGUUAAAACGAUAAUGCCUUCAGAAGAGACCUUGAUUCAAGUGGCCCUACCUUGUAAAAUUACACUAUUUAGUUUUAUGUGGCUGUGUUUUGUUUUUAUUGUGUUGUAUGUUUUAAUUAUUUGUAACCCAACCCCCCACCACCACCAUUGAAAGUCCAUUUAGAGGCAUAUAUGUGCAAAGACUGUAAAUAUUAUAAGCUAAUAAGAAGUCGUGUAACAUUCAGUGGUUUUAUAUUAGAUAAGUUUCCUGCAGCAGUUGCUGAAAAGACAGAUUAAUAUUGCAUUUUAACUGGGCACUCUCUAUUCCAUUAACACUUUAAGGACACUUUGUUUCCCUGAAACACAUUUUAUUUGCCAUCCUUUUGCUGUCUAAACACUGUCUGUUCAAAUGGAGUUACACAACAUUUAAAAAGACAAAUCUGCUUUCUUUUUCUCCUCUAUGUGUGCAGUAGCUCUGAUUUCACCGUGUGUCAGUAAUAAGCACACUCUGAUUUUGCCAGCACUUUGGGGCUUAAAAAUAACAACCAGAGCCUUCACCUGCUGUGGAAAAACCACUAGCCAGCCAUAGGUUAGAGCAGAUCAGUGUGCUAGCAAGCGGGGGAAGGUGGUGUGUGCAAAUUGAGAGGAGAAUCUUCAGUGACACCUCCGCCAAGAAUAGCACACUCUUGGCAUCCCUUAUGUGCACCAGUAAUCCGUUCAAAGCUCCACAGGCUGCUUAUCAAGGAUGGAUGCUCCUCUCUCUGGCUGUCUCUGUGUCAAGCAUCUUUGAAUAACCUCUAGCACUAAGGAAAGACCCAAAAUCCUCACUGGUACUUAAAUGCUAGAAAUGUGGACAGAGUAAUUUUUAUUAGUUGAUUUUUCUUCUCUAGUUUUAUUAAAUGUACUUGCAUCUUAACAGAAUCACAAUAAAGUUGCAUUUUCUGAGGUAUGAAAGGAAGUUCAGUAACCUACAACGUAAUAAGAGCUCCUGCUUGUUGGGAGGAACAUCCAUCUUUAAUAUUUUAUUGUGUUUUGUAUAUACGGAAGAGGAAAUGUCAUGGGUUGAGGUGCAACAGAAACUGAGAAGCUUUCAGGAGUUCUGAGUUUUUCUUACUAAUUUUUAAAGUUUUAUUAAUGUGCUCAACAACAAAAACUACACACCCUUACACACACACAAAGUAUGUGUGAGAAAAAAAUACAAAAACAAUAUAAUAAAGACCACUUCAUACCUCUUGAACUUGUCACAACUAUAAUCUUUACAUUAGCCUUAUUUACACACUUAAUAACUUAUCUAUCUAUAUCUGUAUCUCUCUCUAUAUAUCGACACAUGCACACAUACACACAAUCUUAAAGAAUAUCUUAUGUCCUAUGGUAAAAACCUUAUAAAAAUCAAAGUUGUCAAAUCAUGCAGUUGCAGAGAUUAAUCAGAGGAAAUACCUUUAUUCACAACAUUGCUUCGUUGUUGUUUUAAUGCUCUCCAUAUUUUCAGGAUAGUAGGGGAUGCUGAGGAUGGUAGAUUUUGCGUAUCUUUCUCAUAAAGUGUAUUCUGCACUCUAUUAUUUAUCUAUUUCUUAGAAGUGAUUGGUUUGUAAUCAGAGCAAGAUAGAUAGAUAGAUAGAUAGAUAGAUAGAAUCAGUCCUAUAUAGUAGAUCUUGAAAAAUAGUUGAGGUGGUACAGGGAAUAUUAGAAGCACUGAAAUAUGUAAAGUACAUAAAAGGUAACAAAAGCAAAUAUUGAAUUUACUGGUAGCUGCAAGACCAGGUAUGGGAAAGCCCAAUCUGCUCCAUGAAAGCAUGAAUGCUUGCAGAAAGUUUGGUACUUAAACUGUCAUACCUUAUAAACUUAUCACAAAUCACUAGUUAAGUUUUUAACUCUUUUGAUUAUUUAAUUUCUAUAUUACUUAAUAUCUUCAAAAUAUCUCUAAGCAGUGUACAAAAAACUGAAGCAGCAAUAGAUAACUUAAACAAAGUAUUACAAAAAUACACAGGUACAUCCACUCAAUCCAAAUAACUAUAUUGUACUAGCCAAUUGAUCAUGACAAAUCUGAAUCAAAAAUAAAUACAAGCAAAAGGGGUGUCGUGCUAUUUAGCUCUCUGCAUCUCCCUUGCAGUUCACUGCUAUAUUGUCAAGGGUCUUCUUUCUGAUCUUUUUGGCCUCCAAAGCAAAAAGGGCAACUUUAUGAGUCACUGAAAUGUUUACAUCACUAAGAAGCCAUAGGACCUUCUCUGCCAGGGAGAGACAUCUUUCCUGUACGGAUGGUAAGGUGAGAAAUCACCUCCUGCAGUUGCCCACAUAUUCUUUGUAUGGUACCCUGUUGUAUCGUCUAUCUAGGAUGGUGGAGGGCAUAGCUUGAAAAUGCAGCUCAGUAAAAGCAGAUCUUAAGUGAUGCUGGCUGGAGAUUCGACAGGUAACGGGCUCUAAAAUGGACCGUUUUUAGAAGGGGAAACCAAGGAGAGCAUUUAGAGGAUUUGAUUGCUUGCAGAUCACGUAGUGAUUCUGUCCAGUGGCAGCAGUCCCUUAACUGGCGUUUGUCUGUGGAUAUAAUCUGCUCUAGCUUAUGGAAAGAAUAAGAGUUCAAAUAACGUUGGGUGUUACAUUUCCACUAUUGGCUGUUCUCCAAUUCCACAUAGCAUAGGGCUGGCGAGCGCUCGCAAGGCAUGGAGGACAGUCUUUUCAGGUAAUUAAAUCUGGUGCAAUCAGCUCUUGCGGUUAACGUUGGCCAUCCAGCUUCCGUGCGUAAGAGUGCAGCUGCCAUUCCCUUGGGUAGGGAAAACAGUCACUUGAGAAAUUGGUUUUGCACCAUUUCUAACCCUUUAAUAGCACUCUCAUCCUCACCCCAGAUUUCAACUCCAUAAAGCAUUUGAGGGAUCACUUUACUGCCAAAUAUUUUUCUGCUCUUCGUGAUGUCAAACUUCAUCAGAGCCCCCAUCUCUCUCUUCCAUAUAAAAUGUGAAAUAAAAAUGUUACAUUAAUACAAAAUUACUAAUACAUAUACAUCAAUAUCAUCUCAUUGUCCUUCAGACACACCCUUGCUCUCAGCCUCCAGGUUCUCACCCAGGGUCCAAACAAACUCUCAGCUCACCUACAGAAGUCUCACAAUGAGAAGAGUUCCUAAAACAGCAGACAUCACUCUAGUCUCUCACUCUAGACUUGCUUUUUAUUGGCAGGCCCAAGGUGGAUGGUACUUGCUCAGGCUGCCCAUAGCUCUAUCCCAUUUAGCUGCACUCUUCACAUCCAUUUCCAGGUACAGCAGGUUUGUUGAGUUUCCCAAGGGGUCCAAAUGAUGGGAAAAGGGCCCCUCUCUACUCACAACUCUUUCUUCAUCCUCUGUCUUUCAUCCUCCUCAAACUGCUUUUGAGACCAUAGGAGUUCACUCGUGUUUAAAUGUAAUGAAUCAGCUCAAUAUCAAAUAGAUAAUUGUUUUACCAGUAACUUGUUGUAUUAGGUGCCAUAAAUAAGUCGCACUCAGACUCCAGCAUAUAGGUACAGCAGCAACAAUUCAAAUUUCUCAUAGCUAUUGCCUUUUUUUUUUUAACCAAUUGAUUUAAAGUUAGUUUUCCAACCCAAUAACACUGCAAAACAUGUUAAACAUGUACUUUGGAAACUGUACAUCACUGAGGACUAAUUUUACACCUGACAUUUUGCCUUUAGUUUAAGAAAUAAAGCAUGGACAACAUUGUAUGGGGAUUAUGCUUGUGUCUAUUUUUACAUUGUGUUGAGGAGCAUCACACAGACUGAAACAAUGAAAAUACGUUCCCUGAUACUAGUUUUAAGUUAACUGGUAUUAAGUCCAGAAUAGUACUGGAGGUACUGAAUUGCAUGGUUGUAUUUCAGAGUAAUAGAGUGACAUCUCCUCCACUGUUUAGCAGUCAGAUUCUUGUCUAGUCUUGGCUGGCAGCGCACAGCAAUCCAGUUAAGGUUCCUUAACAAAAGCCUCUGGAAAGAGAUUCCGAUGGUUACUAGUCAGAAGCAGAGGGACUGCCCCAGCUGAUCACUUCCCUGCUUGCACUGCAGUCCUGGAAAGCCUCUCUAAGAAGAUUUGCAAUGUACAGAUGUCAAAGGCAAUUAAUUCUGUGGCCGUCUGUUGGUAUUAUUAGAAGAGCGUAUCGUGAUGCAGGAAGGGGAGCUUUCCUGGAGAUUUUCCCCCUUUAUCUUGCCCAUCAAAAUUGUCGAAUGACUGGUUUAUGAAUUUGGUGGAUUGGUAACUUCUGUAUUAAAUUUAGAACAGAAAUAGAACUGUAUAGAAUAAGUGUUUUUUAUAGAGAUUUCUUCCUUACUCUCUGACUGGCUCUCUGAUGUUACAUGGAGUCAUUAGCCCAGACAAAUGUAAUAAGGUGACACAAGCCUAUUUCAGACUGUUUCCCUCUAAAGUUAAUUGAUGGAAGCUGCCUGCCUUCCAGUUCAGUGGCGUUAUUCCCAGGAGUACAGGAGUGCAGCUGUGGGUGUCGUGCCAAGUGCUUGCAUUGCCAAAGAGUCAGAAGAAUAUACUAAACCAUCUAAUUUAUCUAAUAACACCCUGAGUGGCUUUUGUUGAAGCCAGAGUUGUCAGGGUAUUAGCUCGAUAUUUUGGCUAGAUACAAGUGUGCAAGCUUCACAGGUGUGGACUAAGCAGACCCACAUAGGUAGCUGUUGGCAAAACCCAGUCACUUGCAUCUCAAUGGUUAUUUUCUGGUAAUGCUAAUGGAAAAAUUACAUUUUUAAAAUCAUGGGAGGAUUUCAAUUUCAUUUUUGUGAUAGGGUGAAAAACUAUAGCUCAUUAGUAGAGAAAAUGUUUGCAUGAAGAAAGUCCCUAGUCUCUGCCACCUCUAGCUUUAUAAAGGGGUCAGAUUGGAAGAAUCUCUACCAGAGUCCCUGGAGAGCAGCUGCCAGUCAGAGGAGACAGUACCAGUGUAGAAGAACAACAGUUUGGUCUCCUACAAGGUAGCUUCCUACCCUUGGCAUACCUUGCUCUAUCUUGAUCCUCAGUUUAGCUUUCCAUAAUGACCUGAACUGUGACUGUUCUCAAAUAGCAUAUAUUCUCUGCUAAAACAUUUAUUUUUGAUGCCACAUAUUCUGAACUGGCAAUGGGCAACUUGCAGCUUUAGGAGCAUGUGACUCAGUAGGAAUUGGUGUAUUGCCUUCCCCACCCACCACCACCACUGCCAGUCGACAGGCAAAUGAGGAGAAAAUGGCAUUUGUGGCACCUGAAGGGUCUUUUGAGAGAAGAACAAGGAGCGCUAGGCUUCCUUAAAUGACUAAGGAAGCCAAGUGCUCCUUGUUCUUUUCUCAAAAGAACCUUCAGGUCAUCUACCUGUAUGAACAGGGCUCUGCACUUUUUAUUAUUUUUAGUAUUCCACUAUAUAUGGUAGGUAUAAGGCAGGUCUGCUUCCAAACACACUUACAAUCAAAAGUUUGCCAGAAAGGAGAGAACAGAGGGACAGGCAAGAGCAAGCAGGGAUGAAUGAGAGAAAGUGUAGCAUGUUUAGAUUUCGUUGCAGUUGAGGAUAGCUAGCUGUGGGUGUAAUCAAGGGAUAAUACAAAAGUUGGGGUUUUGUGGGCUGCUUUGAAGGAAGAGAGACUAAUGGAGAAGACUUCACACAAGAGGGAAUGGGAUCGGGUCAUUAAAACCUUGUUCCUUUUUGUAUUUUUGUAUUUUUGUAUUUUUAAUAAUCAGCCACCCAGGAUAUAUAUGUGUGUGUGUGUGCGCUCGUGCGCGCGCACGCACACACAACACACACACUGCUUAAUUUAUACAUUCAGAUUUUAUAAUUUGGCUUGCCUUUACAUCAGAUUUGUGGAUGGGUGGCUACAUAUUUUUAUUUGUUGAUUCUUUGGUUGAUUCAUUUGUAGCCCUUUUCUCAAGAGCCUCCUGAGUCUAUCACAGUUCUUAACACAGCAUGCAUGAGAUGAAAUAGCAACAAACUGUGAUAGUUUUCAGGGACACAGGAGUUCAUUGUAAAUAUGCACACACAGAUACACCUCAACUAAAUAAAGCGAUUCAUUUUAUAAAUCUGUGAUUGCAUUUUGAGCAUGCUGGAAAUGAGCUGGGAAGAGCAUGUCAGAGUGCAUUCAUUUUUGCUGAUGGAUGUGGAGAGCCAGCAUCUUGCUGUGUGCUAAAUGGUAUCCAAGGAUUUGCCUAGUGCCAGGAAAAACCAACCCAAAGACUCUGUAAUAUCCCAUGCUAGUCGUGCUUCAUUAGUGUGCGUAUUACUGAGCUUUGAAGUCACUGCGUGGGUAGUCGGCACAACUGCUGAUGCUGAGAAAGGGCUCGUGUUGAUGGCAUUUAAGUUAAAGGGCUAGAACUUGACUCUUGACAGGAUAUCAUUUGGUGGAUAUUGUUGGUAUUUUAUUUUUAACCCUAUGUUUAAGUCCCGUAUUUUUCCAUGUAUAAGACGAGUUUUUUGGCUAAAUAAAAAAAAAGUUAAAAAUUGGGGGUCGUCUUGUACAUGGAACAUGGGCAUCCAGGGGGAUUUUUUAAAUAUUUAAGCAUAUGUCCAGGAUUUUGGCUUGGGCGGGCUGAGGUGGUCCCUCCUGCUGCCGUCCCCCCUUUCUCCUCCCCCUCCGGGAUGCAUGCUGGCGACUGGCGACUGGCUCCUGAAGCCCCCGCUGGUUCGACCACGGGAGCAAGAGCAGCUGCCACCGCUGCUGCUGAGAGCUGCCUCAGCUACCUGUCCUUGCCCUUCUUUCCUUCCCCCCCCCUUCCCCUCUCACACUCCCACCCUGCCCCCAGCCCGCUCACCACUUUCCUCAGCUCAGUUUGCUCCAUGGCAUGGCCUGGCGCAGAGUGGGCGCUGCCUUCCCCCAGCUCUUCUGCCUGGGAGCCUCCUUCGCCUCGCUUCCCUGCAGCAGCAGCUGCCACCGAGGGGGAGUAUGCGGUGCCCCAGCUGCUGACUUUGCUUCUGCACCACGGUGCACUGCAUGCACCUCAUGCUGGAAACUUUGAAGGCAAUUGCUCCCAAAAAGAUUAACUUGCCACCGCAGAUCAUCCAGAUUUUCACUUCUAUUUUAGAGCUUUGUUUUCUUAAUUUUGGGUCCAAAAAAAUAAGGGUAGUCUUAUACAUGGAAAAAUACGGUAACUUACAUAAACAUGAAAUGCUAAAAAUUGAAAUAGCCAGGAGAUUUAGCAUAUGCACUUAAGUUAUAAAUCUCUUUAUGUAAUAACACUCCAGAUUUACAGUUUCAAAAGGCUGCUUGUUGGCAAAAGCAAUCAUCUGGGAAGCACUGAGUAAAGUGGCUUUAUAAUGGGACUAAGAAGGGCUGUAGCUCAAUGGUAGUGCACCUACAUUGUGCCAGAUUCCCAGAUUCAGUCCUCAGCAUCUCCAAGUAGGGCUGGGAAAGACUUCCUCUCUGAAUUCCUGGAGACCUGUUGCCAGUCAGUGUCAUCAGUACUGAGCAAAAUGGACCAGUGACCUGACUCAGCAUAUGGCAGCUUCAAAUGAUCCUAAUGGGUGCAAAGCCACGGUUGUUACUACUCAAGAGUGUAAGGUGUCAGGGUAGGGGUGGGUUACUGAGCUCUAAGAGAUUUGGACAGAGAUUUUUUUCUAUCUUACCAUAAUCACUGUUUCAAUUUCCAUGUUGUUGCUACUAGGGAAAACUUGUGUUUAGGCUGCAAAGUGUUAUACACCAUAAUAAAUAAGAUAUGUACUUUGUGCAGAUUUGGGCAGAGUUGUACUUGUGGCCAUGUUGGGAUCUUUCUAGUAGGUCCACGUCUACCUCUAAGCAGACUGGAACAUAUGGCAGAUCUUACUCCAAGGGAAAGAUUGCAGUAAAUAGAUGUGCAUACGCUGAGGAUAACAUUUGAUGCUUAGAAUCAGUAGUGGAGUAUUCAGAUUGCCCCACAUUUAUUAUUACAGCCUUAAUACUUAUUAUCACCCUGUUAAUUCAGUAUUGAAAUUAGUAGUGGUAUCCAAAUACUUGCAGAUGGGAUUGCUGAAAGAAUAGUGGUUUGCCUAGUGGCCACCUAGUGCAUUAAGAGCAACUGAGUUUUGCAUUGUGGACUUGCUGGUUCACAUCUGAUAGUCUUGAACACUCUUCUUCAUGAGAUCUCAUUUGCCCAUGCCAGUAACACCAAAAAGAAAAAAAGUAUGCUAGUGAUCUAGCUCUGCAGUGGGUUAUGUGGCGAUUUUUGGGGAGGGUAACCAAGAUAGCAAGCUGAACAAUGCAGCCUUUCAAAAGAAAAAGACCAGCCCUUAACGUCCAGCUUUUUCUUUCAAAGUUCUUCUUAGGAAAGAUGAGACAAAGGACUAGCACUAUUUGUUUUCAGUUUGGGGGCAAAAUGUACCUUCCUAUUUUAGUUAAUAUUGUCCUGUGUGAUUCUGUGUUGUGGAACUUGCCAAUUACCUUAUUAGCAGAAAAAUGAUUUCCCAAUUCUAUUUUCUCUUCCAGUAAUUGCCCUUCAUUUUUGGCGGCUGCUUUAGCCCGUGCGACCGCCGAUGAAGUCCUCCAGAGUGAUCUUUCGGCACAUUACUUGCCCAAGCAUGAGGAUAGCCCCGAUGGGAUCAUACGUAAGUGCCUGAUAUACAGUAUCUUUUUGUAAAGCCCUUUGAGGUUUUUGCAGUCAAGCAGUGUAUAAAUAUUAUGAAAUAAAUAAAAUCCCAGAACAUGAUGAAAUGUCAGUCCAUCUGCUUAAUUAUCAGCUCCAAGUCUCUCCACUCCUUUUGGCUUUGAUGCCAUGGAGCAUGAUGCUUACCCCCCGCCCCCCCGCCGCAAAGAACAGGAACAGCAUUGCAAGCAGAAUCCUGAUUUGCAUCUUACCUUUGGACAGUUGUUUAUGGGGUGACAUCCAUUGUGACUAUUUCAGGAGCCCUGUCCUAAGCUAUUCUAAGGGAUAGUAUGUUUCUUCAUUUUCCACACAUUAUUCUCCUCUCAGAAAAUUCAGGAGAAUUUCAGAGGGAUCAUUGUUGUUGUGACAUUUGCAACACAAUGUCUUUCUUUUCAAAGGCAAUCUUUUAAAAAGCAAAAGAAACUUUCCCUUUUUACUUGUUUGUAUUUAUGAUGCAGCAAAACUUUCCAUCCUCCAGCCCUAUGCUGUAAUUCAUUCUGAGUUGUGCUGACUAAGCUCCCUCUGUGGGCUCCCCAGAACGCUUGUUACAAUGAAAGAUAGCAUCUCAUAGGAGAAGCUGACAGGGUGUUUGUUGUUCAGCCUGGAAAAUAUAUUGUCAUCCUUCCCUCCUUUGCAUUUGCUUAAAAUAUAAAAAAUUAAGUUCAUGUGUUAUUUACAGCAGAGGCUAAUACUGCCUAUACUUUGCCCUCAUUUGUAGGUCUUUCUGCCUUUCCCAAUCCUGUGCAGGUGAAAGAAGCAGAUUUGUCAUUGUUCUGGCUGAGCAGCCCUCAUUAGUUCCAAAUUGAGAUCUGUUAAAACUUGCAUAAAUAUUUGACAGUCUCCAAGGAAAUGUUGACAUUUUUCAAACUAAUCAUUCUACACAGAAUAUUUGAGAGAGCUGGAAAUUCCUUGCAGCUGCCCUAUUUAGAAUGUCUUUAAGCUUGUACUGUAUAGAGCCCAACACGCUAAUAUAUCAGUUAGCAGAAUGAGAACAUGGGUCAGCACCAGUGACUCUGUGGCAGAAUCAUAUGCAGAGGGCACUGGCUCAGAUACAGGAUUGAGCAGGCUAGGAUUUCAUAUCCCCCUUGGCAUACAGCUUCUUGGUGACUUAAGGCAAGCUGUGAGCCUUAAUUUCCAAUUUGUAUGUUGGAAAUAAGUCCUGCUUUGUUUUGAGAAGAGGAACUCCGAAGCAUUUCUGCACUAUAAAUGUAUGGUGAUUCCAUAAAUUACUUAAGCUAGUUUCUAAAAUACAAAAAGGAUUCUUAAAGAAUGGGAGGUUCUUAGGAGGACUUCCUAAAGACUGAGCGAGUUACCAUGUGGCUUCUUCUGAAAGCCUUGACCUUCCUCUCUUUUUUUGAUGGCUUUAGGAAUGAACCUGAAAGUUAUACAAGUCUCAACUGAAUUAAUGAUGGCAUAAUCACAAUCCUUGUUUCAUAUUGAUUUUAAUACUUUGUAUUAUAUUUAUAUUAAGCUCAAGGAAUAUUCAGCUAGCAUAAUGAACUCAUCAGCUUUCAGUUGCAAACAGCCGCAUAACCACCCCAGCAGCUUUGAAUUUUGUCAAAAGAAUAUGCAAAUCUACCAUUGGAAAUGGGUCACAAAUUUGCUUUCCUUCCUUCACAUGUCCCGUUUUUGCAGCAGUUGUCAGCUAGCCAAUUCCCAUUGUUGGGUAAAAUGGCUGGGCCGGGUCUCCCACUGUAACUGAUGCAAUUAAGCAGCACUUCCAGCCCUGAUGGUUCCCAGGCAGCAGGGGGAAGAUGAAAUGGUGCAUGACAUAGGCAGGAUGACAGCUGACUCAGCCCUAGCUUGGCACUGCAACAUUAACGAUUGAUGAGUAAUUUUCAGCUGCACGGGGGUGGAUAGCCUGUUGAGGGCUCUUUUUUAAAAAAAAUCUGAAGCAGUAAUUAUUGAUGAUGCUAACACUGUGUGUGCUAUCCACAGGGGGCUGCGUUUAAAGUUUCAGCACAGCAAAUGGGCACCUUCCUUCAGAGGGGUUUUCUGAAAUGUGCAAAGCAGCAGGAAAGACAGUGCCUUUCUCCAGGGUAUUGGGUGGGGAAGCUCUGCAACCAAUGUGGUGUUUCACUUGUGGGACUGGCAACUGCCUAGACUAGAGGAGCGGGCAAAUCACCAUGUGGUUUGCUCUGAUGACUUUUGAUGUCAGAAUAUUCACUACCUGCUGCCAGGAAACCCCAUUGGGGUUGGAGCUAGAAAGUGAGGAGAAUGGAAAUGAGCAACUGGUUCCUCAGUGGUGACUACAUUAGAGAUGUAUCAGGCUGAAGAGCUGCCAAGGAAGUGUGCCUGAUUAACUAUUUGCUUCAGGAUUGGCAGACACCAGACAGCUGGUUCUGGUCAGUGUUUUGCAGCUGAGAUGCAACCCAAAAGACAUAUUGCUAAUCCUAGAAGUUCAGAAUUAUGUAGCAGCUGGUUAACAUGAGACUGGAAAAUAAAUUUGGAUAAAUGAACUAAGUGGCUAGAAGCAGACUUGAAUCGUAGUGUUUGGUUUGAUAGCUCAUGUUCUGACCCAUCACAGCAAAUUGUUCAUUACCCCAGCGUUGUAUUUGAGAGCUCACCUGGUCCAUAGCUAACAAGGAAUUAUAUGCAGGCAAAUAAGCAUGCUGGGAGCGGGAUGGACUCUGUCCUCCUCUGCAGCCACCCUGGAAACAUGUAAUCCCCUCCCCCCUGCUGCCCAGACUACUACUUUUUUGGACUUAUUUACAAAGUUAGAUUAGAGGUUACUUCUGUCAAGUGACAAAGGCAUGCAGUUUCCCCUGGCUACUUUUGGUGGAUAAAUCAUGCCUACUUAAGGUUCAUUUUAAGACUGUGAAAGCACAACAGAUGGUAGACUGUGCAAAUACUACUGGGGACCUCACUAGUUGCGUAAAGGGAUCUCUGCAUACGAUCUGCAGAGUAGGACUGGAAAUUAGUAUGUAGUUUUGUUUGCUACAAGCACCUGACAUAGUGUUGAUACAUUUGAAAAUUUCAAUAUAACAUAGACAGAAAAGAGGUUAUCUGUUUAGGGGUGAGGAACCUGGGGUCCUCCAGAUGUUGCUGGACUAAGUUUCCCUCCUGCUGACCCUGGAGCCAUGCUGCUGGGAGUCCAUCAAUAUCGGGGGGGUGGGGUGACACACAGGUUUCCCACCCCCACACUGGAAGUUCCUGGUCAGCACAAUGAUGCUUCUUAUGUCAGCAGAGACCACAUGUCCACUCUUCUCUUCUCUUGUAUCCGGUCUCUUAGAGGUAGAAACAGUGAAGCUGGCCCGUACAGUGUUCAGCAAACUCCAUGAGGUUUGCAGCAGCUGGGUAAAGGACUUUCCCCUCCAGCCAAAGCCCCACCGUUACUACGAAACAUCCAUUCAUGCCAUUAAGAACAUGCGCCGCAAGAUGGAAGACAAACACGUCUGCAUUCCAGACUUCAACACCCUCUUCAACCUUGAGGUAAAGAGCUUUUUGAGGAAAGGAGAAUGGACGGGAGGCAGCUAGGACACAGUUAUCAAACCUCAGGUGGGACAAGAGCCAACAGAUCCCUGGUGUGUUCUGAGACAGAAAGAAAUUGGCACUUGCUGUACCCACAGAUAAGCUUAGUGAUGUCGAUGUAGCUAAUGACUGUCCAAUCAGAGAACAGAGAAACAUCACCAAACCAGCAACCCAGUUGCAACCACUUAAUCAGUUGUUGUCAGCUGCAGAAUAGUCAAGUCACCUAGCUCUUUAUUGAGUGUGGCUUUUGUCCCCCAACCCCAGUUAAAAUGCCAGCAGCUGAAGCUGUUUGCCAGUGCUAUUUGAUGAAUAUAAGAACAGCCUACUGGAUAAGGCCAGUAGCCCAUCUAGUCCGGCAUCCUGUUCUCACAGCAGCCAGCCAGAUGCCAGUGGGAAACCAGCAAGCAGGAUUCAAGCACAAGAGCACUCUCCCCGUUUGUGGUUUCCAGCAACUGGUAUUCAGAAACAUUGCUUCCUCCAACUGUGGAUGCAGAUCAUGGCCAUCAUGGCUAGUAGCCGUUGAUAGCCCUUUUCUCUAUGAAUUUGUCUAAUCCUCUUUGAAAACUAUCCAGGUUGGUGGCCUUUCUCAGCCUCGUUCUCAGAUCAUAUCAAUGCCCUUCUCUUGGCAGGAUCAAGAGGAGCAGGCCUAUUUUGCAGUAUUUGAUGGCCACGGAGGAGUGGAUGCUGCCAUUUAUGCUUCCAUCCACCUCCACGUGAACCUGGUGCACCAAGAGAUGUUCCAGCAUGACCCUGCAGAGGCACUGUGCAAAGCCUUCCAAGUGACGGAUGAACGCUUUGUGCAGAAGGCAGCCAGAGAGGUGAAUGAGCAACAUUUAAUUCGGGUGAGGGUGGAGGUUAAUUCUGAAAAAUCUGCUCAACAGUUGUUUGAGCCUAUCUAAAUGGCCUCCCCUGAGGAGUGGGGAUUAAAGGGGUUUGGACAAAGAUUUCUUUCUGGGGCAGCUGUUUGUGCCAUGAGAUCUGCAACAGGGAGCACUUCUGCAGCCAGCCACAGAAUAAACAGUUCUUACCUGGAGCAACUUGUGGUACAGGUUAAUCUUCCAAAUCUUCUAAAGGCUGUGUGUUUUGGUGGAAGGGUGGUUCAAGCUGGGGGCAAGAGUCCUCAGAGAAUUACUUCCACUUUAUUGGGGCUAUUUCACAUUCUCUGCAGUGUUUUGAUUAAUGUGCCAGCAUAUGCAGAGGCACAACUCAGAACCGCACAUUGAUGCAUUAGAGCAACUUGGUAAAAUCUUUGCUUGUUACUCCAUAGGCUUCAAGUAUACAAUAAUAAUAAUUUUAUUUAUAUGCUGCCCAUCUGACAGUAAAUAGUCCAUCAGCCCAACCACCUGCUUAGAUCACAGUCUAGCUGCAGUUGAGAUGUGUGCUUGAAAAUGCCUGAAGCAGCCAGGCAGCUUCUGCCUGUCUAUAGCAAGACUAAGGCUCUGUUUUCUCCCUAGAGCUUGCGGUGUGGGACCACAGGUGUUGUGACGUUCAUCCGAGGGAACAUGCUGUAUGUGGCCUGGCUGGGAGACUCCCAGGUGAUGCUUGUCAGGGGGGGCCAAGCAGUGGAGCUGAUGAAACCUCAUAAACCGGAUCGUGAGGUGAGCCUUGCCUGGGGUAAUGGCAGAGUGGAUGGUUUUCUAGCCCCACAGGAAGGGAAACAGGUGUGGUGGUCACUGCACCAUUUAUAUAAAAGCAUUUCUAAGCAACUUUGGAACAAAUACAACAUCAUAAGAAGAUAAACAGUAAAACAGUAUUAGAAAAAAACAACCCCAAAACAAACCAUAGUCAAAUGGUUCAGUUUUUUGUGCCAGGAAAAGCAGAAGAAAAAGAUGUGUCUUUUGAAGCAACUGAUGGAUGAUGGCAGUCCCUCUGUACUUCUGAUUUGGGCUCUGUCAGACCCUCACUGUCCAGUUGCCUACUAGCUACUGUAGUUAGCCAUUAAUUUAGGGCCAACAUAUUUCUACUUCAGAGGGAAAUGGAUGAAAAUUGCCACAGCAAGUAAAUUGUAGUGUGAGUGUGAGAGAAAGCAUGCACUGAAAUAUUUAGGAGAAUCCCCAGCAUCAGCCUUUGACCAGCUUAUGUGUUCCCUUCUGGUUUAGGAUGAGAAGAAGCGCAUUGAGGCCCUCGGAGGCUGCGUGGUCUGGUUUGGGGCUUGGCGAGUCAAUGGGAGUCUGUCUGUCUCCAGAGCCAUUGGUAGGAAACUGAAAUCCUGUCUUCUGGUCUAUUUUAUUUUUACUUCUUCAUUUACUUUCCUUAUUAGCCCCUAUGAGUUUUAGUGACUAAAUAUAGUUUCUAAAUUGGUUGCGACUUCCCAGCCAAGGGAUACUGUAAUCACAGUGAAAGAUCCAGUGAAAACGUCUUCUCAGAGUGCUGUAGUAGCUAACAAGGCAAAUUCAGCACUGGGAAAGGGAUGUUACAGUGUUGCUAUGAAAAUCUGUUUUCAGAUCUAGGUGACUGAACACCUCAUCUCAGAAUAUUGUAGAGCUGGAGGAAGUACAGAAGAAGGAACACCUGUAACAAAGAGGUUGGCACUUUUCAGUUCAGAAAGCUGGGAAGAGAAAGAUAUGCCUUUAUAAAACACUAGGCUGAUGCAUGGUGGAAAAUAUCAUCAGCUGUUAGCUGUAUUAGUUAAAGUGGAAGCUUUCAGGAGGAGUAUACCUGAUGAGGGGACAAGCAGCUCCAACUUCAGAAUUCCCUUGCCAAAUCAAUGUGUCCAUCUUGAAGUCUAGUAGUCAUAAUUGAGGUGUUUAUUGGAUUAACAGCACAAGAUUAUUGCACUUCCAAUUAAACCAGAGUGUGACCAGAUGGCUCUAUAAGUAGAGAAGCAGAUGCAUUCUGCCAGUCGUCUCUUGAGUGGGGCACUCUCUGACUGCACCAGAGAGCAUGGUGCAGGGCUCACAUGUUGUGAUAAGCAGGGGCAUGUCCAAUGCAGGAGUUACUUAUCUUUCCACUGUCCUGGAAAGGCAGUGCUACAGCAACAUCCCAGAACGCGGGGAGCUGUUGCUUAGGAGAGCUGUGCUUUAUGAGCAGAGUAUGGGAGAAAGUCAGCAUGCUAAACUCAACACAAGACAAAAUGGACUUUUUAUACUCAGGAAUCCCUAUUGAAUUUGCAAGGUCCAAUUUGAUUUACAGCUUUCUUCUCAUCCCCAUAAAGCAGUGCAAAUCCAAAAGUGGGCCUCUUACCAAACCUGAGGUCUAAACACCCAUGAGCCAGUAGCUUAGAAAAGAUGGCAUUCUGAAUCAUCAGUCGAUUCCUAGGCCUUUUAAAUUUGCUCCACCUCUUCUCAUGUUUUCUGGCUUUCAUGCCAAAUGAGAGCUAGAAGUGAGUCCCCACCCAAGAGGUUUCAAGCCCUUGUCUCCCAACCAGUGAGCAUUCUGCCUUCACUAUUCCACUGCCUUAAGCCAAGAGGUAAAGAGAAUUCACUGAUCUAUCCUGACUUCACAGCUGCCUAAAUCUUCUCUGGAUCUCUUUACCCACCUACUCCAGGUGAUGCAGAACACAAGCCAUACAUCUGUGGGGACGCGGACUCGGGCUCCACAGUUCUGGAUGGAUCGGAAGACUACCUCAUUUUAGCCUGCGACGGCUUCUAUGACACCGUGAACCCUGAUGAAGCAGUGAAAGUGGUGGCUGACCACCUGAAGGAGAACAAUGGGGAUAGCAGCAUGGUGGCCCACAAGUUAGUGGCUUCGGCUCGAGAUGCUGGCUCCAGCGACAACAUCACUGUCAUUGUGGUCUUUCUCAGGGACAUGAGUACGGCCGUAAACAUCAGUGAGGAGUCAGAGUGGACAGAGAACUCUUUCCAAGGUGGGCAAGAAGACAACGGCGACAAUAAAGAAAACCACGGGGAUUGCAAGAGACCGUGGCCUCAGCACCAGGUCUCCGCACCUGCUGAUCUAGGGUACGAUGGGAGAGUGGAUUCUUUCACAGACAGAACUACCUUGAGUGCAGGUUCCAGGAUCAACGUGUUGGAAGACCCAGGCUAUAUUGACCUGAGGAAAAUAGAAGCUAGCAAACUUCAGAGUGCAAAACGCCUGUCCUCAGAUCAAUGGUUCAGCACUUGUGAACCAAAGAGGGCAACCUUGGGUCAGGGUGUAUCAGCAGAGAACGAGACAGUGGCCGACCCUGCGCCUCCUGCAGGUGGGCAGAGCAGUCUCCAGGAGCAGCUAGCCUCUCUUCCUUCUGGCUCCACAAGCCCACACGGGUACAGCAUCUCCAGCAGGCUCGAAGGUGAGCACUUCAAAUCUUGGGGAGGAAGAGCUUCCAUUUUCUCUCCCCUUCACUUCUGUGAUGCAAAGCGGUGGCAGCGACUAGCCAGACUCAAGCCCAAGCUCCACAUGCUUCUCUUUGAGAACAGGCUGCUUUCCCCCACAGAAGAGUUAGCUCUGGCCUCACCUUGCAGUGCGAACAGCCGUAGAAAUAAGUUGAUAAGAAGCCGUCUCUGGCAGGGCUUCUCUAGUUGUUGCCGGGGUCAUGGCAAGAGUAUUCACCUGCUGCAAAGGCAGAGCCACUGUAUACCAGACCCUGGGCUCCUCUGGAGGUGUACAAAGUAGCAUGCUCCUUUGUAUUCCCCUCUCCUGCCCCUCUCCCCCAAAUAGUUUAGGUUAGGCAUUCACAGAAUGAGGAGUAAAUUUAAAAGAGUGAGCAUUUCAGAACCAUGUGAUUGUGGAAUGUACCACUCAUGUAAAUAGAUCCUAGGAAUGUGUGUUUCAGUCUAAAAAAAAUAAAAUAAUGGCUGGUGUACCAGUCUCUCUCUCUCUCUCUCUCUAAGCAAUGUCACAUACACAUCCUCUCUCUUACCCACAUACACAAACACGUAUCUAUAGCUUCAUCUUGCUCAUGGCAACUAGAUACUGACAGUGACACGAUGGAAUAAAUAGGAGAGAGAUUCUUUCAAAAGAGAGAUUGCCAAAAAAAAGUGUUACCUGUUUGAGAUGAGUCUGUGGAGCAAUAUUUUUUGAAGGAUCUCGUUUUUAAAACCUGCCAGUUUUUGUAGGUGGGGUGGAGGGAAGGGAAGAGGAAGGCAGAAGUAGUCCAGGUUGUAGUUGGUGGGGUGGUUCUUUAAGGUUAACAGAGCCAUUGUGGAAGCAGCAGGCUUUUGCAGGUACAUUAUUAAAAGCCAUAGGGGGUUUGAAUCUAGCACUUGAGCACUCCUAGCCCCUGUUGUAUAUCCAGUUAAGACUAAUCUUAUCUAUGCCCCCAUGUAACAUAUAAAAAAGAGGGAAUACUAAUUUUUGUAGUUUUUAAAGAUCAUUUCCUGUGGCUAAAGUUGAAACUAUAUUGAAAUUUCAAUAGCUUGGAGUCUUUUGGGGUGCUUAGUGACAUUUUAGUCUUUUAAACUAAAAAAGUAAUAAUGUUAAAACUGUUUGCAUCUAAUAAUAGUAGUGGUUAAAUCUUUCCACCACUGUGUCCUCCCCAAUCCCUAAUUUAUCUCAGGUGUCAAACUGAUAUAAAGCUAGUUCAGAUUCAAAUAUGUUGUCCUGUGAACUGAUGGAGCCAGCAACUUGCUUGUCAGACUUUUUGGUCAUCAGUUCUCCCUUCCCCAUUCAGAGGGGACAGUAAUAUGGCAGUGUAGUGUUUGGCUCAGCUAUUUGUCCGGUCCUUGCAAGAGACCUUCAGAGUAUGAAGGGACUGGGGAAAAGCUAGAGGAAGGCAGCUUGCUAUAGCAGUUGUAAAAUGAGAGAGACUAGAUGAACUCUAAUUGUCAGUUGCUCAGGAAGGGUUUGAUGAUUGCCUGUCUCCAUCCUUCAUACUAAAGAGCAAAACACUUCUCUCUCUCUAUAUAUAUAAGUAAAAUCAGUUUUAGCAUUAAAUAGCUGAAAUGCAGAAUAAUCAGGGACAGUAUGUUAGAAGAGGUCUCUUGGUUGCUAACAUUCGCUUGAAUGAUCUAAAAUACUAAGGCAUUAAAUGUACACAGAUCUGAAUAUGUUACAUUACAUAAUUCCAUGGGGAUUAAGUUUUAGCUCAACAGAAUCACUGCCCAGUGCAGUUUGACAUUAGUGUAUAGGAACAUAGAAAGCUGCCUUAUACUGAGUCAGACCAGUGGUCUGUCUAGCUCAGUAUUGUCUACACUGACUAGCAGCAGCUCUCCAUCAUUUUCAAACAUGAAGAUAUUUCCAGCCCUAGGAUUGAACCCAGCACCUCCAGUAUGCGAAGUGGGUGCUCUGCCCCUGAGCUGUGACCCCUCCCCAAACUGAUAAUUUGCCUAAGGACUGGGGAGAAUUAGGUAAUUAUUCUGAAUGGCUUUUUAUUAACUCAAUUUCUUCAAGAAACUUGAUGAAACUGUUAGAAAUCAAGUGCAGAAAGCUAAAAGGUCUUGGCUUUUACCCAUCAGGGAUGGGGGGGGAUAACCAAAAUUAAGGAGCAACAGCACUUUCCCACUUAUCUGCAAGCCUUAGGUGCGUUGUGUUACAAAUCAAGUGUUACCAAUGAAAUGAGGAGCUGCAGACGAGCAGGCUGUUUCUGCUGCCAUGCUUGAGGACAUAGCAGAGGAGAAGGCAGACUGCAAUGCCCUUCUACUCAAUUAGUUGUGCUUCUAUGGGAAAAGUGCAGUUCUUUGAAGACAUGUCAAAAUUCUAAAAUGUUGCAAAUGUGUUUUGACCUCUUCCCAACAUGCAGUCAUAAUUGGAAAGUACUAGCCUCAGAGUGUGCUCUCAUGUUUUUUAUAAAAGAAGUGUAACUCCAUAUGUGUGGAUUCAUACAUGGAUUAUCUGCUGCUCAUCCUGUUCAUCCUACAGGAGAGAAUCUGCCAUCCAUUCCUAGUGUGGUCCAGUACAAAAUAUUGUUACAACUAGAAAGUGUUCAUCUUUCAUUACAUAGUGGUAGUAUGUAGGAUCCAUUUGUGAGGCAAGUCUUCAACCAUGGUAGAAUACAUAUUUAAAAGUAGUAGUUCUUGGUCCAAUAUAAGCUGCUCAAUUCUAUACACACUAGGCAAAAAAAAAAAGCAGUGCUUUGUGAUAUGCUGUGUGUUUUUCUCUUAAUGCCACUGGUGAUAGGACGUAGUUCUCUUCAGUUCAAACUCCUGUGCCCUUAUUUGCUGCUUGCUGACGUAAGCAAUAAGCUCCCCUUUUUAAUUAAUGAUAUUCUCAGUGUUCUGUAUCUUGUACUUUGAUCCUUUAGCUGGUGAGAAUGUACAAAAAAUAUAGGUAUCUAACUGUAUUUAUUAACUGUUAAUGUUGGUUGUCUGUAAAGUGUUUUGUAAAUCUGUGUAUUUUAAUAGUGGUGACAUUUGCAUAAUGAGACCUUUCCAAUAAAGAGCUGAAGCAGCCCUCAAGUUCUCAUAAUCUGCAUCAGCUACAUGAGUUGUGUAGGAACACUAGUAGUAGUGGUGGUAGUUGGUGAGGACAGGAGACUCCAGGCUGCCUCUCCCCCGAGGCUGUUCAAAACCUGCUGGUGAGCUUAUUCACUGUGAGUUUCAAAGGGAUUCAUUUAAUCCCUCUCCUAAUGUCUCCUGUCUCCAGCUUUAACAGAGUUGUGAGGAAUGCCUCCGAUUGCAAGAAAUGGAAUAGCAGCAGAGCAGCAAGCCAUUAAUCCAUUUCACUUGCACUAACAAGUUGUAGAAGUAAAAUAUUUAUAUUUUGAAGUGCCAUCAAUUGUCCUUGUCUGUUUGGAAGCCAGGGAGGCACACACCCGCCUACUCCAUGUGACUCAGCCCUCCUCCCCCCCCCCAACAAAAGGAAGCAGACUCCUGUGGGUCCCCUGCUAAGCACUCCCUUCUUUGUCCCCUCACUUCCUGGCUCAGAAAAGCAAGGGAGGACAUAUGAGGAAGAGAAUAUCCAUCCUUUAUUUUGGCAGAGCCUGUUCCUGCUUCUUGUGGCUUUUAGCAGCCGACACUCCUAAGUAGCAGCUGCCACUUGCUAAUGCCUUUUAAAUUUAGAACCUUCCGUCUCAUCGAGUAUAACAUUACCUUUCGCCUUCUGUUCAUAGUGGUCCAUUGUCAUUUAUGCAGAGGCACAGUGCUCUUUUCCCUAGAACAUUCAAUUAAAGCAACUAUGCAGAUUACAUUCAAGCAGUCCUUUCCGUUACCUAUAAAUUUCGUUCCAGCUCUGGAGAACCUGAACAGCCGGCUCCGCCAAAAUGUAGCUCAUUCUCAUGCAAAAAAGAGAAGCAAGGCGAGGCUGCUGUAGCUUUGCGUAUGCCUAUGAGUUAGGGCUGUGCAGCAUAAAAACCUUCAACUGGAGGAGGUUAAAGUCUUGCACCAAUGGCCCAGUUUGCACAUGAAAGUAAGCCACAGUUAAUGGCUUACCAAGAAAGCACCUUUUGGUCUUGUUUUGUCUCAGCCCCGCUUAUGCUGAAAGGAAACCAAUCAUGACCCCCCCCCCAGCUUAGUCUUAUGUUUGAACCGGGGAUCAUGUUUUGCUUCAAUAGAGCAUGAUCAGUAUGUCAAGAGCAAACCUUGGCUACAGAUUGCUGGGAGCAAAAUAAAUCAUGACCCCUGACGAAGCAAGGAUCAGGAUUUGUUUCCUGCUAGCAUAAGUUGAGAGGAGCAAAGUGGGCACAAUCCACUCAUGCACAGUAAGCCAUGGUGGUUUAUGAGCUUACCACACCAUGUGAAUGUGCCCACUGUCAAGGAAUGCAUUCAAGUGACAAAGUCACUUUUAACAUUACAUUAAACACUAAUCUAUAACUUCCAGUAUUAAACAGCACCGUAUUAUACAAGUAUCAGAAGGUUUGGUUUAUAAAUAUAAACAGAUUUGUUUUACUUACCAUUCUUGGCUGUUGCUUUUUUGUUUCUAGAAGUAGGGAGAGUCUAAACCAAGCUAGGUUGGGGAAAGCCAGCUGAGAUUCACCCUUAUUACUAAAAGCGUUACCAUGGCACAUUCCUAGGAAUGCCAAGUGUAUUAAUGAGUUCCUGUUGAAAUAUACUUAUGCUGUCAUGAAAACUAAUGAAGUGGGUUGGUUUACUAGAAAUGACUUUACUACUCUGUUGGGACCCGUUGACAACUUUGUUCCUAUAGCUCACAAGUUCAGUAGGAAUCAUGUAUUAGCCAUAUUUUAUUUAUUAAAGCUGUUCACAAAAGGUAAGGACUAUGUUCAACUUCUACCAAUAUCUUAAUAAAACAGCAAACAUUA